UCACAAGCCUUUCUUUUUAUUUUUUAAGAGCUGUAGGUGUGAAGUGUUUGUAGGCAACCAGAAGCAAAUCUCCUCUUAAAUUAUGAGAGGGCGGGGAGAGAGCACGUAAAACAAAGGUGGGAACAAACCCCACUUCAUUUCAGCUUUGUUUCCCAGUGUCUUCUGCUGCAGGAGCUUCUCACAGACACCGAACUUCUCGUAACGAGGACUGACUCUAUGCUCCACGUAAGAGAAAGGAGGCGCUGAAUCCUACCGAGUCCCCUCACAUUCCUUGCAUUGCUUUGCAACACAUGACCACGGGCACCAGUAGGUUAAAACCGCAUAUUUGUCCUCUCAGCAGCUUCUGGGACUAGAACUGUAAAAUCUCCCCCGAACUCAAGGGAGACGUCACCACGCCGCUCCCACGGAGCAGAUGAAAUUCAGACGUCACAUGUGCAGAGGAAAGGAAACUGGAGCCGGGAGGGGGAGAGGAAAGCGCUCUUAAACCGACCUAUAAGAGCUGCUGGAAGUUGCGAUUGACACCGGAGAGACUCAAUCGGGGUUAGGGUGGCCCUCGAAAAUGAACUUUGGGCAACUCCGCUGAACCAAUAAGGUCAAUCGGGAGGCAGGGCCGCUUUGUCCCCCACCCCUUUCGGUGUGUGCGAAGAUUAGGUUGCGAUCUGGCAGGGGGAGCUGCCUUAUUCUCUCGGCUCUCGCUGCAAGUGGAGCUGCGCCUUCAGCAGCAGCAGCAGCAGGGAGCUGUCGAGCCCAGCAGCCCCGACGAGGCGAAGCAGCACCGAAGGACCCCCGGCAGCCUCUCGCAGGAAUGGAUCAUUAUGACUCUCAGCAAACCAACGACUACAUGCAGCCCGAGGACGACUGGGACAGGGAUCUACUUUUGGAUCCGGCUUGGGAAAAGCAACAGAGGAAGGUAAACCUGAAUCUCGCCUCCCUCCGGCGGUGGGCGGUGGGGAGGGGAGCAGAAGCCCCAUCAGUCUAGAUGAAACCGAGGCGGCGGCGGCGGCGGAAUCUGGGAGCGUGGAGGGAGCGUGUGGGAUCGGCAUCCCGUGGGGCGCCGCCAACCCGCACAUGCUGCUGUGCAGUUUCCAUUUGCCCCCUGAUUUUUGCCCACGCUGUGUAGAUCCGGAGCAGCUGCUGAGCCCAGGAUACCGGGCGCUUCUGCUGCGCCCGUCUCCUGCGCCUCCGCCGCUCUCUCCUCGGGAACCUCGUGGAAUAAUUUCAGCGCCGUUCCAUUCCUCUCCGUCUUCUAGUGCCAGGGCGGGCGGCGGGGAUGGGGUGGGCGCGACGCUCAGCCCAGCGCGGCUAAGGAUUUGUCUCCAAGGGAGAUCUUGCCGCUUCCCUCCCUCACGCACGCUCGCUCGCAUCCUCCUCCGCCGUCGCCAAUCUGACACGGAAAUAAUGUCUUGUGUGGACGGUGGCGUCUCGCUCCCAGGGCGCAAUAAUUGGAGAGGGCUCAUAAUAACCAAGAACUCCCUUUUAAACACACGCGCAGUAGGGCAGGGGUUAAAGUUGUUCCAUAGGCUUGCCUAGGGAUCUAUUUCGUUCGGAAUAGACCAGCUUUGCCAGAUCAUGCUUUGUCCGUAUGUAGCCUUUUUUUCUAAAAUAAAAAGCUUUUUUAUUUAAAAAGAAACACCGUCAGAGGCAAGCAUGAGGUUGCUAGCGAAAGCAGCGGAGGUGACGUGCAGAAGGGGGAGGUGGGUCGGGGUGAGGGGGAGACGCUGCUGAAAUAAGGCGGUCGGCCGCGGAAAGUGUGGCGGAAGGUAAAGGGACGGAGCCGUUCGCGUUGCUCAAUGCCUCGGCGCCGAAGUUGCCUUCCUUCCUCCACCUCCUCCUCCUCCAGCAACAGAUGUUUUCCUCGCCUGCGGGCGGGAGACAGGCUGGCUCUGCUGGCCUCUCCAGCGUUUCGCAACGCCACCUUCCCGGAGGGGCUCUUCGAGCAGGGAAGUAUGUGGCUGGGCAGUUUGCGCGCCUUGUUGCUGCUGCUGCCGCCGCCUUGCUAGGUGGAAGCAGCGGGGCUCCCUCUCCUUCGCCCGAGGGGAGGGCGGCGCGUAGCUAGCGCGUGUUCCCUGCCACACAGUGUCAUUAUGAACGGCAACACUUCCUCUCCCGAAGCAGUUACCCGCCAAGGAAAGUUGCUAAAAAGGAGGGGUUGUCCCCUCCCCACUUCCAGCCGCCAGAAAUCUAAAGGUGUCUUUGGGAAGGUCGAGCAACCCGGGGGGAAAUCCAGAUCUCUUUGGCCAGCGGCCUCGUGCCGGCGGCCUGCAGUUCUUUCUUGUAGGGCGAGAAUCCGGAGCGGGGAAGUGGGGGUCCAGGUUAUCCUAAGCGGGGGCUAUGUCAGGCCGAUGGGCUGGGUUGGUUGGUGUUCGUGACCCGCCUGCGCGCAGAGCCACGCUCUCCCUCGCUCUCUGCCCUUCGCUAGCGGGAUGGUGGCUCACUUCAAGUUUUGAAUGGUGCGGUUUAGGGCUGGGCUUGUGCAAAACUCAUGUCCAAAAAUGGUAACAUUCAUCCCAUUUUUAAAUUUAGGGAGGCGGGGGAGGGAGGUUAGGAGGCGUUCUAGCUUCUUCAUUCUCUCUCUCUGCCCCCCACCCCCCCAAUAACCAAAGGCAUCCUGUAUUAGCUCACUCUGGAAUCCUAAGCCCUUAAACAUUUCCCUUUAGUCAUUUGUCAGACGGCAAAGCCCGAUGAAGAGGAGGGGAAGCAUUUGGCAAAGUUGCCUCCUAGCUAUGUGACACACAGAAGAGGUCAGCAGAGGGAAUGGCUUCUGCGUGUCUGGCUGGAGCUUUGUAUGUAUUUUGCCACAUUAAAAGGACUUUGAUGGAACUCUGGUGGGUAAAAGAAGCAUCUUUUUAAAAACAGCAACAAGUGACUCCCCUCCCAAGGAGCUCUGAAUAGAGGUGGGAAUGUAUCAGUCCGAGGGAUUGACUAAUUGGAGAAUACCCUGUUGUUGUUCCCCUUGCCUAGUUUAUGAAAAGAUGUAUAGAUACUUUAAGAUGAUGUGCCUUCAAUGGAGGCCAAGUUAAUUAAAGAACUCCCGUCAGCGGUACGCAUCCUGGCUUGACAAGGGUUCGUAGAGAAAAUAAAGACAAGAGAAACAAACCCGGAAAACAAGGGUGCUCAUUGAAGAAUGGGGUGCAGGGCGGAUGACCUUGGCAUGACAACAAAAGGGAGAGGAAUGGUAAUUUAAUUCUCAGUCCAUGUGGUGGGAAUGUUAAAUCGCUGGCCCAUGGGAUGCAGCAGAAGUUGCUACUGAGAGAUUUAAAUUACCACAGAAGAGUUAUGGGCAGAUGAUUCUUCAUUCUCACCCCCUUUUUUUCUUAGAACAACAUGACGCUUUGAUUAGUAAACUUUGUGCAGCAAAGGGAGAAAUUCUGUAUGUGGUAGAACAAAGGGAUUUGUCCCUCAUCUAUCGUAGACCAAUUAUUUUAUCUCUCUUUUUUGCAGUUAAUGUCUACAUGCCAAGCAGAAUUUACAUGAAAUCAGCAUAUAAAGACAGUAAACAACAUUUUUUAAUCCUUCAUAAAAAAUCAAGUAUCGUUAAAGCUCAUAAUUUCAAGACAAAAUAUCAAAUACUGUUGAAACUGGGUAGAAGAGAAGUUUCUAGUGUAUGCAUCUUAACAUGACAACUGGAAGAACUUUAAAAGGCUUCAUAGUAUUAGUAGUUAAUUCCAAAGUGCUGGGGGCACUCAUCAGACCCUGUUCUGCGCCCCUGUUAUUCUAACCUUUUAACCAUGGGGAAAAUCCAAGCAGAGCUGAAUUUGUCACUCUUAACGAGAUCGGCUCCCAUUGUGAACAGUCUGCUGUAAGGCAGGAGACAGGAACCUGUGGCUCCUCAGGUAUUGUUGGGACUCCCUCUCACCAGUCCCAGCUGGUAUGUCCUGUGGCUAAGUAUGGUGGGAGUUUUAGUCCAGAAAUAUAGUCCCUAAGGCAUAGUGAGCUCAAGCUUUGUAGGACUCCAGUCCUAAAGGCACUUGUUAGGGAAUUAAGUUGAACUCUGGGACUUACUUUUGAACAGAAAUGCAUAGGAUCACACUGUUUGGUUUUAUAGUUUAAAAACCAGCAGCACCCUGAACUUUGUCAAGGAGCCAACUGGCAGCUAAUGGAACUUACGCAAUCUUGCAGAUGAAUGGGUCAUGUGGGCAUUCCUUGUAGGCUAUCCCCUGAUUUGGGGAUGCAAGGAGUAUGUCUGACAAAUUAGUCCUUAUUUUAAAUGAACCUAAACUUCAAUUAUUUUGUAUUCCAAAUAUUUUCCAGUUACUCUGGAAAACUAACAUUAGGAAGUUCUUACAUCCCUUCUUUGCACUAGCUAGAUGACCCUCGUGGGUCCCUUCCAACUCUACAAAUCUGUGAGUCUGUGAACAUUCAGGGUGUGUAACAACAUUUCCUUAUAGUAUCCCUAUAAGUCACUCUUCCCUUGUAUAGGAGCUAUCUAGUGAAUCUGCAGGUAAGAUGGGAUUUGGAUCAAAGUCUCAUUAUUAAUGCUGUCCUCUGGACCAAAGCAGCACUUGGAGUAGUAGAUCUGCAACACCACUUGGCAUUUCUCUGUAAACUAAGCAUGAGGAACCUUCUGCCCUCCAUAUUGCUGAAUUCUGACACCCAUCAGCUCCAGCCAGAAUGGCUAAUGGUGGUGGAUGAUGGGAGUUGUAGUCCAACAGCAUAUGGAGGGCUGCAGGGUAGCCACAUGUUUCUCAAACUGCAGGACAUAAGAAACUGGAGGGGAUAGGAAUAAUUCUGCAUGUGCUCUUGGGAAUGACAGAUGAUGAGCAGUGGGGGAGGAAUAGCAUCAGCAAGUUGGAGAAGUUGGAAAGGAGGAGUAUGGGGAAUUACUGAUUUAGGGAGGGACCCAAGGGCGAUAUAUUAGUGGUUGGUGUGAUUUCAUAAAGUUUGAAAAGCAAAAGAAAUGUGCUUGGAGUUUGGCUGUGCUGUGGCUUGCAGUCUGGUACUUUCAGGUAGGAAGUGUGACAAAGCAAGUAUGUUUCUCAUAGGCUAGAAAGUGUGGCUUCUGGUAUGGGGGCUGGCCUCAUAACCACAGGGAGAAAAAUGGGCUAAAGUCACCAGUGCCUGUGACAGCACAUCUGUUUUCACAACAAAACUUCCAUGUAGAUUGGACCCUGAAUUUCAAUGUGUCUCCCCUUGGUGGUAUUUCAGCAAGAUUUUCUCACCUUCCAUUGAGUCUCUGCUGUCUACGGCGAUAUACAGAGAGAAGCUGCCUGAGCGUUUAAAUCAAUAGAUAAAUAAAUAAGCCUUGACCCAGGCAGAGGGGAAUUGUGAACAGAUUUAAUAUCUGGUGUGUAGGAAGGACCAUAGCUCAGUGCUUUGCUUGCAGAAGAUCCUGGGUUUAAUUUGGGGCACCUCCAGGUAGGGUUCACCUUUCUGAAACCUUGCCAGUUAGUGUAGAGACUACGGAAAUAGAUGUGCUGUUCUGUUAGUCUGUCUAUGUUUUGCCUUCUCUCAAAAGCCAGCCUUGGAACCUCACAAACCUGAAAAGGACUGUGCAGCUCUUCUGCUCAUGCGUGGUGUUGGCAUAAGUGUGUGUCUUGCAGGCAGGUUUUCUAUUUUAAAACUUUUAAAAAGCUCAUGAUAGCAUCAAUCAUUUAAAAGAAAGAGGUUAGGUUAUGUUUCUUGAAUCUACAAAUCACUUCCCACAACAAGUCCCAAUGCAAUUUUCAAGAAUAAAAUAUGAUAAUAAAAAUUCAUAAACAUAUUCAAAAUAUGAUAAACAUACAUCUACAUUAAAUACAUUUCCAUAUAGGCUUUGCACUUUCCACAUGAGGUUUAAAUUACGGGUUUAGUGUGCUUUUUUUCUUUUAAUACAAUUUUUUUUUGGAAGUUCCUGUUGAAUUGCUUGAAUAGAACUUCCAACCUUGACCUUUCAUUCCCCAGUAAAAAUAACUUUCUAUAGUAGCCCUGGCACAGCUCUUAUAGGCUAACCACUGUUUCCUAUUGAUACUCAAUGAAACUUGGGCUCAUUCAGUUGUGGCAUGUUGCAGGCAGGUUAGAGUUUUCUGUUGUAAAGUUGGCAGAAUCGAACAGUUCCUGAAACCUCAUGCAACUAACUGCUAAUUUUGCAACCAGUGAGAUUCUUCUGGUUUCAUAACCAAAGGAAGUCAGGUUGCUACAUGGCCCUUGUUUGAAAAACUUGCUCACAAUGCCCAGUGUUUCCAAACAUGGCAUCUCGGUGGACAAUAGUAUAUGUCCCUUAUUUGGGAAACAUUUCAGCUACUUCUAUGGCAGUCCCCUUUAUAAGUUGGCUUUAAAAUGUGCUUUGUAAUCUUUGCAAAGGUAAACAGCAAGCCUGACUCAGAAAAUGAUGCACUCAGCCACCCUAUCAACCCCAAGCUGUUCUUUGCACUGACUAAACCUAUUUUCUCAUUAGGAUCAAGAAUACAUUCUUGUGUUCUUUUAUAUUUAAAAUUGUUACAGUAAACUAGUCCUAAAAAGGAAGGCAACUCACCAGGUUAAAGUAGCUAAUUUUGUGUUCUCAUAAGUCCUCUGGGUGUCAAAUUAUACUAGCAUACAUUGCCCACAAGGCUGUUAACAUUAACUUACGGGUUGACAAGAAGAAUGUUUCUACUUAGCUAGCCCAGGUUGGAAAGCAAACCAGUUAAACAGAAUAAUAACCCAACCUUGACUUUAAAGGAGAGGCCUCUAAGAGCACAUGGAAAGCGUAAGCAAUCUGAAAUCUAAUUUGCAAAGGAAUAUGGUGUGUGUGUGUGUGUGUGUGUGAGAGAGAGAGAGAAUAGCUAUUAGUAGGAAGGUUAUGUUUAGAGGUCUCACAAACAACUCUGCAGGAGUCACACAUUAUACAGGAUGUUUUUAAUGCAUGGUGCCCUAGCUGUCACCUCACAAACACUAUUUGCACUGUGUUGUGAAUUCCCAGAAGGAUCCCAACAAAAGAGUCAAAUUGUUCUAGAGUAAAGGUAGCUGCUUGUGUUACUGAUGUGGGAGGUUUUCCUGAGUUUGUAGACACGGACAAAUAGUGUCUCUUGUAUUACUAAUUCAUACACCCCAGAUAUGUGCCCUGUGGAACUGUUUUAUUGAGUUUUACAUUUCACGGGGUGUGUCAGAGUCUGCUGAGUAUGUUACUAAUUCACACAAGAAAUUGGGCGCAAUUGAAAGCUGAUUUUGAAAGCCAUCCAACUUUCACAAACUGCUUUCCAUUAGGCUUGGAGGGAGGGUAAGGAGGGAGGGUGACGGCUGUGCCUUAAAUCAAACAAAGGCUGGCUGUAAACCUUGAUUUGCCACAUGCACUAUUCUGGGUUGUAGUAGCUGUUUCGUGAAUGCAAGCUGGCUGGGUUGUAGAAGGUGAUACAUGAAAAGCACCUGUGCCUCUGGUAGAAUGCUCUUUUCUGGAUGUGUAUUGAGGUUUCAGUCAGCAAUGAAGGCAAGCAGACAGAAAGGACAGGUGAAGGGACUGUUGGAUUAGUGAGGACCGAAGGCCUACACCUGGACACCAGUGCCUGCAAAAGGUGGGGAUGACGCAAGUCCCUCCCACCCUGCCAAGCUACUUGGACUGGCACUUUCUCUUGGCUCCACCCACCCAAAGCUCCUCCCCUUUGCUCCACCCCAUGCAAGCCUCAAAAGGGAUAGAAGGACUCAAAAGAGAAAUAGAGUCAGGUGAUGGUUGGGGUUACUAUAGCGUGUGACUCUCUUGCAAGAGGCCAUUGGUAGGACAAUAAUUUGGAUACUGAAAGCUACUGUCACAGGAUUUUUACCCUUUGAGAAGGGGAAAUGAUUUGGAGGUUAGAGGUAGGGACUGAACUACAGAACAAAUCACAGAACAAAUCGCAUUUCUAAAGCAAGGCAAGAAAGAAAUCACAUUAUUUUGUCUCCAAGAGCUAGUAUCCGAAGGUAUACUGAAUCUCCUGUUCGGAGCCAAUUUUCUUGGAUAGAAGGACUCAAAAGGGAAUAGAAGGAAACCCUGCAAAGCGCUUUAACUAUGAUUUGACUGCAAAAAAACCACCUUGAUAUGAAACCCUGCUCAGUUGUUGGCUUAUAAACCUUUUGUUUAAGCUAUGACUUGUAAUUUACAUGUGAACCCAGCACCUUUCCUUAACCAUGGUUUGUUUGACCCCCAUCCCAGAUGUUCAUCCCAGUAAAAAGGCUUGAGACAACAGCCGUUGGGAAAGAAACAGAACAUGUGAAGAAUAAGCUGUGGUUUGUUCUGUAGUUCAGUCCCUACCUUUAACCUCCAAAUCAUUUCCCCUUCUCAAAGGGUAAACAUCCUGUGACAGUAGCUUUCAGUAUCCAAAUUAUUGUCCACACUGAGAGCCAGUGUGGUGUAGUGGUUAAGAGCGGUAGUCUCGUAAUCUGGGGAACCGGGUUCGCUUCCCCGCUCCUCCACAUGCAGCUGCUGGGUGACCCUGGGCCAGUCACACUUCUUUGAAGUCUCUCAGCCCCACUCACCUCACAGAGUGUUUGUUGUGGGGGAGGAAGGGAAAGGAGAAUGUUAGCCGCUUUGAGACUCCUGAAGGGGAGUGAAAGGCGGGAUAUCAAAUCCAAACUCUUCUUCUUCUUCUUCUACCAAUGGCCUCUUGCAAGAGAGUCACACACUAUAGUAACCCCAACCAUCAUCUGACUCUCUUUAUUUCCCUUUUGAAUGCCUUGAUUACAGGGCUGGCAUGGCAUUUAUUGGGGUGGUUUAUUGAGGCGAGGAUGGAGGAUGGAGAAAGGACGAUUCUCCUGCCUCUCUCUCUCACACACACAGAGGGAAGAAUCAAAUUAGAACUGAUUUGUUUUUCACAGUAUAGAAAAAUGGUUUAUUUAGAGUAGAAAGCAUUAACAUUUCCUUCACAAAUUUUCUGUUAUUACAACUGUUUGGUUAUAAGAGAAAGCAGGAAAUUCAGAUAAUAUAAGCACAAGAUGCGGUGUAAUCUGUCUCCUCCAUUGCAGAGGUUUGGACUAGAUGACCCAUGACUGUGUCGCUGCCAACUAUGAUUCUGCCAUGAACUUACUAGCUCAAUUCACACAUAAUGCCCAGUAAACAUCAGCCAUUUGUUCUAGGAAACUUCUGGACAAUUCAUCUGGGAUCUAAAGUGCUACUUAGGGUCAUCCAAGGGCCCAUUUCCCCCCCUUAAAUUGCUGACCCCACCCUUAGAGUAAAAAAAAAAAGGCCAUAACUCAUACUCUAUAAAAUAACCUCUCUUGGUUGGGUUUCUCAGCACAUUUGUAUUUCUCCCUCGAGAAGCUUUCAUGUGUUCCUUUUCAAAGCAUGCCACAAUGUUCUUAAUUUCCUCCCCCACCCCUUCCUUUGAGACAAGCUGAUGUAUGGAUAAACAAGCCAUAGCAGAAACCAUAAAGUCUGCAUUAAGAUGCUAGUGAAUAUGGUUAUUACUCAAAGGAAAAUGCCUGAGCCACCUCCUAGAUGCUACAUGGUAAAUAAUAAAGCCCAUCCUUUGCAACAGCAGUUAUGAUUCUCCCACUUUUCUUACUGCAGCUGGUAAGAAUAUUGGCUGUGAUCGAAAUUGUACAAAGUCCUGGUUACUUUGUUUUAACUGCCUGAUUUAAGUAGAAUAAAUAAUUUUGUUGCUGCAAUUAUUAAGCAGUUGGGAGUCGGAAAUCUUUGCCGAUCAACUGCAAAUCUCCCAGAGCAUACCAGUAGAUGCUGAUCUUCAUUCUGCCCACCUCUGCCAUGCACUCUCAAAACUGAUAGGGGCUGCAAGGCCAUUAGGACCUGGACUGGUAAACUACACUUCUUUAGGCAUGGCAAACACUUGCAAAGUCAUAACAAUAUGUUGCUUAUUAUGGGCUGGUUCUGCAUGGAAAACUGCUCUUGAAACACCCUGCUUCUGUGGUUCCCAGAGGCACCUGACUCACUGCUGUUAGAAACAGAAUGCUAGGCAAUAUGAAGAUUUGUCUGACCAAGCAGGGGUUUUCUGAAGUUGUUAAGCAACUACUCCUUAGCCUGCAUGACCUGACUGAGAUGUUUCUCUCUCUGCAGAUUCAUUUCCCAUCCAGGUUUCCCCUACAGAUUAUUACUUCCCUCCCAGAUGCCCACCAAAUAAUUCCCACUUGUUUGUGUGUGUGUAUGAUGCUUCCUUUCCACAACUGGGUCCCAAAGGUUAGCACAGGAGAGAAAUACACCUACUAUGAUGUUGCAGCCUAACUUAUCCUCCUCCCACAUCAUCAAGCUUGGCCCCUAAUGACGCUUAGGGAGUGAUCCCUAAUAUUUUGCCCUUUAUCAGUAUGGUGGUGCAGUGAGCUGUGCAAUCCAUGUAUGAAGCUGCAUUUGGGUAAAUUGGUCAGUUGUGAUGUUACAAUCGGCUGAGUCCUAAUUUGUGCACGUCUGCUUGAAGUUCUGAUGACUAAUUAGGGUUUUGAAACUCUGUUCCUCUUCCCAGCCCCACACAAUAUCUGCUAGACUACAGCAGCUACUGAUAUGAAGAUGAAGUAAUAUCAACCACAGUUUUGGGUGUGCAGAUCUGUGCAAUGUAUUGAGAAAGAUUUAACACUGGCUAUCAUUGCAUCUUUACUUGCACUAGAACAGUCCUCCCCAACCUGGUGCCCUCCAGCUGUUUUGGACUGAAACACCCAUCAGUGCCAACCAGCAUGGCUAAUGGUCGGGAAUUAUGGGAACUGAAGUUCAGUAAAUAACAGGAGGGCAGCAGGUUGAGGAAGGCUGCUCUGCAGCAUGAAAGCAACUCUCUAAUGCUCACUGAUGCCUUAAAUAUAUUUGCCAUAAAUGUGGCACCAUGUAGCUAUCAGGGCUUCAUAGUUGUAAGGCACAUUUGCCCGGCCAUAACAUAAUGCAUAGAUAUGUACAGUGAUACAUUCAAAACCUUUAACAUUAAAGAUUUAACAUUAAAGUGUGGAAUCUCCAUUCCUAUUACAGAUUGCAAACAUUUUUGUUAGGGCCAGAAGGAUUCUGAAAUAAUAGCUCUGGGAUGCAUCUAGCCUACAGGCCAUACAUUACCCAUCUCUGACUUCACUAGCUCUCAGUCAACCCCUCUAUGGACCACAGAUUGUUGUUUGUGAGGUGGCAGAGUCCACAGUGGCUUUGCAACUUUACCUGUCAGUCAGAUUUUACAAAUUAAUUACAGUAGCAUGAGAUCAAUGUCAGGCCUGGAACAGAUACUUGCCAGGCAGGGAAAUCCCAAAGCUUAGUUUCCACCAUGGGCUUAGGUCCAACAAGCCCAUAAACAGCUGGCUUGUGAAAUCUUCCGCACAGUGGUUAAUUUACACAACACAUUUCUCAUCAUGAAGCAACUCUUUGCACUGCCACUGUGUAGAGAGUGGUUGUCUUUGAGCUUUACUGAGCACAUCUCAGCAGAGUAGGUGGACAUACGAUGAGACUUUCCAUGUGGAUGUUUUCCAGUUUCCACUUGGAUGUUUUCCACUAUGAACAGACUGUAGGCAUCCAUCUGUCUCAAGAGACAAUGGAGUGCUUUUCUGAGGGUGAAGUCAAACCACUGCUUAGCAGCACCAAAGUUGCUCCCAGUAUGUUUCUGAGCACAAUUCAGUGUUGGUGCUGACCUUUAAAGCCCUCAAUGGCCUUGGCCCAGUAUACCUGAAGGAGCAUCUCCAACCCUGUUGUUCUGCCCAGACACUGAGGUCCAGCGCUGAGGGCCUUCUGGUGGUUCCCUCACUGCGAGAAGCGAAUUUACAGGGAACCAGGCAGAGGGCCUUCUUGGUGGUGGCACCCGCCCUGUGGAACUCCCUUCCAUCAGAUGUCAAAUAAAUAAACAACUAUCUGACUUUUAGAAGACAUCUGAAGGCAGCCCUGUUUAGGGAAGCUUUUAAUAUUUGAUGAAUUUUUGUAUUUUAAUCUUUUGUUGGAAGCCUCCCAGAGUGGCUGGGGAAACACAGCCUGAUGAGCGAGGUAUAAAUAAUAAAUUAUUAUUAUUAUUGUUGUUGUUAUUAUUACCAAAGUGACCUCCCCAGAGAACAAGCCUGGGCAGUGUGUAUGGAGUUCCUGGGCUGCCCAGACGACAAGACCUUCCUCUUGACCUCGUUGAUGUGGUCCAAAGGAAAGCAAAGCAAUAUGUUUGGCACCAGCUUGGCUGCUGCAGUUGCCAGAAGAAGGCAUGGAAGGCACCAUCCAACCACCGCCUUUGGAACUCCGAAAGCAGUCCUGAGGGUUUGAUAGAGAACACCCAGGCCUGAGGAACCCCACCUCACCCCACUCCACUUGUGGGGAUUGCUUUGUGACUGAACUCUUCAUAGCUAGACAUGACCUAAUAAAGCAGCAACAGAUUUUUUUUUACUUAGUGAGUUAAGUCUUAUCAUACCUGUCUCAGAAACUGCACCAAGCAACAGAACGUUGAGCUGAUAAGAUCAAGGCCUCAAAAUGAAGUCUUGGGCAGGAAUGAAUAGACGUAAUAAGGGCAGUGGGUUGUUUGGCAAUGUCUGCAGCAAUAAAGGCUGCAUGGGGGGCGGGGAGAGGAAGGACAGAAUGUUGAAGCAACCCAAAGGUUGCCAACAAAUGGCCUUGCAACUAACUGGAAGUUUUAGUAAAAUUAGGAAAGACUCAUUUUCCUGUUUCUGAUUCUUUUGUUGUAUUUUAACAGUGAAGGGCAAUAGCAUGUUUGCGACAGGGUUUGGAGCCAAGGAGUUAUCUCCCUAUUGUGCUGUAAAGUUUUCCUCUUUGGUAUCCAUUUCCUACCAUACUGCUGUACAGUGGUACCUCGGGUUAAGUAUUUUAAUUUGUUCCAGAGGUCCGUGCUUAGCCUGAAACUGUUCUUAACCUGAAGCACCACUUUAGCUAAUGGGGCCUCCUGCUGCCGCUGCGCUGCCGGAGCACGAUUUCUAUUCUCAUCCUGAAGCAAAGUUCUUAACCUGAAGCACUAUUUCUGGGUUAGCGGAGUAUGUAACCUAAAGCGUAUGUAACCUGAAGCGUAUGUAACCCGAGGUACCACUGUACUGAUAUUCCUGACACCUGGCACUUGGUGGCGGGGCUAUUGCUCUGUUUCCCUAUACGUAUCUUAUAAACCAUACAUUUAAAACACAUGACUUUUCCUAAAGUUUUUCUGCUUCUCUAAACAGAAAAGUGUGUGGAGGGCACUCUUCAGUUUAUAUUUACAGUAUUUAUCACACCUUAGCAAGCAGAACUGCAAUCCUAACCUGGGAGCAAGCCCCCAGAAAAUUUUAUAGGACUUAUGUCUGAAGAAUGACUGCGAUCCAUAUGCAGGGAGCCAAAUCUGAGUUCAUUCCUGGCAGAAGUUCCAAAUUUCAGGGCCUGUCAAACAUCUCCUUGGCACAAGCUCUUAAGGCAGGUUCACUACCGCUAGAUUUUCCUUUGCACCCUAAUAGGGGAUCCAAUCUGCAGAUUUGGCAUGGCUGCUUGAUUCCAGGGGCCAGGUGAAAAGUGGGGAGACUGCAAUAAUAUAUCUAACCAAUAAGUGAUUUUUGGGUGGGAGGGAAACAAGAGGACCUAAUGAAGAGGCUUGUUAUUAUGGAGCUGAGAAACUAUUGUGGGCUUGGUUCAGAGAAAUAAAAGCAAACAUUGCUUCCCUUUGCUUUCAGAGGUUUUUCACAUCACGGUGGUGAGCAGUGGCAGGUCCAAGACAGUUUGCCAAUAUAUUUCUACUUUUCAGCAGAAAAUCUCCUGGGCUGCACAUUGAAGAUCACUUAAUGUGCAUUAAUCACCCCUUAGCAUGCUUAAAUUAAUCUCAUUUGUAAAAACAAUUAAAUUGAUUAAAGAAAUAGCAAAACUAUUUAUGUGUGAGUGUAAUUACACCAUGGUAUAACCAAGAAUUAAAGCAUGUGACUUUGUUAUCUGGGGGGAGAGAUGCAGAGAAGCCUUUCCUGACCAUGAUUUACCUAUCCCCUCCUCAACAAAUGGCAAACUGGCAGGGUACAAAGAAGCCACUCAAAAUCAAUCCAAGCUGUGUUACAGGCACAACCUAAUUUACAUUAGCAAUGAGAGGCUGAAAGUGGAAAAUCUGUGGCACUUUACAAAUGCCGCACAUUAUCCAUUCCCUCUGUCCUCUACUCUCUCUCUUUCUCUUCUGUUUCUCUCUCACACUUUCAUUCCAUUUUGAUUUCUCCAAAUUUCUCAGCUCAGUUUCUCCCCUCUCACAUGCACCCAGUGCCCAACCAUCUGCUUUCUGACACUCCCAGCCCCUCACCUUUACCCUCCUUGCUUGGUGGGGAGAGGGCGCAGGCUGCUGCUCACAAUGGAAGCUUGAACAGCUUCCUUGGGAGUAAAUCUGCUAGUCGGGAAUGCGCUCAAGUUGCUGCAAAGCAGCAAUAUGCAAAAGGAAACUAGGCGUUUUUUCCUCCCUCACUUGGAUGCAGCCUAUUAUGAGGAUGUGGCUGGGUUGGUUGUUUCCUGUUCUUGGAAUGCUGAGGGAUGGGAUGAAGCGAAUCAGGCUCAGCGUGGUAUGAAACCAAGUGCUGAUAUCAUAGUGUUGGCAAAUGUGAGAGGGUUUGUUUUUUGCUAUUUUAUAUGUGUGAGUGGGCAUUUUCUGCCUCAAGGCCUGGAAACCUGAGAUGUGGUUUAAUGUAAAGGCUGAGGUUUUGUUCAGUGUCCCUGAUUCAUGCUUCAAUCCUACACUAUGUAGGCAUAUAUAGUAUCAUGCAAUCAGUUGCCUUCAGCCUUGACUGGUCCUUCUCUGUGCUUGUCUGAACAGCCAUUGGUAGUUGGGGGGAUAUUUAAAUAGUUGCAUAAAAGGCAACAGUUUAGGGAAUUCUUAUUUCUCAACAUUUCCUCUGAAAUAUAUGUACAGAUGACCUUAUAGUGACUAUUUUGCAAUGCUCAUAGUUACACCCUUCUGUGGCACGUAACAAUGUUUAAAGUAUGAUAGAAUAAGGUUAACAUAUUAGCCUACCAACUGCCUUAAUGUUUUAAUAAUGUAGACAUUACAGUCUAUGAACUCUGUAAAUACAGAAGGUAACUUUUGAUUUGUAAGCAAUAUACGUAGAAGCACCUAUUCUGCUGCCUGAAUUGAUGUACCCAUUCUCUGGCACAUUACUAGUGAGGCCUUUGCAAUUGCUUUUCAGGAAUUCCUCUUAAUGAGUUUUCAGUUUUGUCAACUGCUUCUGCUCCUUGGUACUGAUGCAGAUAUAUGUGUUAUUAUUGCUAUUGCUAUUUCUGUUGUCUGGUCUUUGACCGUAAUAAAGAUUGAUUGAUGGUUUUGCUGUUUACGGGCUAUAUUCUAUUCAUUACUAUGGUGCUGUAAGAACGUUAAAACUGAUACCGUCUUUGUAAACAGCUGGAAAAACCUCUGCCAUGGACUAGUAUGGAAAAUCUGAAACUUGGCAGGAGGGAAAGGCUGACAAACAAGAUACUGGACAUCAAAACUGGAAGGCAUUUGGGGCUAAAAUACCGUAUUUUUCCAUGUAUAAGAUGCCCUCUAUUUUGAGGGACUCAGAUUUAAGAAAAUGGGGGAGAUGUAUCUGUGUAUAAGACGCCCCCUAAUUUUUGACAUUAUUUUUUAGGAAAAAAACUUAGUCUUAUACACAGAAAAAUACGGUACCUUUAAGUGUGUGUUUCAAGUAUUUGUGCUCCCAGUUUGUGUACGGUACUUCACAAGGACUACCAAGAUCAUUCCUUUUGAGCUGUCUCCUAAAAUCCACAUGUUGUUGCAGUGGGGACUUUAAAAAAUUGUUUUAAUAUCUUUGACUGCUGGAUAACUCUUCUAGGUUUCAAUUUUUUUAUUGAAUAUUUUAAGCAGAUUCUGUCCCAAAAUAAUGUGUCUUUAUCUGAGACCUCUGGUGUUGAUUGCUGUGUACUAUCCUGCCUUAUGCUCGAAGAUGGCUUCCAAGCCGGAUCCUGAACUGGGAUUUUGGGAGUCUUGCUUAUUCAUGGAUGCAUGGUCCACAAACAGUUGUACUGAGAGGGUGUUUCCAUACCAGGUGUUUACUUGACAAUUGCCACUCGCUUUUUACAGAGCAUCUGGAAAAUGUAGUUGUGAAUUUAUUGUUCUCCUGCAUUUUCUUCACAGUGCUUUCCUCUCUUUUGAGAGCUCACAAUAAAGGAAUAGAAUCGUGAAGCGAUAUAGCUAGAGGAAAGUAAAGGGGAAAUAAUGCUUUAAAAUUAAAUACAGUAUUUCUUUUCCUGCUUAGAGGUUAAAUAUGCUUCCAAGCCCUGAAGCACAACUUUAUUUUUCUAAAUACGUCUCAGUGAGUCAAUCUUCUGUCUCUGCUGAUUCAUUCAUGGCUGGAUCCUGACUUUCUCCUUUUGUCUCUUCCAUUGUUGGGGCAAGUAGUGGCAAACCUAAAAUCUAUUGCCCUUCUGUUACCCCUUCCUCUAUCUGUCUGGCUACUUUAAUAAUGACUUCACAUGCACCCACCUCCUCUAAUCGUCAUUGUACUGCUCUAGAUUCAUUGUCUUCUAUUGCUAAGUAUCACAUUAUGGACAACAGCUAGCAAAAACAACACAAAGCUUAAAUUGAUUCCUGUGUAGGAGAGGAAGCAUCAUGAAGAAUAUCGAUUUCAAGCCUCUUCAAAAAGCCCACAGUAUUGUGGCUUGAAGUAACUUGGGUUGUGGGUAGCAGAGGAAGGUAGCUUAGAGAGGAACAAAAAAAGAAAGAUGUGACAGUGUUGAAACAGUGGUGUGUCGUGCUGCCAAAGCUCUGUCAGUUUUCAGACUAGAUGUGCUGUGAGAUUGAAGUGCCUUGUUCUUGUGUGUGUUUUGACCUAUGGUGCGACUGGGGAAGCAACAGGAAAACCCAGCUGGGAUUCAUUAAAGGAGGAGAAGAAGAAACAUUUAUUGCUGUAGACUUUGUUAUGAUCUUGGCAUAUUUUAGGAGUCAAAGCCGUUCAUUCUUCCUUGGGGAGGAAACAAACAAACAAAAGCAUUGCCCACAAAAUAUGCAGUUUUAGUUAAUUUUGCAUAAACACGCUUAAUUUGCAUGCUUGGUUACUCCUGUUUAAUCUGCAUGCUGUGCUUGCAGAGCCAUAGGUGCUGUGCAGAGUGGGGAUAUUAUGCCCAGAGAUGAGAGAAGAAAUGUGAGAGACCGGAGAGCCGAAAAGUUGUUUGUAGGAAGAGGAUAUGACAUAGAAGCACAGCAUGCACCAAAAAACCGCAAAGGACACGGAAGCGCCGCUUAAAUUCCCUGAACCCAGUGUUACUUAGUCAUCUCUGUUUUAUUUUGUUUUUAGUUAAAAUUUCAGAUUAUCAGGAAUUCCAGUUUUGUUCCAGAAAUUAAAUCCUGUACAAAGUGUCCCUAUUAAUGGAAGGUGAGCAGAUCUGAUCUUAAUUCACUGUGUUUACAGGCUUGCAUCUCCUACUGCAUCAAAUGCGCUUCUGAAAUGUUGACGACAGACUGGAGAACAUAUAUAUAUAUAUAUAUAUAUAUAUAUACACACACACACACACACACACACACACACACACCAUUUGUGGAAAAGACGCUAUGCUGUUCUUCUCUACACCUGAAACCCUGAUUCUUGUUGGAGUUGUCUUGGAGAACUGAGGAGACAAUUGUUGAUGGUGGUUUUGAUAUUAAUUUCAUCACAUGCCUAAUAGCAUUUCUCUUGAGUUUCUGCAGCUCAGUUUUGUAUGAACCAGAUUGGACGAUCUGAAGGACAAAGGCAAGUGGCUUGCUAAGAAAUGGAUGGAAUCCUAAUUUUUCCCAGUACCCAAGUCAGUCGCUCAGGGGCUGGCCUAAGACAUUUUUGCACGUGAGGCAAACCACCAAAUGACUUUCCCCUCCCCGGUAGGAAAGAAGGGUUGAGUGAAGAUAUUUGGAACAAGCUGGGAAUAAAGAUCUACAAUGAGAUCUUCUGCCCCUGUGGAUCCUGCUGCCUGAAGCAAUUGCCUCCCCUUACCUCAUGGGUGGGCUGUCCCUGCUGCCCCCUGUAGUGCAUCAUUAAAGCUAAGCAUCUUUAGAGAGCAGAGUUGUAAAUAUCCAUGUGCCCUCUCAUCCCUUUUUCUGAGAACUAAUGCAGAGGUGGCUAACCUGUGGCUUUCCAGAUGUCAUUGCAUUCCAGCUCCCAUCAGCCUCAACCAGCAUGGCCAGUGGUCAGGGACAAAGGAAGUUGUAGUCUAGCAAUGUGCGGAGGCCCCAAAUCCCCACCUCUGAACUAGUAGAAGACACAACAGCGUGUAAAUGUUCCCUUGCACACAGUCUGCUGUCCUAGCUUACCUAGCCAUGCACACACCUUGAUAUAUGGCCUUCAGUUGAUCUCUGCUGCUUAACAACAAUUGGACAGUGAAACUAUCACUAGACAUUUUGGUUUAGUACAAAUUCAUUUCCUGUUAGAUUGGCUUAUGCAGCCCCUUCCCACCCACUGUAUUAGUUGCUGCUACCAUUAAACAUUAAACGCUUCUGCCACCAUUAACCUUGGCUGUUGUACUCACUGUUUAAUGUGUUGCUGUUCUCAGUGCUUUGGGGAGUUUACCUUCCCCUUUCAAGCUGCCCCGGCUUCUGCUUUCCAGUAUAUUCAUGAAUGGAUAUGGCCAUGGAAGGGAAGUAGUAGGAAGCAAUGCUACUGUCGAUAAAAGAUCGGCUGUUACCUCCAGUUUCUGCUUUUUGUAUAGUGCCCCAAUUGUGCCAUUCUGGGAAGAAGAAAGAAAACUCACCUCCUCUCCCUGGUGGCUGACUAAUACUUGCCACCCAUGCCAUUUGUUCAUUUUCUUUCAUGUAUGGCAUAACUGGAUUAUGGGAAGGUAGUUUAAAGAGUGCAUUCAGGAACAGUCUCUUAUAGGGAAUGCCACAGUCCUUUCUCUAGAACUCUGUGUGCUGUAUGGAGCCUAAAACAGGCUGUAUGUAAACAGACCUAAGUAGAAGGAAGGGUGGUUCUUGAGCCUAAGAUAACAAACAGAGAUUCUGAAGCAUUUGAAACUGUUGGUGGCUCAGCCAUGCAUUUCCAUCAUUGCAGUGAGCAAGGAGGUUGAUGGUGGUAGCAUACAUGAGACAUUUUGUUCCACAUAUCCUAAAAAAAAAAUCAAAUCUCCACAGUAAAGUCACAAGGUGUAAACCUAUGCAUGUCUACUUGGAAGUGAAUACCACUGAGUUCAAUGGGCCUUAAUCCCAGAAUUUGCAGCCUGUCUCCUUGUUUUCAAUUUCAGCGGCCCGGUUUGCACAUCACUUUAAACUAUAGUUUAAAUUUAAGCUAUGGUUUAAAGUGUACGAGCAAAGCAUUUGGCAUACUACUCAAAAGACCUACAGUGCUCCUCCCUGAUCCUUUCUUUAGCACACCUGGAAGCAAUAUAUUUUUAUUGUCUCACAAUAGUGCUCGUAAGUUUUCCUGCAGUAGUACACUUUAGUUCCAGCUGAUGAGGUUAUGCUAACUGUUUGGGCUUCUGAAGUAAUAAAUCAUGCCUAAAAUAUGUAGGAUUUAUCAUGACAAAUUUAUUGUCAGGAAUCCAGAAUGCCUGACCCUGCUUUUUAAAUCUUCCAUCACUAGCUAGGAUUACCGUAUUUUUCGCUCUAUAACACGCACCUGACCAUAACACGCACGUAGUUUUUAGAGGAGGAAAAUCCGUAGGCAUGCCACCCUUAGAUAUUCCCUCCAUAACACGCACAGACAUUUCCCCUUACUUUCUAGGAGGAAAAAAGUGAGUGUUAUGGUGCAAAAGAUAUGGUAAGUAUUGUAGUCUUAAAACUAUAACAUUGGAAGGGAUCAAAAGGCCGCAUGAUUCAACCUCCUACCAGAAGGAAAGCCAUCAUUGCAAAAUGUCAACCCUGUAAAUAUACGCUCAUUUGUGUCUUCUGAGUAAGGAAAAGUCUUCUCCAAAUGACCAGGUGAGGAAGCUCUAUUCAGGUGUUUGUGAAUGGGUAGCUUCACCCCAGGUUUUGCCUCCUGCAACUAGUAAUUAUUAACAUUUCUCAAACACUUAAAGCAAUUAGAUGCUGUUCAAAGAAUUAUUAAAUUGUCUUUGCAUCUACCCACAGAUUUAUAAUCUAAGAACUAUUUUUCUUGUUAUUUCUAACCUUCUGAAUGCUCUUCUCUCAGCUUCCUUUUGUCCUAUAAUAUUCUGUGUCUCUUUGUAGAAAUGUAGAAGGGUGCACAGUGGGUCAUAUCACAUUUAAAGAGAGGUUAAUAUAAUCUUAUUUAUAACCACUUAGGGAUACUCCCUUUUGUUUUGUUUUUUUUCUUGCAAUCUAAGGUAGACAUAAUGUAUGAGAGAAGCAAGGGAUGAAAUGUAACUGGAAACCAGAGAGGAGGUACCAAGCUGAAGAGGGUGGAAGGAGAAAGAGAAUUGGUUAGAAAAAUCAUGGGGAAAGAUGUGAGCUUUGAGCAGUUCUUUACGGUAGCUAAAGAUGAAAUAUCAUGGGUAUAUAGAGCAAGGGGUUUCUGGCAAUAAGGUGCUGCCCUACAGUAUGAAUAGACAGAGGAAAGAACUGAGAGAGGCUGGGGUUAUUAAGAUUGGAAUAAGGAGAAUGAAAGGAACAGGAAGGAAUAUAGAUGCAAAAAGCAGAGCAUAAAGCGGCAAGAGUGGUGAACUUUAAAAGGCAGGACCUUAUUAGUAUGAAAUGGAUAUAAUAAACCAAUUAAUAUGGACAGAUAUUAUUGGAACCAGUGAAAAUACAGGUGGUGGAGAUUGAAUUUUAGAGACAUGGCAUGGGCUGGGGUAUCAGGUUUAACAAUGGAUUGAAUCUGAAAUUAGAUAGUCAGAAAUUAAUCCCAGUUUAUAUGAUCAGUUAAGGAUGUAUUGAUGAAAUUGUGAUCUCAAAAGAAGCAUUUGACAACUCUUUAAAUAGACUAGGUUCCUCUAAAGCAAGGACAGGGUCCAGAGAGAAAAGAAAAUGAUAACUUACUUACUGAUAACAAACUGAAGACAAUCGGGGUGUAGCUUGAGGAGAAGUAAAAAGAGGGCUCAGACAUACAUGGGGCAGAGAGACUCCUUCAGAGCUUCUUUCAAGUCCUUCAAGUCUCAACUCCCUUUCUCUGUCACUGACAGCUAACUCCCAGCAGGCUAGAACCUCUGGCCAUUCAUAGUCUGCUGUCAGCCAGACACAUCAUGGUGUCUUCCACUAGUUCUGGUAUGGGGAGUACAACUCCUACUAUCUCUGAUCAUUGGGUCUGCUGGCUGGGGCUGAUGGGAGUUGGAGUACAACAAAAUCUGGAAGGCCACAGAUUCCGCCCCAAUCUCUUCUAAUGGGUCAGCUGCACACAGUAUAGUCUGGAUUGUCUGUUUCUUUUAGCUGCUCUUCUUCUUGUGAGGUAGAGUAGACUGUUUGCAGAUUCCCUUCUUCCUCAUUUUCCUGUUACCCACACGUCAGUUUUAUUAUUAUUUUUGCACUCAACAUUUGAUUAACUGGCAAGGAGGAGACAGCCGAGAAGGAGGCCUGGAAAGUGAGCCAGAUUUGACAUGGAAACAUUACACUUGGCUAAUAAUCUAAAUUGGAGCCCAGAACCUUUUAGGAUAGUAAACUCUAAAUGUUUUGCUUAGCAACUGUUGCCAGGGAAUAAUCUGUAUGAUAGCAAGACAAACAGAGCUUGCUGCAUUCUCAUGUUAAUAUUAAUUUACACUCGGAAGGUUCCAUGCUUCAAAUAUAUUACUAAUGCUUUAACUUAUUCACUCACUGAGUGAAAGACAGAAAAUGGGCUGUGCAGGGUUGGAAAAAUGUAUUUUGGUUACGUAUUAAAUGAAGUUUAAUCAAACAGCAUGCAUUUCUAGCUGCUGGUGUGGUAUUUGACUCUUUGUUUUCCCCAAAAAACCAAAUGUAGCCAUGCUGGUCUGUAAGAAAUUUCACAGCAGAGCAUAUAAGGAACAAACAUUGGCUUAAAAGUGUUGGGGUCAAAGCUGUUCUAAACUCCUUUCUGGGAACCUGCUUGUUUGUGAACUCUUAGUAAGAAAGAAUUUGGCUUCCUGUGUUGUGCAAACCAGGCCUAAGCAGCGUGGAUAAUCAGUUUUAAUGUCAAGGUGUGUGCGCUAAUGAGAUUCUUCAUCAUUGACAUGCAUACAUAUAGUAAUACAUUUUAAAAAUGGCACACUUCCUCUCUUUUAUUAUGUUUCAAGUUAUAAACUAGAAUAGUUACAGUCUACAACUACUUAUAUUACAGUUGUCCUCAGUGAUUAUCUCAUGAAACAAUAGAACUAAUAUUUGUAAAAAGCGACUGUAACACACCUACACCCACAUGUGUCCAAUUCAUUUAUCAUAAAUGCAUAAUAUUCCUACAGGCAAGAGAUGAUAUUUAAUGGGACACAGCUAUUGGGGAUUAAACUUAGAAACAUGCUGAAAAUAGAGACUAAGUUUGUUUAAAUGAUGACAUCUUUUCUUACUGCUUUUUCACAGCCAUACUUUAUAGACUUUCCUUGGGUUAGAACACAUGUUGGGUGCUAGUAUUAAGUGGAUGCCUCAGUUUUUGAAGAGAGGGGGAAAUAACUUUGAAUAGCUCCUGUUUAAAAUUAUGGUUUUAAGCAGCUAAAGCACAAGCAUACUUCUUUGUUUUGUUUUGUUUAAGCAAAAUGGUUUUUUCUCAUGAUCUUGCAGCUGAGUACCUCCAGAAUAGAAGUGGGGAGUCUCAGGCCCUGGGGGUGUAUGUGGCCCCCCAGGCUUCAAUAUCCGGCCCUCUGGACUUUCCCCCGCCACACUGCCGUCUACACCUCCACCUGGAGUGAACCUGGAGUGGCACCAGGUGUCCCAAAUCAUAACAGAUCAGUGUCAAUGUAGUUUUAACAUACUUAAAUACACACCGUCAUCUUCAUCUUUGUGUGUGGCAUAUCCAGCCUUUUGUAAUCUUAGCAUUUUUUUCUUUUUAAAUGGAUGUUACGUAGUUCUUAAUGCAAACAGAUUAGGCGUUAUGUUUAAAUUUGACUUGUUUCUCAUCUGCAGCCACUUUCUCCUUUUCACCCUGCUCCAAAUUGGGACAAUCUAGAUUAGUUACCAUGUUACUUGGUUACCAUGGCAGCUGAUCUCAGCUUUAUGUGUCUUAAGUUCUUCAUAUCUGUGACUCAAUUCAGUUGGCUAGGUUUCUCUCUCUCUCUCUUUUUAAGUGGAGUACAGCAUUGCUACUGCCUACUAUAUGUAAGGAGGUGAGGUGAGAGAGAAAGUAUUUUGAAUAUGAGGAUAGCUAAUUCCUGCUUUGUUUGGCAUGCAUCUUUAAAAUCAGAAGUAUUAAUCACAAUAGUAUGCAUACCUAGUUUGAGCUGCCAAGUAAGUAUGGAUUCUGCUUGAACAAGCGUGUCUGUCCUUGCUCCCUGCAUCCUUUUUUUCUACCCCACUGUAUCUUGACUAUUUAUAGCAGGAGAUAGAAAUUUUGUACCAGGAAUACUGAGACAAAGUGCAGACUCUGAGGGCUGUAGCAAGAUUCUGAGAAAUCCAGCAUUUGCAUCUGGGAAUAAGGACACAAGAAGAGCCUGCUGGACCAGACCAAUGAAACAUCUGGUCUGGAAUCCUGCGCUCACUGUGACCAACCAGAUGCCCAUAGGAAGCCUUCAAGCAGGACUUAAAUGCAGAAGCACUCUCUCCCAUCUGUGAUUGCCAGCCACUGAUAUUUAGAGGCAUACUACUCAGCUGACUGGGAAGGUUGAACAUAGCCAGUGUGGCAAGUAGUCACUGGUAGCCCAUGGAAUUGACUAAUUCUCUAUUAAAGCCAUCUGAGUUAGUGGCUAGCACUGCCCCGUAUGGGAGCAGAUUCCAUAGUUCAACCAAGCACUCUGUGAAGAUCUUUUUGUCUGCCCUGAAUCUUCCAACAUUCAGGUUCCUUGGAUGUUCACGAGUUUCUAAUGUUAUGAGAGAGGGCCAAAAACUUUCCUCUACCCCUUUCUUCAUACCGUGCACCAUUUUAUACACUUCUGACAUCUUGCCUUCUACUCCCAAAUACUGAAACCUUUCCUCAUAGGGGAGCUGCUCCAUCACCUUGGUAAUUUUGGUUGCCCUUUUCUGAGAAACCCGAGGUCCACUUCUGCAGGACUAGAGAGUGUUUUAAAUGUUUCCUCAAAUUAGUUGGUACUUGAGACAGGACUGCUUUAUGUCCUUCUGGCGUUCACUGUGAAAGGACUUAGGCCCCAAAUAUCUGCAAGUCUAUCUUAUUCCCUACAGACCCUCUGAAGUGUUAAGAUCACACCACUCUUGAGACAUUUGUGGGGGUAGAAGCCACAAGCUGUGGAAUUUCCUUCACACAUACAUGGAUGUCCAUAGGUGUGGGCAGUUGUCCCCCCCUGGAUAAACCACCUGAGGUAUGAGACAAAAUGUAUAGAUACUGUACACACACUAUAUAGCCUGCCCCUUGCCUUUCUAUAUUUUACUCCCUCCUCCACUAAAAUAAAAUAAAAUUCUGCAGAUGCCCAUGUCCACAGAGGUGCAACUGCCACCUUCAUUUAUAGCUUUCAUCAUUAGUCCUGUAUUACUGUGGUGUUGCAACCUGCCCAUGGACCUUAUGGUGAAGGGUGGGAAAGAAAUCCAUUCAACAACAACACUAACACAUCCUUAUCCUGCUCUGUAUCGUACCUGGGCUGGCCACUUGCACAUACCAAUUCUACAUAGUUGUGUAGCUUGCUUGGCUUUCUUUAAUGCCACUCCUCACCUCACCCCCUAAGCCAGUUUGUACCAGCUCGAUACUCCCUGCUGAUAUGCUUCUUAGCUGCUGCUCCCCAUAUAUAGCCCAUUGGAGUCUUUGUUUGCCUUGCACUGCCUUGUACUGAAGCGAAACUCCCCUGAACCUUUUAUGGUUCUCUGUAAGCGUUAAACUCCUAUCCCUCUGGAGCAGCAGAAGUACUUUCAGUCAAGGCACUGCUAAGGACAGGAGAAUUCUUCCCAUCUGUGGCUGCAGGAAAAUAGUACAGAUGCUGGCACAAUAACUUUGCAGGGUGAUGCCAUGAUUACUCCCACUUUGUUAGACCCAGUUCUAAGAAACAUAAAUCUUCCAUGCCCUUAAUGUUCCUGCCCUCUUUUGAAGGCCAUUCCUGUUUCUUGCGCUCAAAUGGUAUUGGCAGCAGAAGACAAAAGGUUGCUCACAUUAGACAUUUACUGAAAGGGUAAUUCUUCUAGCUGUGAGAGCUUCUGCAUAUUUCAGUUGCCCUGGCAUAAUAAUUGCCAGUUGUCUUUAGAUGGAAGCCCUGCUGCAAAUCAGGAAGGUUUUAGACUUCGUGUGACUUCUGUGGAAUGCAGAAAUGCUGUGAAUAUGCCCAGUCCAUCUUGCUAACCUGAAUUUAAGAUUUAUACCUGCAAAAAAGCACUUAGUAAUAGGAGCGAAUGGAGGCUCUCUGUGAAGUUCAUCUGCGUGUUGAUUAGACUGUCACACAGCUGCUAUGGUGUCGGGUUGUCAAGGUGCUGGGAAUGUUUACAUGCUCAAGGUUACCUCUGUCUCUUGGAUACAGGACUGACUGCGAUGACUUUUCGCUUGCACUCAAACCUCCUCCAUAGUACCAUUUUAGCAUUUUUAGUUUGGGGCCUAUUCUGCCCUGCCCAAGUCACUUUUCUAUCCAAUUUGAAAAACAGGGAGUGUAUCUCAGGCUGGCACACACCUGCUUGCCCACCAGGUUUCUAAUUCCUUGAAAGCAAGGAUUGCAUCAUAGUUUGAGGGAUAUGCUGAAAUAAGCAUGGGUAAAAAGGUAAAGGACCCCUGGAUGGUUAAGUCCAAUCAAAGGUGACUAUGGGGUGCUGUGCUCAUCUUGCUUCAGGCUGAGGGAGCUGGUGUUUGUCCACAGACAGCUUUCCGGGUCAUGUGGCCAGCAUGACUAAACUGCUUCUGGCUGAAAUAAGCAUGUCACCCUCUGGAUCCAUAUGGGGACUGGUGCUCUCAUACAUUUGGGAUAUGGGAGAUAGCAUAAUCUGGAAGCUGGUUCAGAAACUUGUCUGCUGUUUGUGGCACCCCAGAGUUCAGUUGGGGGGUCUUCCCCUCUCUGCCAGUCACCUCACAUCUGUUGAGCCCUCUGCUGCAGUUAAUUUUAGGUGCUCUCUUAGCACCUGGCUCCAGUAAAUCUGUUUAAACCUAUUGCCAGUAGCAUCCCCCCCCCCCCCGCAACUUUAUCCCCAAACUUCAGACUGAUGAGCCAGUGUGGUGUAGUGGUUAAGAGCAGUGGACUCGUAAUCUGGUGAACCGGGUUCGCAUCUCCGCUGCUCCACAUGCAGCUGCUGGGUGACCUUGGGCCAGUCACACUUCUCUGAAGUCUCUCAGCCUCAUUCACCUCACAGAGUGUUUGUUGUGGGGGAGGAAGGGAAUGGAGAAUGUUAGCCGCUUUGAGACUCCUUCGGAUAGUGAUAAAGCGGGAUAUCAAAUCCAAACUCUCUUCUUCUUCCUUCCACAAUAAUGUAUCCCAUUGCUCAUUUCCUGGAUUGGCCAUCACAUGUGCUUCUAUGUUCCCCAUGAGGGCAUGAAGAUUCACAGCAGGACAAUCCUGAUCCAUUUGGUAAACACUCCCCCUGUCUCACACUGUUAACAUUUGGAUCAGCUUGCAAGGGGAGGCUAUUUUGGCAGCAUCUCUGGCUAGCAGUAUGUGCUCAGGCCCUCCAUGUUCUUUAGUUUCCAUGGCAAUCACAGCUAGCCAAUAGCCUUACCCUUUCCCUGGGCUCUCUCUUAGUAGGUGUCUCUCCCACAAGGUUCACUACACUAAAUCAUCUUCACAGAGCAAGGCAGCUUCUCCACCUUACAAGGAACUUCAAUUCCUUUCGUGCAAUUUGGUGUUCUGUUUCUAAAUUUGUAUUGUUGCUGAAAUACAUCUCCAGCACGCUCACGAAUUUGCCGCCUCCUACCCAAAUUGGCAGCAUCCACUCCUCAGUCUUCUGCCAGUCUUUUUGUAUGAAAAUCAGCAUGAAGUACACAUAGCCUUGAUCCUCCUUCAGAGAUGCGAUUCAUGUAUGUUGCCCUGAUUAACCUCUCCAAUUUUCAAUUUAUUUAGUCAAACAAAUGCCUCCUAUCCAGAGGAGGGAAAGUUAUUGUGCCUUUUUUUUUUUUAGCUUUCUGUAUUUUUUGUACAAAUCUUCCUUUUUUUAUUUCCAGCAAGUUGAUGAUACAGGAUGCCAACAACCUGGCAAAAAUGUUCUUUGCAUGCUGGUUCCCCACCCACUUACCUCUCUGUAUGCAAUGAUAUUAGGAGGAGGGAGGGGACCCACCUGCUCCCUUUUCCCUCCCCACCCUUCCCAUGCUUCCCAAAAUAUAUAUUAGACAGAGGGAUCUAGGAGGAGGGGAUGGUCCCCUGACAGAAGGUAUUAAAUAGCCUUAUGCUGUAAUAUAGGGGCUAAUAUGCUUUUUGUUGUUGUUCAUUUUAGGCUUCCAUAAACCAACUUUCCAUUGAUAUAUGAUGUGGCUUAAAAACAUUAAAAAUGGAGAAAUAAUGAUAAUGCCAGCAAUAAAUAAAUAGAAUAACAAUUGAUUGGGGGCAUCAAAUCCACCUUACUGCCUCUUUGAAAGUUUGAGUUGGCCACCCAAUGAACCUGAAGAGAGGAUUUGUUUAGAAUAAGAGACAACAGAUUGUGAACUUUAAAGAGAUUCUUCAUCAGAUAUAAGUGGUCACAUAAACAUUGGUUAACCAUGCCAAUGGUAUGCCAUUAGUGUCAUUAAUCCCUUUUUGCUUGGUGCCAUGUGUUGGUCUGCUGAUCAAAGUUUAGAGAUAUUUGCCCCUUCUCUUCCCACAGUUAGUGCAACGAUGGCUACAUCAGACACAGUGUCUCUCUUGUCAGUUAUCUUGCAGUAUAAGCUGAUGUGCUGAGGAGGCUGUGUUGGAGAUAGGUCUCUGUGUGUCCUUCUCCUGUUACGAAAGUGUCAUGGAUUUCACCAACACCAUUCCCAUAUUCCACAGCACAAACUGUGAAGAGCUGCCCUGAAGAGCACAACUUUGAACACUUUGUUCCCAUCUCUCUGAAGCAGGGGAGACACUGUUCCCUUCCAAUGGCUAGGAUUAUGCAUGGAAUAUAUAUGGAUGGAUGGAUAGAUAGAUAGGUAGUCAUGGUCACACCCUAAGGUGAGCAAGAAGGGUAGGGGACCAAGGUCAGCAGAAAAGAGAGGAGACAGGCUCCAGUGCUUGUUGUAAUAGGCUGCUUAUUUUGCUCAGCUAUAAUUUGAGGCUGACGUGUUUUGGAGAUAAAUGUCAUUCAUCAGGAGCAAUAAGCAAAAACAGUGAAAAUAAAGAUAAUAUACAAGGACAAUAUUAAUACUUAAUAAUGCAAAACCUUAUAAAUUUUUAAAACUAAUACAUUCAAAAAUUACUUAUCAAAAAGACAAGUUACGAUAACAUUAUUACACUAAGGAAAUACAUAGCAUGCAUAUCUGAAGGCAGCCCUGUUUAAUGUUUGAUGUUUUAUCGUGUUUUUAAUAUUCUGUUGGGAGCCACUCAGAAGUGACCGGGGAAACCCAGCCAAUAAACUGGAAAUUUAACAUCAAAAAUCUAUACAACUUCCAUUCUGUGUUUAUAGCUCUUCUCUGGUCCAAUGGUCGCACUCUAAACCGAGAAUUUACUAAAUACAGUAUUUCACCUUUUCAAUGACGCAUGGUGGUUCAAAUACAAGGCCAUGUAGUUAAUAUUUAUAAUGAAUUCCUAUAUCUCAACUAUUAGUCCCUGAGCUCGUGAGAACCUUUCCUUUGGAAAAUGGCAAGGAAUUGUGUUUUACUGCCUUUGUUGUUGUUGUUUUUAAACAAGAGGGGAAGAAAGCAGGCUCCAUGCUAAGCAGCUUAGGACAUUGACCUUCAUAUAAUCCAAACAGUAUUGUUUGUGAGUACAUAGAGAUUUUCCUUAGCAGACAAUGAGUUUGAGAAACAGUACCGACAGCAUGAAAUAAGACGUAUUUGGGAUAUUCUGAAACUUAACAAAUGAAGCUUAAGACCCACUAAGAUGGCAUAAUGGGGACAGCCAUGUCUGUAAUUCAUAUAUUUGCUCCAUUCACUCUUAAAGUGGGAUAUGGGGGUGCUCUAAUUUUUACAGCAGAAGUUGUGCAAGGACAAGUGGAGCUGAAGCCUAUUUUCUUACUGCUCUUGAGUCAUUUUGGGUGUCCUCAGUCCUGUUCCAUUACCAGAAAUGAGCUGAACUAGGAAGAAAAAUGUCUUACGUGACAGAGCACACUUAGGUAAGUCAAUGAACAUAAGCAGCUGCCUUAUAUGGACGCAAAUUGUUGAUCCUUCUAGAAGUAAUGUAAACACACCAGCAGGAGCACCAGAUUGUUUCUGCUGGUGUGUUUGCACCACAUCCCUCUCCCCGCUGCCUCACCCCAACUCCUGGCACAGUCACUCAUACCCAUUUCAUAGGCUAGUACAAAGGCCUCAUGGUGUUACAACUUGUAGCUACAGUGGUUCCUUGGUUCUCAAACGCCUUGGUUCUCAAACAACUUGGAACCCAAACACUGCAAACCUCGAAGUAAGUGUUCCAGUUUGCGAACUUUUUUCGGAAGUCAAAUGUGCUCCAUUUUGAGUGUUAUGCUUCCAACUUGAGUGCCACACUUCUGUUUUGAAUGCCACACUUCCGUUUUGAGUGUUACGCUGAGGUCUGUCUGUUUUUGCUAUUUAUUUUGCAUUUUUGUGGCUCUUUUUCUUUGGUGUGUGACUGUGUGGAACCCAGUUCAGCUACUAAUUGAUUGUGUGACUGCAGUACAUUGUUUAUUGCUUUCAUUUUAUGGAUCAAUUAUCUCGUUAGAUAGGAAAAUUCAUGCUAAAUUGCUGUUUUGGGGGUUGUUUUUAAAAGUCUGGAACAGAUUAAUCUAUUUUGCAUUACUUUCUAUGGGAAAGUGUGCCUUGGUUUUGGAGUGCUUUGGUUUUGGAACGGACUUCCAGAACGGCUUAAGUUUGAGAACCAAGGUACCACUCUAUUUGUUACCCUGCUUUAUGCCCAAGGAGCUUAUGGCAGUGUACUUGGUUCUCCCCUCCAUUUUAUCCUCACGACAACCCUGUGAGAUAGGUUAGGCUGAAGGAUGGUGAGUGGCCUAACAGGUGGGCUUCACGGCUGAGUCGGGAUUUGACCAGGGCCUUCCCAGUCCUGGGCCAACUCUGUAACCACUGUACCACAUUAGCUCUACAGAUCCUUGGCACACCAACAAAAAGUGUUAAGGCUGGCUGAGAAGGGCAGCUGAUUGGACCAGUAGCCCACUUGAUCCAGUAUCCUUAUUUAGGAAUGUUCUUGAGGACCAAAGUAAGUUUAAAGGGUGAUUUCAUGUAUAUUUGUGAGGAAUCUGGCCACAGUUGAAAGAGCUUCCCAAAAGCCAAUCAGUAAAGGGUGGCUGAAGUACUGAAAUGCUUCAGUUUGGCUGCGGAUGUAUUAACUAUACUAAUGUGUAAUCCUUUAAUCCCACUAAGCAUUUUACUUCAGUGACAGACACUGCAGUUAGCAAGUUCCACCGGCUAAGAAAGCGCUGAAUGUGAAAGCCUUGUUUUCUGUCAGAUCUCUUUCUUUUUUGCCUGAUUCUUCCUCUGGUUGUAAGGGAAAUAAUUCCAUUGUGUUCUCUUAAACUUGUCAAUGGUUAGAGUGUCAGACUAGGACCUGGGGGACCAGGGUUCAAAUCCCUACUUGGUCAUUAAUCUUACUGGGUGCCUUUCAGGGUUGUUGUGCUAGUUAAGCAAGGAGGUGAAGAAUCAAGUACACCACCUUGAGCAACUUGAACAUAAAGGUGGGAUAUCAAUGAAACUAAUAAAUAAAUAAUAAACUUUUUUGUAUGGAUCUCCCUUUCAGACAUUUUGGCACUCUCUGAACACAUUACUCUGCUCCCCCAACCUUUAAAAAAUGAAGCCAAUUAACAUCACUUUGCACCUUGGCGCAUUUCAUUAUUCAGUAUUCACAAACGAGUUAGUCAUUGCCUUAAUUCUGUUUGUCUUUUUAAAACAUUAAGGCAUAUGUGUCCUGUGGUACCUGAGAGAGAGCGAGAGUGAGAGAGAUCACAGUUAAUAAAGAAUGAAAGAGGACUCAAUGCAGACUAAAAGUGAAAAUAAAUUUAUGAAAAGCAAAAGGUUUUCAAAAUAGUAGGACACAGAAUUGAGAAAAGGUUGACUUCUGUGUAUUAAACAUGUCCCUUUUCCCCCUCUUACAAGUGACGCUAUUGAUUUGAUGUGGCACAGUAGGAGAGAACAGAGAUCCGCAAAACCCUUUAAACUUUUAAUUUUUUUUAUAUGCCACUUGAUUGUAAUAAAACUUCUAAGCAGUUUACAAGAAAUGUUGAGAUUUUCAGUAAAAACAGUUAAAAACUAAUCAUCCUACAUUGAAAAGAGAAUUAAAUUGACAGUAGACCCAGGGAUUUGUCAGUUUCCAUUUUGGCAGUUUGGCCUAGACCUUUUCUCUCAUUGCCACUAUUUGCCUCAGUCCCUCGGAAGUUAGUUUUGGCACUGAGUUCUGACUUACAUAUUCAGCUGUGGAGGCAAUUCAUUCAGCUUCUCGGAAAUCUCCCUUUUCUUUCUUUAGCUUAACUUCUUCUUUUCUUUCUUUAGCUUACCUUCGACCCCCUUCCCAACCCUUCCUAGGGUCUCUUGCUACUAAAAUAUCUAAAUUAAUUUUUGUUGCCUGCCUUUAUAUUUUUAGCAAUGUGCUCAAUUUUUUUUUUAGCAUUCCUUCUUGUCUGCCUGCAUCCCCCCCCCCCAAGGUUUGUGUUCCUUUUUUUGUUCUGCUCAUUUGGAAAGACUUCCAUUUUUCAAAGGAAGCCUUCUUGCCGCUAGUAACUUCUUUGACUCUGCUCCUUAACCACGCUGGCAUCCUCUUGGUCCUUGUGGGGCCUUUCCUGAUCUGUGGUAUGCACUCCAGUUGAGCUUCUAAUAAUGUGUUUUAGACAACUCCCAAUAAUUUUGAAGUGAUGUGGGGCCUUUCAACUUCCCUUUUACAAGAAUACACGAUUUUAUGUUUUAAUGUAGGUUGUAAACCACCUUGAGAUUUUUCUUCUUAAAAAUAUAAAAUGGUAUAGAUGUGAAAUGAAUUAAUAACAACCACAGUAAUGGAAUUUGUAAGCCUUGAUAUAUGGAGAUAGCUGUUGAUUGUUUGUUUUAAAACAAAUUAAAUGAAUGGAGAAUUUAUCAGUGAACAGUAGGUAGGUUAAGCCAAAUGGAGCCCCCAUGGUUAAAGGCGCAAUGUUCCUUAAUUGAGUGUCAGGGGCAAACAUUUUUGUGGCUAGAUCAGAAAGGCUUUUCCUCUCAGCCAGCAAGUCAGUUCUUAAGAACAUGAGUGCAGCCACAUACUGUACUUGUUGCAAACUGUAUGUUCUUGUAGAUUCAUAGUUAUGCUUGAGGAGGCUAGAACAGUUGUUUUCUUGACCCCAGGACAACCCACUAUGGCACAGUGUGAAAACUUUUCCUCUACAGUUGUGCCAGUCUCUGAUUUAUGACAGGUGUCACAUGCUCCAUUCUUCAGGUUUCAUAGCAGGGGAACAAUAAGAUUUUCUCCUUAGCCUGCCCUUUUUAGCUAAGUAGAGCUAUCACUUAUGAUCACCAUCAGGGAGGGAUUUUUGCACCCUGGUUUAUAUUUCUGGCAGCUGCGUGACAAAAGUGGCAGAGUUGGUAAACUUGUUGAGCAAAUAACUAGAAGCAUUUAGAAAAAAUAAUAAUGAGCGGAUAAGAGUUUGAACUAUGGAAAAUUCCUCUGCUUUCAGAAUGUUGAAAGACUAGUGUCUGGUUUAGGAGCCCUUUUGAAAUUGAAGUUUGAAACCCAAAGUUGGCAAAAGAGCUCCCAUGUUUUAAAAACAGAGUGCAGAAUAGAGGUGAAAAAAAUCCAUCAGCAUCUGAUUUCAUUUAGAAAAUGUCUGUUUCAGUGAUGGGUGUGUUUAUGCUGAAGAGUCUAGCACACAGUGAAGAAAAAUCCUAAUGCUCUCAGCAUCUGCAAGCACCUUGGAAUUGAUCCUGUCUUUUUUCUUUUUCUUUUUUUGUAAAAAAGCAAAAUUAAAACUAGCUUGGCUGCUGCCUCUUAUCUGGGAUGGUCACAUCCUAUCCUAGAUGAGACCUGGGUACCCUGUAAGGCAGGGUGGCCCAACUUUUCAUACCAAGUGGGCCACAAGAGUACUUCGACACGGAACCCAUGGACCACACACUCUCUGCCUUGUUGGGGGGUGAGGGGAGAGAGGUAAAAAUUAAAUGCCCCCCUCAGCUCUUGCACUGCCUUUUUGGGGAAGGGGAGGGGUCCUAGAGCCCUCACACCUCCUUCCCAAAGCUGGGAAACCACUAACUAGUGUUUGCGAAGGAGACAUGGAUGGGGAUGCUCAUUGGUCAUGUGGCUGAGGCCAAUGAGAGUUUAAGUCCAACAGCCACAGGUCCUCCAGCCCUGUUUUAAGUUAACUCCCUGCUUCAUUGCACUGCUGUAGCUUUCCAUCUGCUUCCUAUAUCAUCCCCCACAUCUAAUAUACUGUAGCACAGACUUUCCCAACCUGGCUACAGCUGGUGGCAGUUGUCCAAAAUUUCUGGAUGGCAACAAGUUGGGGAAGACGGCAGGAUGUAGAUAUGGAAUAGUUUUUGUCUCCAUUUUUGUAGCAUCCUAACAACUCUGUGAAAGGGGGGUCAGAUUGGCACCCAUCUAACUUUUCCCUGCCACAAGGCCUUGAAGAUACUAGGCUGCUGUCCAAAACUCAAGGCAUCAGCCAUUCCCAAAGGCAGGAGGGGGCACCGUGUGUCAUUUGCCGUAGUGCUUCAUGAUCAGCAUGAAACUGGUAUGCUGAUCAUGUGCAAAAUUUAAUUGGAGUUCAAACGUUCGUCCAAAGGCUUCUCCCCAGCCUUGCCUUCUACGACUUUUUUAACUGUGUAAAACUGGGGAGGGAACCCAAGAUUGUUAAUAUAUAGGAAAGCAGAGGCUUUGUUCCCGACGUGUGCUACACUCCCUUUUCUUUUGUCCUGUAGUCACACUUCUCUUCACUUCUGCUUUGUUUUUCAAACGGUGUCUGUCUUGUCAUGUUUAGAAUCCAGAAGGACUGUGGAAUUUAACACCUAGCAUUCUGCAAGGUUGCCUUCUGCAUUUCUCUUCUGUCUUCUUUGGUCUUGUAAAUCUUAUGGCUGUAAUUUUAGCCACUGCUGCUCAAACUCCUUCCUUUCUAGUAUUUGUAAACUUUCCCUGCUGUGCCAUAUGUUAAAUUACUCUUUUAGCCGGAUACAGUAGCACAAUAUUGGUAACCUAGUCAAAGGGUUAUAUGUCUGUCAGAUCUGAAGAGAGGAAUGAUUGGAAACUUCAGAAAAGUGGGACUUGGGCAAAAAAACAAAAAAAACCUUUGAGUAAAUGGAACUAUUUCAUGGAUCCAGCACAAGUAAUUUUCUUUUUUAAUUAAAUGAAUUUUGUUCCUGGAAAACUUAGACUUUUUUCUUCUUGAAGCACACUGGGAUGAAAAUGUUUUCUGAAGAGCUGGAUUUGGCCACUUGAUAUUUUGGAUUUGUUUUUGUUUGCUUGCUUUCAUUUAUUUUCCCAAUGACCCCUGGCAAAUUUGUUUAAGAUGAAACAGCAUCAGUUCAGUGUUGAUGUUGGACUUUUCUGGAGUCACUUUCUCCAAUAACUCUAUUUAGUCCAUUCCAAGCACUGGCAGGAGCCUGGAGAUGUUUGGGCAGAUCAUUCAUGCUUUUAGCCCUCAAGUGUUCAGGCAAACACUUGAACACAACCUGAAGGACAGAGAGAACACAGGGACAGAACACCCUCAAUAUUUUGGUAAUGCCCCCCUCCCAUUUUGUGGUUGAACCUGCAACACUUUAAAUUCUCCAAAUGUACUCAUCAACCCCCAAAGGUUGGGGAACCCUGCUUUAACAUUAUGCUUAACCAUUUGAAUUUUCUCCAUUCCUGGAGUGUUGGAUACUAUUGUGACAAGCACACACUAUGGACAAAAGUUUCCAGGUGACCAGUUGGCCAUGCUACUGAAAUUAAGAGUACUAUUAAGCCGUUGAAUAUCCUGUCAGCCAAGAUUAUUUUCUCUUCGUAUUUCUAGUCCACUUUCCACAAUGUUCCCUCCCCUAUUUCAUUGGACUUGGUCUUGGUACAGCCUUUCACCUUUUCCAACUCAGCUUUCAGUAACUGGAAUCAGUGCCUCUCCUUCUCUAAACUGAAAACUGUCACCUUAAGAAGAUUUAUGCAUGGGUGAGGGGAAGGAGGUCUGCUUAAAAUGCUGUUAAAAUUGGUGCUGCUCAUUAUAAAAGACCUGGGCAUUAUAUGUCUAGCUAACCCCCAUCUUUUAAAGCUGCAGGUUAGUCUGCAGUCAUAUCGAAGUUAGUCAUUUCAGAAUUUCUCUUGUGUGCCUUUUUCUGGAAUGAAAGCUGAAUCACAGGCAACUUAUGACAAAUCUUCCUAACUGGGCAAAACUGUUCUGCCUGUCUCUGCCAUACAUUAGGUAUGCCUGGUGAGCAUGCUGACCCAAGAAAGGUUUUCGAAACUGAAAAGGUGUGAAAAAUCAAGUUAACUGUCAAAACAGCUUUGCUUUGCAAAGAAGAGAGCUAAUUGCAGUUUUGGCUUCCAACAAGUCAGAUGUGACUGGAGCAUUACAAAUAUUUUGCAUUGCCAAAUCAGUUUUAUAUUGAAAAAUACAUGGGUUGCAUGUGGAAAUAAAUUAGGGCAUUUGUUAUCUAGAUUACUUUCUUUGGCAGUUUUAUAAGAUAUUGCCCCUUACUGGUGGUAGGUUUGCUAGUUACCCUGAGGCUGUGAUCAAUUACUUCAGUAAUUCUGCUUCCUCUUCCUCUUCCUCUUCCUCCAAUCCAUGCCCAAUUCUGACAGGGCCAUGGGGCUCAUGACAGCAUAGCAUUAGAGGAAGAAAAACUCAGUUUAAAAUUUUACUGCUUUCUCUCAUGCCCCAGCUUGAGGAAUCCUCUUCAGCGGAUGAUCUGGAGCUCCCAGAUCGAAACAUAGCCUGUCUCAAGGGACUGUGAGGUAGACCGGGGGUGGGGUCCAGACCCUCAGCGAUCCAUCCUUUCAUUCACAACCCGGGUAACCCCUUCUCAGCUUCAGAUGCCAGGUAGGCACCAAGCCCUAGGGAACAGAGGUGCCUAAAGGUGUCCAAAGACACUUUAGGAGUAAAGGAAUAUUUGUGAGUAAGCUACUGUAUGUGAAUACACCAAAUCUGCAAGCAAUAAAGAUGGCUUGCAGCUGUGUCAUGAGUGGAGACUCAAAUUAAAAGCCCUUAGUUCCAGACCGAGUGCUAGAGCAGCAUCUUUGCUCCAGUUCCCUGACUUCUGUUUAUCUAGCUUAGCUGGUCACUAGAUAUCCCCCCACACCCUGUGUUUGGAUUUUGGACUGUUCCUGUGUUGCCUGCAUUUUGGCUCUGACCUUGCUUCUCAUGCUAGUCUUAAAUCUGGACUUUUUAAGAUUGGGAUGGCCCUGUGAGCUCCCAGCUGUUCUUCCUGUGUGGCACCUGGAACAGGACAUUUGCUGAUAACUCUUUCAGACUCCACAUUAUUUGAUCAAGUUUAAUGAGAUCAUCCAGCUUCUCUGCUGUAUCAGGUGAUGUGUGUAUGUGUACAUACUGUACAUACAGGAAGCAUAAACAUAGGAUGCACAUUUUAUAAGCACAUUUACUAGCAGCACUUCUGUGGAACAUCCAAAAUAUCCUGAAUGAAGCGCAUUUAAAACACACAAAAUAUGUCAACGAGUGAAAGACAUUUAUGUGGCAGGAGCUCACUUGGUCCCCAGAGCUCCUAUGUAAACAACAGCUGUGUUGAGAUCAGUCCAAAGUUGACUGUUCCAGGUUUUGGCUCACAACUGAAAGAAAAUUCGGAGGUGUAAACAUUUAAAGGGCCGUGAUACACUGCCCUUCCUCUGUCUUGAAUCAGUUACACAAACAAUAAACUAAUAGUACUGUCAUGGGGCAGGAGCAGACAACACAUGGGGAGGCAAAAUUCCAAGGCUCUAAGAUCCUCAGAAACCUUAUUCAAAGAGAUCAUGAUUUCAUCAGCUUCCUCAGGAAUUUAUGCCUUUCACCCCUGCCAGGUUUUCCUGAUUACCAAUCUUCUUUCCUCACCCCAUAGAAAUGAAUGAAGCAAAAGUAUUGAUUCAUUUCUAUGGAGCAGGGGAAAGGGGUUGCAAAUACAAUCAGGAAAACCCUCACACAGGAAACACGAUUUCCAUCUUACAACGUGAAUAAAAGAAGAUAUACCUGGAGGGGGACUUAUUUUUGUUUACGGCAGCAAGAUAACUUAGCCCUUCUGGGUUAGAAGCUUUUGACUGUUUCAGGUGGUUGUUGUUUUCGAUAAGGAGUGCCCUUUUGAUUUGCCCAGUGAGAAGACUGUAGAAUGCUUAAUUCUCAUACUGAUUCUAUGAUUCUACAGAAAUGCACAGUUUCUACUUUGCCCAGUGAUUGCACCAGGUUCAUUCUAGUUGAACUGGCUUAGGGAUUAUUAUUUGAUCAUCUCGCCAUGUGCUCUGGUAUUUGUAACUCCAAAGUAUUGCUACUGGACACUCCAAUCUCUGCUGAGCAGUUCGAGAUUUCAGCAGUCUUGGUGCUCAGCCAGGGCUGGUGUUUCCUUCAGGGGAAAUGUGGCAUGGCGGAAGCUGUAGUGUCUUUAUGAAAUAUGGUUUACUUCUACAUAUUUAGCCCCGAGUCUGGAUGGAGUGAGGGAUCAGAGCAUCACAUCUCAUGAAGGGCUUCCUCCCUGUAACAGCGCAUCAUUGGAUUCAAAAGCAGCCCAAACGCCAUCUCUCUGUCUCCUCCUCACAGCUUAUCUGUCCCUCAGCCCGCAUGGCCUCUGGCUCCACCCUUCUUCGUCCCCAAACCCUUGCUAAAAAUGCAACCCAUGCCUCAAGUAAAAAGGACAUUCCCCCCCCCCCCCGUGGUAACAUCACACCCCCUGUAACCCUGGCAACCUCCCCCUCCCAACUCUGCUAUAAUCUUUCACUAACUAACACACAGCUGGGGGAGGGACUCCACCCCCUUAUUGUUUUCCUGUGUGCAAGGACACCUAGCUAGCCCUAGCUUGACUGAACAGCUGCUUUACAAAUAUGGUGGCCUCUUGUAAGUGACAGGAAGCUUGGGCCAAAAGGUGAAAGGAGGGGCAGACAAAAUAUUAAGGAGGUAAAGAGAGAGUAAAAGAGCAGAUGUAAAGGUCAGUUAAAACCCGAAUGUCACAUUGAAAGCCGUCAGGAGACCAAACUGCCUAUUUGUCUUUUUAAAUAACUGGCAUUUGUAUGAUUGCGACGUCGACAUUUAGACUGCAAAAACUGUUAAAGGACUCAAGUGAAUUAUGACUUCAGUAUUUUUUUUUUCCUGCAGUGGUGAGCUCCUCAGUGUUAUUACAACUGUUUGAUGGUCUGCUACUUAGUGAUGAAUUAAUGCAGCUUUUACAAAGCAACAUAAUGGCGGGAUUUACAUAAUACAGGAAUUUACUGUACCUUUUUUAUUUCUUAAAAAUGGUGUCGAGAAGUGAGUUGUAAUAAAAUUGUAGGAAUAAGGGCAGAACAGCCAAAGCAGCUACGUUAUGCUGAGGUUGUCCUGCCCUGUCUGUAAUGUGCAGUACAACUUACUCCUAUGUUCCUGUUAUUGUUGCCCAGAGCAUUUGCCCACUCCUGCUAGUGACAGCCAGUGAUGUGGGGGCUGGGAAAACCCAGAGGCAGGGAUGGCUUACAACAAACACUCAGUUGCCCUGAGUGAGGUGCCAAGAAUGUCUUCAGCAGGUAGGAGUUGCAGGCUCUCUCAUUCAGAGGUAGGAUACUUUGGCCAUGAUGCUGACCUUAGUCAAGCCAAAGAGCUAUGCUAAUGGACCAAUAGAGCCAGAGGAAGACGAAUUUAUAACAUCCCUUUGAGAUGGUUGUUUUUUACCUUCCGAGAUAUCUACUGAGUGGGUAAUUUUGCUUCCAGCAGUAUCAAGGGUGCAUGGCAUAUUUGUUAUCUUUACUCUUGUCUUUGUUUCAUUACUGGGCACUUAUGAAAGUUGUGACACUAUGACUUUCUUUUGCAUGUGGAACACUCAAAAGUUUUGUUGCUUGACUCUGACGGACCUGUUAAUACAAUGGCAUUUGCUUUGUGAGAGUGGGAAGGCUUGCUUUUCAGUUGGCUGGACUGCAAUAUUGCCCAAGGCAGAAACGGCUAGGAAUGAUCUUCUGUCAUGGUUCUUAUUGUGAGUUGUAUUGCCUUGAAGUUCAUGUUUCAUAUUUGUGGUUCUGACCGAACUUGUUACCAGUAGUUGGAAUGAAACAGAGUUGGGUGCCCAUUGUACAAUUGCAAAACAUUUCCCUUGUUCUAAAGCCCUAUGGAGAUAAGUGUUUGCAUCAAAGACACAAUGUUCUAGGGCAGGAUGCAAAGAAGUCAGAUGACAGCAGUCUUGUUCCCAUAGAGAGGGCAACUCCUUUCAACAGCUGUGGGAUUCAGCCAACCUGACGGAACAAUUUCUGUCUCCAUUCAAAUUGAUAUGCUCAAAGUUGACGUUUCUCCCUGUAUGGGACUUAUAUUCCCACGCACCCCUGCAUCAGGUUGAUGGCAAGUUUGGAGGGGCAUGAUCUAGCUUGGGAAAUGGCAUAGAGUGAAAGGAUUAAGCACCACUUCUUUCAGUGCCACUGCUAAGAUCAAAACUGGAAACUUCAGUGGCAACUUUAUUUUAUAAAGAGUCAACAAAAGCUGACCUUUGCAUUGUGUUUGUUUGGUUUGGUUGUAUGUUGUUUACCACUCCUCCAUUCCAUUGUUGCAAGCAGUUAUACCAGGUGAGAUUAGUUUUGCAAGACUGAGGAGCCUGCCACCAAUUCUCUGUUCCAGAAUUGGUCUCCUAAGACAAAUUUCUCGGUUACUCUUAUAAAAAAUGUUUGGAACCCUGCAUGGGGAAAAUGUGAUUUGAUGUGAGCAGGGGCGGGGCAGGGUGGUGGUCGCUAGAAGCAGCUUUUUCCAAAAUAAAAGAGUAUCAUGUUUUAUUUAUUUAUCAGUUUAUUUAUUUAUUGCAAAUACUCCUUCCUCCAAAAGAAGCCCAGGGCAAUAUACAACAAAAGAUAAAACAAUAAAAUACAUAAAUAAAGAAAAUGCACGGGAAAGCCAAAAAUAUAUGUAAAUGAACAAAAUAAUUCAAACACAGAAUAGUCCACUGUGGUCAGGCAUUCGUGAGCAAAUUGUAAAGGCUGGAGUAAAUGAAAUCGCCUUCAACUGAUGUCUAAAUGCAAACAAGUAGGACAACAGUGGACAUCGCAGUUAGGGUGGCAUUGCGGAGAAGGCCCUGCUGCAUGUUCCCAAAUCACAAAUCCUAGUGAGGACUGCAAAUAGACACACCCACCCUGGUAGAUUUAAAAAAUUGAGUCAGGUGGUAUUGGAGGAGCUCCCAAAGAUGCUUGUGUGUAACAGUUAUUUAGGACAUCCGGUUCAUCCGCUGGUUCAGCGAUGACAUAGGAGCAAGAUAGGAAGCUGCCAUAUCCAGAGCCAGACCUUUUGUCUAUUUAGCUCAGUGACUGGUUGUGAGUCUCCAGGGUCUCAGACAGGGCACGUUCUCAGCCCUGCCUGGAUGAUGCCUUGUUGAGAGGAGGUUAGGAUACAGACAACCAAAUGAGUCAAAAGUAGCUAUUGCAAAAUCCUCUGUAGCUUAACCAAAACAAAAUUUACUGAGGCUCAGCAAUCGACAAAAAUACAUUAGUCUACUUUUCAUUCACGCCAUGGCAAUAAGGUGUGCACACAAAUGUACACAUCAAAAGAGCCGUUGCCAUGGCCCAACUCUGCUUUCUGCCACCUUCACUAUCCUUUAGUUUGAAAGAUGUGAAUAUCAGCAAGUCCAGCCCUGAUUUGGGGUUAAUUCUUCCUUUGCCGCCAUGCUUUAGGUAGGCUGUCUGUCUUUUUAUUUAUUCAUUUUUGAACAACAAACCACCGCUGUUAAACCAUCAAAGACUGUAAAAUGCCUAUGUGGAUGAUGGUGAUGGGGAGAUGGGAUCAUGACAUCACAGCUGCCAGCCAAUCAACACUGCGUGUGGUUUAAGUCUGUCACAAACCUGCUGAAUCCCAGUGGCAAUGAGCGUGCUUCACUCCUACCCUGCCCUCCAGGGGGAGCCUCUGCUGGAUCUGGGUUCCUUCUAUGAAGAACAUGUCAGGAUCCAACCCAUUAUUUAUGAUUACACUUUAGUGUCAUUCCUUUAAGGACGGUGUACAUGGGGCGCCUGUUUCCUCCUCCUACUUUUAUUCUCCUAGCGGUCCUUCGAGGUAAAUCCGUGUGAGAGAUGGUGGUCGGCCCCAAAGUCAACUUCAUGACUGAGCUGAGUUUGGUAGCCGAAUAAUUAUUAUUGUUCUUGAAGAACCUACACAGCUGCUCACAAGAAUCUCAGGAAACACAGGUGCUAGUAUUCCGUUUAUCACCUCUUCUUGUCCCUGUCCGUGUUUGUAAAGGAAGUGAGUUCGGCAUCUUUCAGCAAACUUUCCUUCUUCAAAAGAUUUCCCCUCCCACACAAGCACAACACCCCUUCCCAUAGGAAGUGUGGCAGCACUUACUGGUUUCCUGCUGCUGACUGGCUUCUGCUAGGUGUAAUUUAGUGUUGUACGGGGAAAACAAUAUAAUGGGUGGUAUUGUUGUCAAGAGGGAUGUUAUGGUCGGGUUCUGUAAUUCCAUGUGCAGCCGGACUUUGAAAUGUCUCAGCCAAGCGAAAUCUACGGUUAGAGGCAGUGUUGGACAUGUUCGGCACGUACAAGGGAGGCACCAAACCGAAUCAAGCUGCUUUAGUUUUCAGUGAAGAAAACGUGGGUUUCUGCUUCAGUUUGUAAAGUAAGGCCUUGUUUCGUAGUCUGCAUGCCAGUAUUGUUUGAGGUGCACAGAAGAGUCCGUGGUUUGCAGAACUUAGCAGAAGAACCUCUCACAUACAGCUGCCAACUUCUUUGGGCAGUGAGGGAAAUGGAAAGCAAGUUGCCAGAGUGCAGGAGGGAGGAGAGAAGGGGCAGCACCUGCUGCUGAGUGAGCCGCAUUGUGAGCACUGGCUGAGGAACGGGGGCGGACGGGGGAAUGUACUGCCCAUAGCACCAUCAGGGAGGGGGUACCAUCGCAGCUGCCCCCCAACAAGCGCCGCGCACCAUGCCCCUGGGAUGCGCGCCAGCCACACCCCCACCUGCUCUCCACCCCCGGUGCCGGAGCAUGCAGCUUCGCCCCUGAUUGUGAGUCCACAGAUAUAGAAGCAAGUGCACACACACAUAGAAAGGGCAGUCGCUCCUGCCCUUUCUGACACAUGACAACAUGAACUAAAUGAGGAGACACAGCUACUGUUCAAAAUCAAGUAGAAUUGUGAGCAUGUACUAUUGGAUUGCUGUGAUAUAUUUGACAUUAUUGACUGAAGUCAAUUGAAUGUUAAACAGUGUCGAUUGACCACUUUGUCUUAGAAGCCAUAAGUUCUAAUGCAGUUGGCCUCCAAUCAAUCAUUUGGCUGCUUGCUUGCUUGCUUGCUUGCUUAUUUAUUUAUUUAUUUAUUACAUCUAUAGACCCGCUUUUCCUCCAAAGAGCUCAGAGUGGUGCACAUGGUUCCCUAGUCUCCAUGUUAUCCUUACAACAACCCUGUGGGGUAGAUCACUCGUGUCUAUGGUGGCCCAGGAUUAUUCAGUAAGGUUCAUGGGUGGGUUGCAAUUUGUACCUUGGUCUUCCAGUUCCUGGCCCAACACUCUCCUAUACCAUACUGGUAUUUGUGGAUGACACAAAGUAAACUAAGAUGGUAAAAAUGGAAGGUUUCUGCCAGGAGCUUCAAAAGGAACUCUCCAAACCAGGUGAAUGGGCAACAAAAUGCCAAAGGUAGUUCAAGGUAAGUAAAGUGCUGUUCAUAGGGAGGCAAAAAACCGAAAUCCCGUCUUCACAGUAUAAAUUGACUGGGUCUUAACUGCCAGUUACUGAUCAGGAAAAUUAUAUUGGAGUCAUGGUUGAUAGCUUAGUGAAAAAUCUGGUUUAGGCUAAAACAGCUAGGAGUUACUAGGAAAGGGAUAAAAAAAUAAAAUCGCCAGUAUUGUAAUGCUCUAUAUACAAAUCUAUUGUGGAGUCAAAUUUGAGAUAGUGUGCAAAUUUGGGUCACCAUAUCUCCAGAAGAACAGCUAGAAAAAGUGUAGGAAAGGGCAAUAGAAAUUAUUGGGGGUGAGAGGAGCACUUUCCCUACAAGGAAAGGCUACAACAAUUGGGGCUUUCUUGUCUUGUUUAGGGGGGAAAAAGACGAAUAAGGGGAGACAUUACUGAGAUUGUUCACUUUUUUCAUUCUAUGUAUAAUUUUAGCAAAUAUACCCCCCUUUCUCUCAAAGUACUAGAACCAGGGGUCAUCUGGUGAAACUGAGUGGCAGCAGAGAUAAGGUGGAAGGCACUUCUUCAUACAGUGCACAAAUAAUGUAUGGUUUGGCUUCCUGGGUCAUGCAAACCAGGGCAUAGGGGAUUGUACUACAGAAAUUAGUAGCAAUAGCACACACUGGUGGCUUCUGGAACAGGCAGAGUUUUUGCCUUGGAGCAGGACAUUACCUAUGCUGUCUGCUCCAUCAACCUUGUCUGUAGUUUUUCUGCAAUAACCACCAUUGGCCUCUCUGCUGUUAAGGAAGCGAACAGUACAAAGGCUAUCCCAACACUCACAUUGCUCAGGGAACGAAGAGCACAAUAGCACGUUCCUGUUUGCAACCUGCACUUCAGUUUUUUUAUUGGAGCUUUUUCCUAUUUUUGACCACACUGUGGCUAAACCAUCAUCCUUGCAUUGUGUGGUUAGACUGCAGAAUGUAGCUGUAACUUCAUAAAAACACCUUGCUAUCAGCAUGCCAUUCUUCUCUUAGCCUUUGAAAAGAAAGUUUGUCUCUUCUUUUGUUUUUAAGGAGUAGCUUGAAGAACAGCGAUCCAUAAAACAUGUUGAGAUUAUUGUACUGCGUUUCUUAGGUAGGAGUAUUGUAUCUCAUUCCAUAUUUUCCUUAAACAUUUUUGGUUUAAGAUUAUUAAAAUACUAAUUCUGCACCUGGGUGGUUGCCCACAAUUUCGUCUUUUUUCUUGAUUGGGAUGCAGCCCUCUUUUCUUUUUUCUUACCUUGUAUCAGCAGGUGAAGCAAAUGUGUUUUCCUUUUUUCUAAGGGAAAAUCCUAGGUUUCAGUUACAUGGUGCUGUUUCAGAUCUCAUAUCACGCGCUCAAAUUAAUGCUAGUCAGAGGCAGAAAACUCAAAUUUUAGUCCAUUCAUCAUUCUCCUAAUUAAGAGCCAGCUAAUGAGUUGCCAGCUCAAAUGCUUUACUUUCAUUUCGUGGUGCUUUCCUCUCCUUAAAGCUGCAUAGGCUGAGACAGGCUUACGCCUGCUUCCUAUGGAGCAAUAAUACGUCUCUUACUGUUUUCCCAACCAUUCUCUGUAUGGAACCUUUACUUGACGAUCAGCUUCAGAUUGACGGCUUUUCUCCAGUGCAGCAAAACUGUCUUAUUUCUAGCUACUACGUGGCAUAAUUCCUCUCCACCCACUUGGUUAGAAAUCACUGGCUCUGCCAUUGAAACAACAGUUUUGCUUGCUCACAGGAUGGUAAAUUGUAGCCAGUGGCUCUCACCGCUGUGAAAUAGAGAUAAGGUGGAUGGUGCACACAGUAAUUCCUAGCCUUGCGUGUUAUGUGUGUGCGACACUGUCCUUCAGUAGCCAUCUCAGAGCUUAAUAUACAGAAGAGUCAACAUGAUUGUUGAACAAUAGUACAGUUGAACCUGAUAGUUGAUGUCUUUGUGGCUCAGAAGAAAAUGAAAUACAUCUUGUUGCUUUGUAACUUUUAUAGAGAUUUCCAGAGCUGAUUGCCCCAAUAAUAGCCAUUUUGGAUCCCAGGAUUGCAUAUUACACUUCUCAUUUCUUCUCUGUUACAAACAGAAACCGUAGCUAAAAUUAUGUUGAGUGCAAGGAGGACACUGGCUGAAAUCUUUUCCCAAGCCAAUGUAACCAGGGUCCCUACCUGUCAAUAGAGCCAUUUGAUAUUGUAUCUCAUUUUUGUAUGUUAACAGAUGUCUGAGUCCUACUGUGAAGUCUGUUGACUGGUUCAAUAAAUUGAUUGAGCCGUACAACUGAAGCUAUCCGUUAAGGGUGUCCUUUUGUUUUCAGGCAGCUUUUAAGUUCUUGGGAGGUUUUACUAUUGAUUUUGUUGGGGCUGUAUUUCUGUAUUACUUUCCUCUUUGUUCUUUUAUCGUGAGUGGCAUUGUUCUUCUUGGAAUUUUGGAAUUUUGCUUUUUGAUUGUGAGCCAUACUAUUGGCACUGAACGUAUGGGAUAUUUUUUUAAAAUAGAAAUAAAUAAAUAAAUAUGUAAAGCCAGCUGCCUGGUGCAAAAUGUGGCUCUUAGAGCAACUUUUAUCUACUUCCCUGCCCUGGCAGAAGCACACCUGAUUUCUUUUUUAAAAUCAAGGUUGUUGUUUUUUAAGUGAAUUGAUUGCCCAACAUUGCACCUGUAAGGAAAAGAAAACUGUUCCCAAAUUCACAUGUGUGAGAGAGACAUUCUCAAAUGCAUGCCCUCCGUUACUUUGAAACCAUGACUGCUAAAUGGUGCUGACUUCAUUAGAAAGCCUGGCCAUCUGUGAAGAGGGUGGGUUGUGCAUCCUAACACAGUGGCCCACGCAGCUGUCUGGAGAACAGCAUUGCCCUGAGGUUUGCCCUCACGGAUAAAGAGGGACAACUGGGAAUAAGUUAAUUCCUUCCCUUGCAAAUAAGCCAGCCGAAAUGACUGAGACAACACUUAAAGCCAACCUGCCUGUCCUCUUCAAAGGACAAGACGUUUGCCACGAUUCUAGCUUCUGCUUUUUUGGAAAACAGCAGCUAUUCCCCAUCCUUCUGACCCUGACCUUCCCUCCUACAUGUCCGCUUUCUAAGUUUUCCAUCCAUCCCAGCACCAGCUGUCUGUUCCAUAGCAGAACAUGCAUAGAUCCUUGCAUGCAUUCAUGCACAUGCACUCUGUGCUUUGGGGAACUAAUCCAACUCUGGCAUUAGAAAGGGGAAUGGAGUCAUAUUACCCUAACCCCACACCCCACACACAUCCUAAAACCACACAGGAAUGCCCCAUACAAACCAAGCAGUUGUUAUGCUGUAACAAAGUUGAGGUGAUUGGGUAAGUGGGGCAGUAGUCCUUGCCCCCAGUCCAGUGUGAAUCAAUAAUAUCUGUUGCUAAAGAGCAUUCAGCCCAAACAUGACUUGCUUGGUAAGAGGAGAGGUUCCACUGCGUCAGGAUCCUAUUCCCCCUUCUAGGUGAUCCACGCAGUCCAAGACGGCUUGCCCUAUACUCUGAGAACAACUGCUGUAGAAUACAAUGGAUAGCACGCAAGAGUUGGAGAAAGAACCUACCUGUUUCCUAGCUUUGAUAAAGAGACAAGCUUGCAAACCUCUGGCCUGGAAGGGAGCUUCUGAACCCUUGAAAGCAAACACCAUGGAGAAGAUUUGUCAUUUCUACAGAAGCAGUAUGGUGGCAAAAGCUACACUUGCUAGCCUUCAUCCUGCCAUUCAGCCACUUAAGAUAUUGGCGGUUUUCUUGCAAUCUUGUUGUUGUUGGCAUCCGUCUGUCUCAGGAGACAAUGAAGGAAGUGCGCCUUUGAGGGUGAAGUCAAACUGCUGGAGGGUUACAGCGUCUGCUGUGGCUUGGAAAUCAUAGCCUUGUUCGGGGGAAAUGAGUGUGCUCUCUAUUUUUGAUCAGAAGCCUAUUGGAAAACAGUAAAUGAAGGAACCCUGUUGGGAGGGUAUCCUUGCAUUCAGAUCUGUAGAGUGCAUUCAGGCUGCAUGGGCCAAAUUGCCUUGAAUUUUUUUUCUUGCCAGCACUCAUUCUCACUGAUGGCCUUUUUAUUUCCAGGACGUUUCUGCCCUGCAGAACUUUGAUAUAAUUAUUCCCUGACACUCACCAAGUAAAUCACAGCACCGGUGCUAUUGAAAUAUGAGUUCCUUUUCAGCAGCCCGGUAUGUUCUCUUUGGAGAUUAAUUAUUCCCUUUUCUUUUCUCUUCCAGACAUUUACAGCCUGGUGUAACUCUCACCUCCGCAAAGCUGGCACGCAGAUUGAGAACAUAGAAGAAGAUUUCAGGGAUGGCCUUAAACUUAUGUUACUCCUGGAAGUCAUAUCGGGUAAGACAGCCAUUGUGGAAAGGUUAAAUGCUUUGGGGGAAAACUCCAAUCUAGUGAGUCUGCUAAAGCACAGGGGCUAAUAGUUCAAGCUUGCACAAAGGUAAGGAAGAAAAAGCAUGUGUGGCCAUCUUGUGUACUAGCAUCAUGGACUUAGGACAUGGUUUGAAAUUUCAGCUGGAAGGAGGAAAAUAACCUCAAAGAUACAAAAGAUGGGGAUCCAGUGGCAUGCAGUGCCAUUAAUUAGCAAAGUACGGUAACUUUCAUUUCCCCACAUUGCACCACCGUAGCAGUUCCUGUAAGGAACCCGUUCUCAGACUUUGUUAUAUUGUCCUAUAGGGCUUCCCAGGUGCUUGUUUCUGUCCUUGUUUAUAUCCUUGGGGAAAUGCAGAAUGUUCCUCCUUCCCAUGCCUGAUACAAAUGGGUCAGGGUUCGAAAGGCUGCAGAAUGCUGAAGCGAGGUACUGAGAAGGGAAUCCAUGAGCCGUGGCUUCUUUUGAUGCUUGCCAGAAACCAGCUGAGUCGAGUCCCUCGCAUUAUUUAUUUUUGUCUUGUUUAUCUUGUUAGUGAAAUGCUCACUCAUGCAUAGGCAAGGCGGUGAAAGCUGAAAGGAAGCAGUGCAGAGAGCAUGAUAGGAGGGACACAAAUGACUGAAGGGAGAAUGUCUGGGUGCUUUUCUGUUCAGAAGUGGCAUGUGCCUGCCCAGAACACAUCUCUUGUCUCCUGACAUUCAUUUCUCUUUCUGUGCUUUUUUUUUUUUUAAAACGUGCAAUCUUUUUGAACCCAGCCAACAUACUUUAGGAAAGUCCCUUGCUGCAUGCCUGGCACUGUGGCAUAUUCAGUCUUGUAGCUGGGACCAGGGCAUUCUUGAUCUCUUCAAGGCCACAAUGACUCCUCUUUUCCUGUAGGAAAAAAUCCCAGCUUGGAAACCCCUUUUUUCCAUUUAGCAAAAGAGGAUCACACAUAGACCCUUGUCAAGUGUCGGUGAUCCCCUUUGAAAGUGUAGGACAAGCGCCCACUUUGUUGUGGCAUCGUGUGGUAAAAAAUGCCAUGGCCACAGAAGAAGUCAAUAGGGUCUUGUCAGAAGAAAAUGGGGCUGUUGUUCUGUCUCUCUCAGCUUCAGUUUUCAUUGCUCUUGGCUGCAGUUCAAAGUAAACACGAAGUAUAAAGGCUGGGCACGCAGUAAUUUAAAACGAAAGGGUAAGUAACAGCAGGAAAGCAAGGGUGGUGGUGCCCUGAAUCCUUUGCAGUGCAGGUGGGCUCAUACCCUUCUACGAGAUUUUUUACUGAUGGCCAUUUGUCCUGGGACAUAUUUAAAAGUGAUCUUGGUGAAAAUAUGCGCAUAGACUUCAUACAAAAAAAAAUCAUGUGGAGCCAAGCCUCCAUAUACGAGUGUUAAUCUUGCAUUUAGUUAGAAGUGUGCUCUGUCUGAAGACAACUGAGUGCAAUAUUUAAAGCACUUUUUUUUCAUUUGGCUGGGUUCCUAUAACUGGUCCAACAUGAGAGAAUUGCUCUUUAAUUUUACUGGAAAAUAAAACAUUUUCAUUUUUGAGGCAUAUUUAGAUUAUUAGAGCUGUGGUAGCUAACCUGUGAUCUUCCAGAUGUUGGCAUAGCCAAUGAAGGGAUUCACAGUCUAGCAAAAUACAGAGGGUGACAGAUUAGCCACCUUGCAUUGGGGAUAAACAUGUUAUACUGUCCUCCUGGAACUAUACCACUUGAGGGUACAUGUGUUCUUACUGCAUAUUUAAAUCUUUCUUUGCUGAAAAGCUCCCUCCUACUAUGAAUGAAGAUUUUAGCUUAGUGUUCUCUCAGUUUCUUAUGAGCGGGGUGUUAAUGUGGAGAAGCGUUCAGACAUGUGAUUCCUUUGAUUGCUUUCUGAAAUGAUAUGGUCUUUGCGAGUGCAUAACAUCUCAACUGUGAACACAGCUCUGUAGAUUGCAGUUGUGGUAUUGCAAUAAAAGACAAAUGGAAAGUUUCCCAAGGUAGACUGUGUUCUUUCGGUUGUAUAUCAGUUGUUUACUGAAGUGGAAUGAAGAAGUUCAUUGAAAAAGUGGAACAUAACUCUUUUCUCUUUCUGACUAGGUGAACGUUUGGCUAAGCCAGAAAGAGGCAAAAUGCGAGUGCACAAAAUCUCGAAUGUCAACAAAGCCCUGGAUUUCAUUGCUAGCAAAGGAGUCAAGUUGGUAUCCAUUGGAGCAGAAGGUAAGUCAGAACCCACACUAGUGGGAGCAUAUAAAUGGGUCACAAGGCUACUAAAAUGAUUACAGGAACUGACCAACUUUUCCACUACAAGGUGACGAUUGUACUACUGUGGUGGUGAUUGUUAUGGAAUCCCCUAAGUUCGACAUAUGUGUUUAGCAAGCAAAGACUCUUGAGUCCUGUGGGGGACUGCAGACAACCAUAUUACACGUUGAGCCCAAUUGCAAGUCUGGUUUCUACCAGGCUCCCCAACAAGUAAUGUCUACCAAAGUCCAGAAAGUGUGUGGAAUAAAACUGCACUGGAUAUUUGAUGCAGUGCACUACAGGUAGAUCAUCUAUUUUGAAUCCCUUUGUGAUUUAUGUUGGCUAGAAACUUGCAGAACACAGGGUGAGAUGGCCUGGAAAUUAUCCCUGUAAAGCUUCAGAAAGAGUUGUGUUCUCCAUGCUCCUUCUGACAUUUUCAUACACUUCCUGGAUAAUUAUUCUGCCUGAUUGUACUUGAGGUUGUGGGCUAGGAAACCAGAUAAGGGGACGUGCUUCUGUCCAAUUCGAAAGAGAAAUUUUUCACAUUAUGCCAUAAUCCACUAAUUCACAAUCAUGGUGAACGACAUCUACAUUUUGCAUCUGGACAUUGGCUUACAGAUCAUGCAGCUUUUCAAAACUAAAACUCCAGUGAAAGCAUUAAUGAUAUAUGUUAUUACAAACUCAUUUGCUUAUGUAGCCUGAAGUGGCAUGGCUCUCAUCUCUAUGGAAUGGUCUAGGGGCUAGGAAUGGGGGAAUAUAACGAGGGUGUGUGUAAGGUUAAGGGGUACUUUAAGGUUAAAAUAUGUUACCAUCUGUCUGUCUCUGGAGACAAUGGAGGAGUGCACCUUUGGCGGUGAGGUCAAGCUGUUGAAUGGUUGCAGUAGAAGAAGAAGAAGAAGAGUUUGGAUUUGAUAUCCCGCCUUUCAAUCCCUUUAAGGAGUCUCAAAGCGGCUAACAUUCUCCUUUCCCUUCCUCCCCCACAACAAACACUCUGUGAGGUGAGUGGGGCUGAGAGACUUCAGAGAAGUGUGACUGGCCCAAGGUCACCCAGCAGCUGCAUGUGGAGGAGCGGGGAAUUGAACCCGGUUCCCCAGAUUACAAGACUACCGCUCUUAACCACUACACCACACUGGCUCUCUCUGUAGCUGCUGUGACUGUAGAGACUGAUGCAGGAGAGACAUGUUUUGUUGCAGUUGGGGCAGAUAAAGGCAUCUGGUUGUGCUGCUCCGGAUGCACCAUGAUGUUUCUUCUCUCUGAGCCUGAGGAGUUCAUACGUUAGUCCUUAACUUCAGCAUGAGGUAUUGCAAGAGUGCGGAGUCUACCCUGGUCAAUGUGUUUCAUGAAUCUGCUUUGUUUCCUCUGACUUCUGCCUAUAUGAAUGACAGAAUCAAUCCACAUGUCAGAAUAAAUGCAUGCCUGGUGUGUGGCUUCCACCCUACUGUAGGCAUUUUGUUUUGCAUGAAGAUGUUAUCAUAGCAGUUCAGUGGGCAUCUGGGGUUGACUGACAGCUUUCUGGUGCGAGGACUGCCCAAUGAAAAGGCUUAUAAAGUUUUCCAGACUAUGAAUUUUAAAAGGACUCAAAUUAAGGCUUUAAAUAGCUGUCACUGUUGUAAACUAGAAAGUAAAAAUUAAUGAGGCAGGCAGAAUGUAUUUAAUGUGGCUCAGGCAGGAAAUGCCACAUCAGGCAGGUAGUACUUAAUGAGAAAAUCAUCUUGAGUUAGUACCAAGUUCGGGGUUAUUGUUGUUUUAAAUCAACCUUAGCCAUAAUUUUUUUGUCCCAAAGCUCUCCAGUGUCAUUCAGCCUAUUGAAAGUUUUCAGCACCAGGCUGCUGUAUAUCAUAUAACCCCAAAACAGCAGCAUCACAAGUUUGAGAAAACAGGAAUGCAGAAUUGAUCUAGUAAUGGCAACAUCAAAAUGGCUUUCUGUGUGGUGAACAAGGAAAUGGCUAUUGAGAAUUAGAAAUGACUAUGAAAAUAAUUAUUUACACAGCCCAGGCCCCUGUGCAAAUUGGCUUAAAAGAAGCUCUUUGCUGGUGUAGUUCACAAACUAUUUUCCACCAGCCAAUGAGCUUUUCAUCCUUCCUGGAUCCUGAUUAGCUGCACACCAGAAGCUCAUAUUUGAUUGCAACAUACAGUUAAGAGUUAGAUACUACUGGGAUAAUUAUUGAGAUAAGCAUUUUUAUUCUCCCAUUCAUGCAUUUCCAACAUAUCAAAUAGCUAUCGGCUUUUCAGACUCUUGAGCCCUGCUUCCAUGGUAUAACACUGAUCUGAAAUCCAACUAUGUCAGCAAGGAGAAAACUUAAGCUUUUAGCCUGUAAUAAUGAAACAGUGUUGGUUGAUCACAACCAGCAUAGAGAGCUAUGCAAAUAUGCAGGGCUGGCUGUUAUUGGGCAGAAGACACGUAUUGCUUGCAGCAUUAAAAACAGGCAGCUGUUUGUUUCUGUCUUCUUCCCACUCAUAACUGGUGAAGUGCGGAAGUGACUGACAGGGCUAUGGUCUGUUUUACCUCAGUUCUAUACAUCAGCCAAACCUAUUGAAAUUGAAGCCAUAACAAACACAUGUUCCAGCUUACAUAAGCUUAUAUAUAAUGUUUUUAAGCUCUAUCUCUCAUGUUUCAUUUAGUUCUCAGUCUAGAAGGAUGCUCUUUAUUUCAGCUGCAGUCCAUGAACCGUUUAAAGCAGCCACUGGAUAGUUAACAUCCCAAUGCAGUGGGAUGUUGCAAUGUGCAAGGCGAGGAGUGGGAUAAGACUAGGUACAAAGGCCUUAUGCUAAUGGACCCUUUGGUAUCCUGUUGGUCCUCCAAAUGCUUUUGGACUACAACAACUCCUAUUAUAGCCCCACAUCAGGGCUAUUGGGACUUGUGGUUCAAAACAUCUGGAAGGCAUCAGGUUAGUGAAGGCUGUGCUCAUGCAGUAUUGAGAGUUAUCAUGUUGCAACAGCAAACAGGGAUGGCACAACAGUGCUGAGAUGAGAAAGUUCUUGCACAGGUUUUUAGAUGAAUGAAGGGGGACAUGGCAGAGACUGGACAAGUGAAUGGUGGUGCUACCCAUAAGAAUGAGAAGAAGGAGCUUGUACUAGUUGAAACGCUGGCGCAGCAGCCCUAUAGGCUGGGUUCCUGAAAGUCCUUGUCCCAUUGACACCAGUGGAAUGAAGCUACCAGUUAUUUUGUCUUAAUGAUCUUGUGGUUUUCGCUGCCCUUAGGUUUUGGAAACCCAGCCAGAUGGGCAGGGUAUAAAUAAUAAAUUAUAUUAUUAUUAUUAUUAGGUGGGAGGUACCGUAUUUUUCGCUCUAUAAGACGCACCAGACCACAAGACGCACCUAGUUUUUGGAGGAGGAAAACAAGAAAAAAAUAUUCUGAAUCUCAGAAGCCAGAACAGCAAGAGGGAUCGCUGCGCAGUGAAAGCAGCAAUCCCUCUUUCUGUUCUGGCUUCUGGGAUAGCUGCACAGUCUGCAUUCGCUCCAUAAGACGCACACACAUUUCCCCUUACUUUUUAGGAGGGAAAAAGUGAGUCUUAUAGAGCAAAAAAUACGGUAUAUUAAUGUUUGCCUUCCUUUGGAAUUGAAAGUGUGGUUAAUACACAGCAGUUUAAAUGUGUUAAGGAUGUUGAAUGAAUAUUGAACACGUAUUCAGUUGUGAGCAAAACUCUGUUUUCUUACCCACCAUUUAGUCCUCCUGACACUUGUUUGCGUAGAAUCAACCUCCUUUCUCCACUUCUGCGUGGCUAGAGGUUGGGCUGCCUCUCAAAGUACAUUCAAACAGCCAAAAAAUCAUAUAGAUCCUAACAGUGAAUUUUCAGCUUGUCAUUUAAGACUAAAAUAGAGGAAGGAGACUAUUUUACACUCCAGAGGGUUAGGAUUACUAGAUUGUGAAUGUGAUGGCAUUUCAGAACCCUGUUCUUUCCAGCCACCAGGUUUAAUUCUGAAAUAUUAAAUAUUUAUUGCUCCUCCAGCUGCUCGCCAAAGACAUGAAAAUACUGUCUUUAUUUGCAUAGCCUGUUAGCAGAGAAUAGUUGUAAUAAAAGCAAUGGGAUGGAAACAAAUUCACUUGAGCAAAGCAGUUUUUUGUUUCCUGUGUGUCUGUUCUGUUCUGGUUCUUUAAACAACUCUCCCUCCUUCACUGAAUGUGCAUUUCACUAAGAAUCUCUGCUUGCUAGUAGUGCUGCAAAAAACAGCCUUCUUCAAGUAUAUAUGGAUAUUUGUUUCUGAGGCAAGACUAAAAUAUAUUUUCCUGCAAACAAGGGUCUUAAACUUUCUGAAGGAUGGGGAAUGCUUUUGUUUUAGAUCCCACCCCUUCUAAUAUCACUUAAAUUGGAAAGGGGUUGCAUUCUAGCAGAUGUUUGUUAGGAAAACAAACUCCUUCCCCUUUCCCCCAACACAAAAGACCCUCUUUUCUUAAGGGGUUGCAGUGUGGGUCUAUAUAUAUUGCUCUCCCAACAAUUUGCAUGGUGGUGUGAUUCUGAUUGGCUGGCUUUGGCAACAGAUACACCAGAAGCAUUUAGGGAUCAUCAUGAACCCUGCCCCCGCUGCAUUGGCACAGAAUUGCUUGCUAAGUUUUAUCAUGCUGCUAAUGCGGUUUAUAUCUGCUGCCACUGGUAAUUUGAAGACCACAGGCGGUGUCUUGAGCUUAUUCAAGGGGGCAGGAACUAGUGGGAAUCCCUGAGUAGCAGAUUGGGAAAGACAGUGCACACAACCUUCUCUGGCCUCCACUUCUCCCAAUAUCCUCAGAAUGCUUUCCACAAGCAAUAAUGAGCUCAUUAAUAGUAUCUGCUGAACUGCUUAUUAAGUGCAGUUUUGUAGAGAGGCUUGGGAUGGCAUCAAUUAGCAAGCAGAAAGUACAAAUAUAUGAUGCUAAUCCACAUUUCAAGAAUAAUGACCAUAGAAGGUCUUUCUAGCAGUUAAUGCUCUGAGAACAGGAAACAGUCAUUAAGGCUGUCCCAAAGAGGGAGAAAAUUCAAAUGGACAAAGGAACCACAUUGCAACAGAACUAGUAAUAUACAGUUGAGCCCUUUGAUGUUUUCCUUCCCAACUUAAUGAGUGCAGAUCUUGAUCUCAAUGAGGGUAUUUGCUAUUGUUUGUAACUCAGUGCAAUAGCAUUAUCUAUUUACGGUUUAAUUUGCAUCACAUACCUGGCACUUGUUCUCUUGUGAAUGUGAAGGCAAUUUUUGAAUGGCUGUUGCCCAGGUACGCAUGCCCAAAAUAAUCAUUGUGUUUGGUUGUUAUCCUCAACCAAUAGUAAUCUCAAUUCUCCCAGUGCCAAUCCAAAUAGCAACCAAAAUAGUCUCGCCUAAAAGCACAAGGAAGUUAUAAGCAGACCCUGGGGAACCCUGAGGUUUUCAGAAGUUUAUAUGGUGUGGAUCGGCUGGAUCUCUAUAAAUAGAAGAACUCCACAUUGCAGCAUUUUGUUGCAGGUUCCACCUGGAUAUACUGAUAGCCAUCUCAAUUUGCCUAGCGCUGGUCCUCAUGCAACUAAAACAGCACCAACCACACAUAAGAGAGAGUUAUCAGCAGACUUGGGGAAAUCCCAAGAACUGGAGAAGUACCCCCCCCCACACACACAAAAUCUGUUGGGGGGAAAACCUUUCAAGAGGCUGGGGCAAGCUCCCAAAACAAUCUAAUGAGAAGUGGGCAUGGAUUUUUUUAUUUUGGUGUGUAAGGGGAUAGAGACUUAAUGGGAAGUGGGAUUAUAAUGGAAUCCCAGAAAAGGAGCAGUCCACUCUGCAACAUUUUGUUUGCAAGCCCCACUUGUUUUCCUAAUUCUGAAACACUUGUGACUCUUGUCUACCAAAGUUCCAAAGAUGUUUUGAGCACCGGUAGCAGCUGCUGAGAGGGUAUUUUUCUCUUUUGCAGAAAUUGUUGAUGGGAAUGCGAAAAUGACCCUUGGAAUGAUCUGGACCAUCAUCCUCCGUUUCGCUAUUCAGGAUAUCUCAGUGGAAGGUACAUCCCAACGGGCCACCAUCUCUCACAGAAGCACUUGUGGAAUAUUUUGUGUGUUAUGUAUUUCCAAAAUAGAUAGCAUACGAAGCUCCUGUACAGAUUGUCAUAGCUGGCUAUUGUCUACAGGAAGGGAAAUAUUGUUCCCAGAGCAUGAUCCAGGAAAUAGCAGGUGGUACUUCUGCUUGCUUGUUGGUGUUACUACGAUGCCGACCAUAUUUACAGUGACAAAAUCCAGGGCUCAGACACCUCCAUUUUAUUGAAUUCAAUUCACUGCAGACCAUUUUCCUGAUCUGGAAGGCCAUAUUGACUAGUGUCCUGAAGGCAGAAAUGUGAGGUCAUGAAUUGAGCUCAAGGGGUUCCUGAGAACAACUGAGAUAAUUAUGUUCCUGCUAGCCUACAAUGCAAAACCUCUCCUUUUCUUUUGCAUCGAUACAUCCCUCCCUCACACAUAAUGCAAAAUUAGAUGGGCAAAAUUACUUACUUUGUGGAAGGAGCUAUUUUGACUGAUUAAACUACUAGGAAAAAACAUCCUCUGGGCUAGAUUUGAAAAGCAAUAGUUCUAGCAUAGAGAUUUUAGGGAACUGUUUACCCUUUCCGAAUGUAAUGCUAGUGCUAAAUAACAUGUUCUGCCAGCACAUCCCUUAAGUCCUUUGUGGACUUUCUGUGCAGCCUGCUUAGCUCACUUGGUUAGAGCAUGGUGCUGAAGACGCCAAGGUUGCAGGUUCGAUCCCUGUAUGGGGCAGCUGCAUAUUCCUGCAUUGCAGGGGGUUGGACUAGGCGAUCCUCAAGGUCCCUUCCAACUCUACAGUUCUAUGAUUUGGAGCCUAUGUAAUCCUAAAUAUUGUUGGGGUUUUUUUAACUCUGUACAGCACUUGAUCUUUAACAACUGGAAGAAAAGGUCUAGCUAACAGUGGUCAGGGAUGAUGGGAAUUGUAGUCCCAAACAUCUGGAGGGCCGGAGUUUGCCUAUGCCUGGUGUAAAUGGAAAGAGUUGCUCAAAUCCUCCUCAGUGGCUUCUGACGUAUUAAUGGUCAUGAUGAAGAGGCAGCUUUAAAACCCUAGUGAAAGAGCCUCACAGAGGUUGGCUAAUACUUGUAUCUUUUUGUUCCCUAGAGACAUCUGCUAAAGAAGGGCUUUUGUUGUGGUGUCAGAGAAAGACAGCCCCAUACAAAAAUGUGAACAUCCAAAACUUCCAUAUUAGGUAAUAUAAAGGUGAUGGGGAGCAGCCUGUGACUUGUAGUCUUUGCAUGGCCUAGAGGAUUUGGAUGCUGCCUGGUCCUUACCUCAGCUGUUUUAGCAGCAAUGUUAAGACCAUUUGCAGUGGACUUGCCAUCACAGUCCAUUAAAGGCUGUGUGUGUGUGUGUGUGUGUAGCAAUUGUACUCUGAACGCUGCCCUACCAGCUCAGGGGAAAGGGCUGAGGCCACGAAAGGCUUCUUCCCACACUAUACUCGGCACACAAUAAUGCCCUUAUUAUCCUCAUAUCUUAUGUAAAUUAAAGUGCUUGUGCUGUUUACUUUUGUACUUCCAAGUUUGUGGAUACAUAGCCCAGUUCAAACAUUACUGCAUUCAUGGCUUCUUAAACCAUAGUUUAACAAGCCAGGAAUGAGUGUUGCCCGCCCCCCCGAACCUCCCCUGCAUAUCACCUCAUUCCCAUAAUUGAUGCACCAAACAUCGAUGUCUGUAACAAGGAAUGGUGCCUUAAUACUGAUUUACUAACCAGGAUUUUAGACCAUGUUCAGAUGAGGAACCCUCAUUUAAGCUAACUGUAGUUUCAGCUAAACGAUGGUUUAGGAAGCUGGGAAUGUAUUGUGGCUGUAUAAAUAUGUAAUGGCAUGUAAUCCUGUUCUUGUACACAUAAUCUCCUUUGGCCUGUCAUUAGCAGAGGAUGAUUUAUUGAGCCAAUCCAAUAGCGAUCAGUAAAAUAAUAUAUAUUAUUUAUUUUUAUUAUUCACUUGGCACCAGAAACCUCAGAACUUUUUUUUACAUACUGAAAAGUUUUGUAGUUGGCAUUGUGGAAAGGCUUCAACUGAAGCAGAGGUGAAACUUACUCAUGCUCUGAUUCUUACUGAGUAUAGGACAAAAAACAAACCCCAUUCCUGAAUGAGUAUACUUAAUAGUGUCCUAUCUCUCUCACAGCUGGAAGGAUGGCCUUGGUUUCUGUGCCUUGAUUCACAGACAUCGUCCAGAACUCAUUGACUAUGGAAAACUAAGAAAGGUACCUUCUUAUGUUUUGGGAUGUUCCAAGUUCAGAUGUCGUGGGAGGAUGGAAACCUGUGCUGGCAACUUGGAUAACUAACUUGCCCAUAAGAUGAGAGAAAGGAGGUCUCUGAAGAGCUCAGAUGUUUUGGUUUACUUGAUUUCUGUCUGUUAGUUCCUGGUGGAGAUUUAGACUAGCAGCAGGUAAGGAAGUCUUUGGACUUUGGAAACACAACUCAGGUAAUUCCCAAAGUUAGACUGGCACAUUCAGCCAAGACACAUUAGAGACUGAUAUUUUCUUAGGCUGACUGAGCUUAUCAGGUGAAAAUUGGGCUUGACAUCCUUGCAGAAAGCAUGUGGGUGACCAAGCCCAGCAAUGUCUUUUGGGAAGCUGUAGUGGAAAGCAUGGCUCCAGUUCCAUAGUGGAAUGCAUAGUUAGCGGAGUCAUCUGUUGCUUGUACAAAACUGCAUGGUUGUCCACAUUACUUCUUUAAGCUACAAUUGUAAGCCCCUUGGGUUUAUAACUUUCAGAAAUACUGUUGCAAGCUGCUGUGAGCCACGCAAUAAGGUAGGGCAUAGCUCAGAUAAAUACCCCUUUGCUUACCCAGCUUAAAUCAUGAUAGGCAGAGGUAACAGGAAAACUAAAUUCUGCUGCUGGGCAGAUCUGGGAAUGUGGUUGCUCAAAGAGGCAUCAUAUAUUCCUUCCCACUGUCUUGUAAAAGCUGUUAAGUUGCUAUAGUCCCAUGGUAAGCCAUGAAUCUGAUCUCCUUGUUCAUUAAGGAAACUGGAUAAAAGUGUAACAUUUUUUCUCUAGUAACCUAAGAAGCAUGUCAUCUUGGUCAGUAAAAAUAGCAUCUUUUUUGUGACUGACACCUCCAGCCCUGACUAUUUUAACAGUAACCAAAACCAUAUAUUUACUAGGUGAGGUUCCUUGCAUCCCUGACAGACAUAGCUAACAGUGGUUGCUCAUUCCUCCUACCCUGCUUCAACAGUUUUGCUGAUUCGCUGUUGAUAGAAAGGUGGUGAUUGGUGACAUUAUAAUUAUUGCCAUGGCAACAUCAUAUGAAGUUGCUAGGAGGGGAAGAUGUCUGUGCGAGUCAGCAGUUUUAUGCUGAGGUAGGCGAGAUGCAGUAAGAGACUCUAGCAUUCAUUUCUUAUGUCAGCAAAAUCAGCAUGCUUGUGAUAAUAUUGUUAGCAACCAAAAGUGAAAUGAUCCUUAUAGUAACUAAGGUUCCACACACAGAGACCCCUCUCAUGACUAUACCUGAGCACAGCCUGGCUCUGUGUAUAUACCUAAACUUCCUAAUAACUAUAGUGUAUGCUGUAUGGUACUCUGAGAAAGAUACCUCAACAAGUAUACUUGUCUCAGACAGACAGUCCCAAGCUGUCCUCCCUUUUGGUGCAAUUAUUUGCACCCUUAUCUUGGUGUAGGCCUCAUUUAGAUCAGUUCUACAGGCUGCAAGUCAUGAAAAAAUAGUUUUUGUAUUCUCAAAUUUUAACAAAACAAAGGUAGAUAUUUCAACUAACAUAUCUAACAAUUUUGGAUAGGAGAAGACAGAACAAAGGAAAACUGGGGUGGGCUUCAUCUUCUCUAACCUGUUUAACAUUCAGCGCAAGAGAACCCACUGAAACAAAAACCCUAUAUAGUGUAGUGGAGUAUAGUGGAGAUUCUAUAUGUGUAGAGGGCGGCUUCUCAUACUGCACCUUACCAAGACAGGGCCUUAAAAAGAUUUGCACCUUCUCUAGUUGCAACUUACACAAAUCAGGGACAAACGUCUUAAGCUGACAGCUCUCCUGCUCAGUACAGGUCCAGGAAGUAAGCAGACUAGUGGAAAGGGGAUAUGACAAAAUCUGUGAUGUCCUUUCAAAGUCCUUAAAGAAGAUGUUACAGAGAGGCCUUUUGGAAAAUGCACAUAGCCCUCAUAGUUGCCCUUUACUGAAUUUGUGGUGGUGGGAAGUGGAGGUCCUGUCAACACUCCACCUCCUAGUUCACUAGUAGAAACAAUCUGACCUGGGGGUGUUAAGUGCAUAUUUUUGUGGUAUGUGCAUCUCAUAUUAAUGUUGUAAUUAUCAGUUAGUCUAGAAUAUGACUCUAAUGAUCUCACUGAUCAAUGCCCUAGUAUGGUAUAUAAAUUGUUUCUCCUGCCGUGUUUUUACGUAUUGCUAACUUAAAUUAUUUAUUUCCUAGGAUGAUCCUCUCACUAACCUGAACACAGCUUUUGAUGUGGCUGAAAGGUACCUAGAUAUCCCCAAGAUGUUGGAUGCAGAAGGUAAAGUAGAAUCAAAUUUUGAUUUAUUUUCCCCUCCCCCCGCACACACCCAAGAAGUUCCACAAACUUUCUACCUCUACUUAACUCGUUCUUCCAAAAGUUCCCCACCCUUCUUAUUAGGUACCUAGACUAGAAUAACUGCAAUUUUUUUUCCUGUUGGCUGGAUCCGAUCCUGAUAACAUUUGAAUAACAGCACAAGAAGUGUGGAUAAUGGAAGGUUCUAUGUCAGGGCCCCUAGGGAGCAGCAGCAUGGAUAAUGGAACCUUCUAACAUGAUCUGCCACAUAAAUCUGACGUGAGAUCUGACCUUGAUGAAGUAGUCUCCAUGCAUCACCAGAACUGUAUAAGCCAGGCCUAAGAUUAAUAACAGCAUGGCUGCAUUUAUACUUUCUCCCAAAUUUCCCUAGUAUUCUCUGUACUUCCCAAAACUGCUCCGUAGCUUGUUAUUGUGGAGCUCAUUUGUAAAUUCAGUAGUAACAGGACACCUGUUUCUGACUGGGCUGGGACUCCACCAUGAACAAACAAGCUGAAUUCUCAACAAACAACAAAUGACAUGGUAUCUCUACAGUACAUAAGGAGAGGUGGAAACAAAGGCAGAUCAUCCUUCAUUGUCUCUUACAUACUAGUUACAUUUCUCUGGGCAUUUUAUAUCCUGAGCCACCACACUUGUUAAUCAAGGGAUCUAGCAUGUGACCAUUAUAAAAUUCAGUUCUCAGCUGCUAGAUUCCUGGAAACAUGUGUUAAAUUUCCCCUUUUGCCAUAUUGUUGCUUUUGCAUUUUGAAAAUCUACACUGGCUCUGAAAUCCACAGUUUUCAAGUUGCCUUUGUUGCUCUGUUCCCUUUUGUGACAUUUUCUUUCUCCCCCCCCCCUUAAAAUUUGGGAGAACAUUUUGUACUGGCUAUGCUCUGUCCAUUCCUCAUUACCUCUAUCCAGGGAGCUUUUGUGAGCUAAAGAGGACAGUGUAUUCAACUAGAUUUUUUUUAUUUUAAAAAAUCAUCUUUAUCAGGGCUUCUUUCAUAUGCAUAGUAUGGUGUUAGAUGCAGCUAGGUAAUGAGACCUAAUUCAUCCCAGCAGGUAGCCUCAGAUGGAGUCCCAAAGUUGCUGGCUCUGAAUUUUACAAAGGGCAUUUCUUAUCCUUUGGGAUUUGCCACCAAACUGAACUAUCACAGGUUACUGAGACAAAUGUAGGUCCCAUGAAAGCUCACAGAAGAAGCAGAUGGUUAGGUGCAUGGCAAUAUGGUUCUCUUUUUGUGCUGUGGCAACUAUUGUUCUCCAUCACCAUUAUCAUCCUCAAAGCAGCAAGGAAACACUAUGAAAACAUUACAUGGCCUGAGCUUGAGAGGUGAUAAGCACCUGCUUUCCUUAGAUGCUUGGAAAACUCAGACCAGCAGCCUAUUGAGAAUGGUGCAGAAGGUGGCCAUUUGCUUUCAUUCACUGAAACAGCAGCUUAAGAUCGUCUUUCAACUUCCCAAUUUAGCACACACAAUUCUUCUGUGUCCUACUGGGCACUUGCAUCAAGAAUAUGUAUUUUUUGUGGUAAGGAGAAGAGGACAGGGACAAUUGCCCUAACCAAGAGUGGAAAUCAUCUUCCAAGAAAGUAUCUAAAAGACCUAUAUGUAGAGAAUGUGUAGGUUCUAAUAGUCACUCCCACCCCUCACCUGGCGUCCCCAUAACCUUUUGGUGAUCCAUCUCGCUUUGCUCAUGUCCCAUGAGUUGAUAUGCUCUUUAACUUCAGGUUUUCUUUGACAGACAUUGUUGGAACAGCCCGUCCUGACGAGAAGGCCAUCAUGACCUAUGUUUCUAGCUUCUACCACGCCUUCUCAGGAGCCCAGAAGGUAUCGCAGGAUUCCAAGCUCCCUCCACACAGAGCACCUGGUCCUCUUGCUAAUGUCCAAACCUUUUUUUCUUUCUCUCUCUCUCCUAUCUAGCUACGGGCAUCUUUAUUAUUAUUUUUGGCAGAGUUGGCUUGUUGGCUCCGAAUGGCUUUCUGUGUAUUUAUCAUUUUGGGGGUGCAGAUGGGGUCAAACAUAAUCCCACAGUCAGUGAUGUAGUGCAGAUCUGUACUUUGGUGCAAGUCAGUGGGUCACUCUCAUGGCAUCGGGAGCUCUGCUUUUAUCCACAGGACACAAAGAUCUCUCUCGAGGUGAAUCUCGGGGGGGGGGGGAGUAUUUUGCAUAGUAAUUUGUCAUGCAUAGUGAUCCAGCAUCAUAACAUUCUACAUGCCAGCUAACCCAUGCUGAAUUGCUUUGCUGAUCAGCAACAGUGCUGUGCGAUUGAGCCUCCUUAUUUUGCAAAAGAGCACAAUUUUAAGAAAUAAGGCCUGGAUGCCGCAGAACAGAAAAUGUGCAUUCUGUUUGCCAAAUUCUCUGAAAACAUUACUGACAGGAUGUCCCAAACAGGAAGUUUCCACAGAGCAUUGCAGUUUGAUGAAUCAACUGCUCUUUGGUAUCUGAGAACUCAUCGUAGAGCAAAUGGGUUGUGCAGUACAAGUCUCUGCUUGUUCACUCAGAAGUUAAGUCACUCUCAGUUCAGUAAGGUGUUCUCCCAAGUAAGUGUGUAAGUAGGCCGAAGCUUGGAAGUGGAUCCAGAUAUCAUGUCAUUUCCCUCAAAAGUAGACUGAAUGCUAACCUUUCAUUAGCUACAGCUUAAGACAGUGGUGGAUAGAAGUUGUGGAGCACCUACUUUUUUCUGGGAUGCUUGCAGAAAAUGCUGAACCUGAUGGUUCUAGUUAGGGUACUCCUCAUGUUCUUAAGCAAUUGUGCAUUAUUAGAUUAUGCCUUAAUUUUUAAGAGAUCCUGAGCAUACACUCUUGCUUGGUGGGCCAGAAGGGGUCUGAUAGAAAGUAGACCAUGCAAUACUGAAGCCUUGCCUAAAUGGACAGAUAUGCAUGCCUGUGUCUUUUAAAGUGAAACAGGGAGCAGUAUGAUAAUACUUCAGAUGUAAACUGCAUUUCUAGAACUCCCCUGUGACAUGCCAUUGUACCAGGCAAGGGGUUACUCCACAUGUUUUUCCACUGCACACAGCUGAAGUUAAAAAAAAAAGUCAUCCAUUUUUAAUCUGCAGUUUUAUAGAUGGAAUAUCUGGUAGCUGUGCCCACAGCACAAGGGGAAGAGCUGUAUGCUCAGAAAACGCACAUGGGACAGCCCUAAUAAGAUGUCAAGCACUGGCACUGCAAGAACAGAUCUUCUCUGCCUUGCAUCUGGGUUUUGUCAUGCCUUUUAACUUCUAUAUAGUGUCUUCAUCAAAUUUAGCUACUUUAUUCCUGUGUGUAGAACGGGCACAUGGCACUGGCUGUUUACUCCCCCAGAUAAAGCUAGAUUUGCCCAUCUGCAAGUGGGUUGAGGCUACUGACUGUGGAGUUGUGUCAAAGCAGUGUGGACUAGGCUGGUUGCUUGGAAACCAAAGCUGAAAAUGGGAGGUGGGAACGAGUGCCACAGGAGUCCACAAAGCCAACCCUUCCGGUCACGUUCUGAUCCGAAUUCCCAGCUCUCCGCAUGGAAAUCUGUUUCGCCUGUCCUGCAAUGCAUGAUGGGAAGUUUCCCCCUCUCUUACCACCCAUGACUGUUUUAUUUUAUUCUGUGUGCUGCUUCUUACUUUAUCCUUUCAACCUCUUCUCCUUCUUUGCACAGAUAUUAUAGGCACGCUAAGGCCGGAUGAGAAGGCCAUUAUGACCUAUGUUUCAUGUUACUACCACGCCUUCUCAGGUGCGCAGAAGGUGAGACUUUACUCCUAACAAACCCCCUCCUCUUCCUUCUGUUUCCCGCCCACCAAAUUUAGAGGAAGAUACCCUAAACCGUUAGAGGUAUGGAAUCCAGUGCUGGCUGUCCUAUUGAGCUAUCUAAUAUUGUCACAACUUCCUUAGCAUCUUGGGUGAUUAGAAAAACACUCUCUAGCUUUGUUGAGAACUCAGUGGAUUUUUUUUCAAUGUAGUGGGUCUCUGCUUUUUCCCAGACAAUAUUUCUGGCCUAGAACACCCAAGUUGCAGCCUACUGGUUCAAAUUAAUACUGUAGAAUAUAUUCAAUACUUUGCUGACAGAUCAGAUGGCUGCCUAUUGGAAAGUGCAUUGCUAGUUUCAGCUGGGUGCUGGUUUCCUUAGAGCGCUCUGUUCUCAGUCAUUUUUGGUGGCUGAUACAACACUGGUCCACCAUUGGCAAUGCUAAGCCUCUUGGGAGUGUUUUAAAGACCCAGCUCUAGAGUUGCUUUUAGCCAUCAGUAAUAAUUACUACAGGGCUAAACAACUGAGGUCAAAACUCCAAAUGAUGCUCAGUUGCAGAAGUUCUCUGAUAUUUUCCUCCAUACUAAUCUUUUGCUCCAGACUGUAAUUUCUGCAGCUGGAUUUAGUUAAGAACAUGUUCAAAAAAAGCUAUGCAUGAUUGAGCAUCAUGCAUAGAUUGCUCCCCAUUCAUGCAACCUAAAACCAAUUGUUCAGCAGGGUUUAUUUUAUAAGCAAGAGGUCUCCGUUAUUAUUGGCAGUGGACCAACAGUGGUCGUUAAUUUCCGAGCAGCUACUUUUCCAAGUGAAGUCAGAAAAUUGCCAUUCAGCCUUUAUGUGGCCGUAAAAACAAAAUCCCUCCGCUGCUGCUGCUUUACCAUCAGUGGAAUCUGGUCAUGUCUACGUGGAUAUAUAUAAAUGGUCACUUCUGCUUUGACAGGUGUUCUCCCAAUGGGAGACCUCAGAAGGUCUUGUUCUGUAGAUGCCAAGCUCAUGGAAUUCCUGCUCAGUUUACUUAUUGUUUCAUGGCCAAACUCUAGUGAAUUGUGUAAGUUGGGAUGGCUGUUCUCUUACAUCUUUUUCACACAGCCAGCCUUUGAUGCCCCAAUUGAUUAUCACAGUCUCUGCAUACACAUUUUAACUUUUUCUCUGCCCCAUGUUGCUUCUCUUUGCUCCCAUCCAUCUGUGUCCUUCCUCUGCCAGUAGUUCUGUUGCUUUCCCUCCUUGUACCAUUUACGGUGUCCCCUUACCCUUACGGCUUUUUUAUCUAUGUAAUCAUCUCUCAGUGGAUUUAUCCUCCCUUGACAUUUUGUACUCGUCUGCAAAAUAUUUGGCUUCUGUUGGUUCUGUAUCACGGCUUAGAUGCAUUUUGUGGAAAAGCCUUGAUUCAAACACAAGUGUGUCAUUAGCGCUGGCGCUGACAUCGUGCAUCUAUACCUGAGUAAAAGAUGCCAAGGGGAAAACAGACCUUAGUCCAGGCUCCUUGGGCACACAUUGGGCAAUUAAACUCUGAUAAGGAUAGCUGGUAAUGUAACAAGACUCUCCUUUACUGAACCAGAUAACCAUUCCACAAAGUUUUCUUUCUUGGACCCUAUUCUCCAUUCUGCAGUCACAUUGCAUUCAUAACUUUUUCCUAUCCCAUAUUUGUUGGUAGAUUCACAGGGGUUCUCAGGCACAGGUGUAACUCUAAGCUGAACUGAAAUAUUGCAAACUAAGUUGAAAAUGUUCGUUCUGGGGCCUAAUUCAUAUGUUACUGACAUGCCAUGUUAGCUGCUGAAAAACUGACUUCACUGUGGCCUGCUCCCUUGGGCCUAACUCUCCAUACUGAAUGAGAUGCAACAUAGUGUGAAAGGAUAUCCACCAUUGCUGUGGGGCUUCUCUUUCCUCUGUUCUCCACAAGCAAAUUUCUGUUGCUUAAGCAGGCAGACAACAUCGGAUGUCACCAAUAUUUACAAGCAUGUUCUCUGAAAGUACUAAAUGACAUAUUUUGUAGUUUUUAAAAUAUGUAGUGACAGCAGACCUUCUAAAUAUGUAUUUUUUAAAGAAUACAUUUAAUUCACUAAUUACCCUUUCAGCACAAGCUUAUAGAAAAUCUGGGACAUGAGUGUUUCUGCAGGGAGUGUUCAAACUUUGCUCAAAGGCCAUGUUUCCAGGUUUUUUUACCCUGAAAUUAUGUAACACUACUCUGGAUUUAAUAUAUAUCUAGCAGACAGCAUAGACUAUGGAUCUCAGUGCUGUAGUGUUCUAGAAUGGGGCACAAGAGUUUUGUUCACUGGUGGGGCCUAGUGCCUGAUGCCUUGAAAUGGCUGAUAAGAUACAAAUGAGAACAUCAGUUGCACAACAUCUAGAUAGUUCUCGGAAGAUCAAUAUAUAAUCUCAAGUUUAGCAGAAUCCAAAGUUUUAUAAUAUUUUUUUAAAAAAAUUGAAUGCACUGUCAGCUAGCUAGCCAGUCAGCCCAGCAAUGAAUUCAUGACCUGGAGGAAAGAAUUAGGGUCCCUUUCCCUUUGUAGCAGUCCAAAUCUGGGGCUAUUGCAGAGUGAUUAGCAAGCAUGCAUUUUGGCCUUGCCCAGGAGCACAGAGUGUCUUUUCAAGCUCUGCCCUCUUACUUGACAAGGUGACUUACUGUGAUGUCGCUCCAUUUCUCAUUCAGAUUUCUCAUUACUGCUACCAGCCCUGAAGGGGAGGUCACAUGAUCAACUUUCUGCUUCUUUCAUUCUCUUAUACUGAGUCUUUAAAGGUACAGGGGCCCCAGCCUGCCAUGACGUGUAUGUGACUGGCUGCUUUUCCUUCAUAUGAUUUUGUGUGUGCGCGUGUGUGUCUAUGUAUUUCUACACAUAUACUUGCUUUGGUCCAUUUGCUUUCUUCCCCCCGCCCUAACUGCUUCCAACUUUAAUAACACUAAACUGCAUGAGUGUUUUUAUUACUAGAUGAUUUUAAAUAAUGUGUUUUUAAUACACUGUUGAAGGAGAUUCCUGGAAAUAAUUAUAGGCAAGUAUUUUGAUUAAGCUUCCGUUUGAUGGGUAGCAUUUCAGGAUUCCAUCAUUAAUCUGUGAUGAAAAGACAAAUGUCCACAUUGUUUUAUAUACCUAUUAUAUUAAGCCUUACACUCAUUCAUUUAGACACCAGGGGAGAUAGGGAGCCAUAUCUAUGCUGUUCUUUCUUAAUGUUGAGACAAAGAGGCGAGGCAUUAUUGGCACUAUCUAGCCUUACCUGUUCUGUGGGUAGCAUCUGGGAUUAACAGUCUAGCCACCUAUAGGAAAAUACUGUGGGCAUGUAUUUGCUUAAGAUACAUUUUGGACCCAUUAAUGAAAGUAUACCCCUUUUGUUACUGGACAGUGGAACAAGUUACCCAAACAACUUAUAAGUCUCUGUACUUGCAAGUUUUUAGGGAAAAUAGCAAGAUUCUUAGUAGAGUGAACUUACCAGUACUUUAAUAUCAAUACUUUAGGGAUGUCAGAUAGUGGCGGCAUAAUACAACCUUUUCCCUCUGCAAUUCGCAUGUAUAAUAUAAUACAUUUAAUUACAGCACCAGAAGAGAACAAUUUAUAUUGAGAAUGUUCAAGUGCUGCCAACUUGAAGUGGCUAAAAGAGGCCUGUUGAGUUUGAAAGCUUGCAUAGUCCUUUCAGUGGUGGAGAAAGCAGGUUGUUUCUGCUCCAGAAUUCUGUGCAAGCCCAAAAUCAUAGGAUUUCUAGAGACCAACGAAUGGUGCUUCAGUGCCCUUUCUAGUUCUGUGAUUUGUCGAUACAAAAAAAUAUGCAAAAUGAGAAAGUAAAGUUAAUGCACAUUCAGUUAAUUUUCGUAAUGUUUCAGAAUGGCAUAAAAAAAUUGAUUAUUAUUACUUUAAACACCACACACCCCUAAACAAAAAAAAGGUAAAUGUUGUCAUUUUGGUUUAUCUUCUCUGGAGCCAAAAGCUUAGUGUUGAAUGUGAGCAUCAGCAUUGUGGGAAACUGCUUCGGUGUCCUCUCAGUUUUGAUAUGGAAGCUCCCUGCCUUCCGAUGGGAUAGCCUGGCAGGGGUUUUUAAAAGCUAUUUACUUAUUUAUUAUAAAUAUUUUUAUUCUGCUUCAUCCCUAAAUCUGCCCAAGAUAGCUAUAUCAAGAUGCUCAGAAUGCUCAACUCUCUGCCAAAGUAAAGGAAUUCUUAGAAUGGUUUUGAAAUAUACUAAGACUUUCACUGCAAGAACUCAGCAAGGAAGCUGCUGGGAAAAAAUGUCUCCAUGCUGUAGAUGUCCUGGGUUGGCAGGUAGAUGGUUUCAUCCAUCUUGGGGGAUUGUGAUGAGGCACGUAGAACUUCUCAUAUAUGUUGGGCCAGAGCAGCCUUCUCUAACCAGCUGCUCUCAAAAUGCUUUAGACUACAGCUCCCAUAAGCCCAGAGCCAGCAUUGUCCAGGGGCAAGGAACUUCAGGCCUGGGGGUGAAAUGCAGGAUUCUCCUGAAGGCACACGCCCCUCCUCAAGCACAGCCUCUUUCCCAAGGCCAGACCACUUCUCUGGCCUUGCUUCACAACCCCCCUGAGAGUUUUUGCUUGACUGGAAAGUGGUGUUGGAUUCUGAUAAUGACUUGUUGGCGUGGCUGCAAGACAGAGAGGAAGGUGUUAAGUGGAUGUAGAAACUAAGCCUACUGUACAAAGGUAAAAUUGUUCUACCUAGUUUUGACUGUCCCUGCCCACUGCUGGCAUGUUGCCUACAGAAGGAAACACAGCCCUUGGGAUGAAAUCAGUUUCCCUCCCCUGUUUUUGUCCAAAUCAAACUGGAGGACACCAGUUUGGAGAAGGCUGCACUAGAGGGUUGGUUUUGUUUUUGUUUUUGCUAGUUCCAGUGAAGUGUAAAAGGAAAAUAGAAAAAGGGUUUCAAAGUUUUAACAAGCAAUGGCUCAGCUUUUUAAAAAAAUGAAAUUAUGUUGCUACCCUCUGAAGAUCUGAAAAAUAAUUUAGUUGAUAUUGUUGCAGUUCAAGUGAAAGAUACAAGGGACAGUUUUGUAGCCUCUUAAGACUGUUGAGCAGUACAACUCUGGACUUCAGGCUUUAUUUCUCUUCCUGCUGCCCCCAGUCUGCUCUUUUAUUUAGGCCCUCUGUCCUCAUGUAACUCUGAGGCUGAAUUGGCAGGUUGGGAUGAGUCUGUAGACUACUCAAACCCAAUUCUACCUUUGGCGUUAAUUCCUAAAAGUAUACAUCAGUUAUUCUAUUUUUAAAAAUCUAGUACAAUAUAUGUAAUAAUGAGAACUCAUGUAAGAUUAAGGGAAGUUCAUGUUUCUUCCAAAACCUAAGAAUGUGAGACGAUCACAGCAGAGCUACAGUUUCAUAUGAGAACACUUUGAUAGCUUUGAACAUUUGGAUAUGUAUGGAAUAGAUGUCAACAGUAGACCUGUGGCUUCACACUUUCUUCAGGGGCAAAUUAGUUUUGGUGAGAAGUGAUUCCUUGUAGCACCUCAAAACAGAGGUGGAAGAAUAACUACAACCAAAAUGGAAAACAUUGAUCAUUUGAGGUGGAAGAAUGUUAUUCUACAAGCAAAAUGGAAACCAUUGAUCCAUCGAGACAAAUGGGGUUAGAUUUUUACCUCAUUUAGUUUUAUAGGAUGGCCUUAGAGAAGGUUUGGAUAGGCACUUACUUGUUCAAAGAAUAAUUUUCCACUUUAUGCAUUCUAUCUCAUACCAGACAUUGAUGUGCAUAGAUACGGAUGUGCACCUAAAUGGAUAUGGGCAAGUGUAGAGGGUAAAAAAACCUCUUAGGCAUUGCAAGUGUACAUUCACAUCAAAACUCUCAGAAGAGAAAUGACAGCAAGAGCACUUCAAAAUCUUCAUAGUGUGGAGAUAAAUUUGGACCAGUAACAUUCUCUUAGACACAGAGUGAACUGUGCCUUUCCUAAAAGGCAAGCAUCAAGAAGCUGAAGGAAACAUCUUUGUUAACAAUGUAUUUUUCUUUCUUUCUAAAUUUCGGUAGGCGGAAACAGCAGCCAAUCGUAUCUGCAAGGUGCUGGCAGUUAAUCAAGAGAAUGAACAGUUAAUGGAAGACUAUGAGAAGUUGGCCAGUGAUGUAGGUAUUCCUGAUUUCAAUUUCUUGACAGAGCUAUGUGGAAAUGGAAAGAUAGAUAUUCCAUAGAACAUCCUUCUGCAACCUGGUUCUCAAAAUGCUUUGGAUUAUAAACUUCCAUCAACCCCAGUCAGGGAUGAUGGGCACUAUGGUCUGAAACAUCUGGAGGGCACCAGAUUGGGGAUGACUGCUAUGGGACCUAUAUAUUUCUCAGUUUUGGAUCCCAGAUAUCAAAGCAACAUAUAUUUUUAAGUAUGCAGUUGCAAGAGUCUAUAGUCAUGUUAAAUUCAUUCUGGUGUGACCUUCAGGUCCAUGUAAGUAAUGUUCCUUUAGUGAUCUGUUUAUUUAUUUAUUAUUAUUUUUUUUAAAAACCCAAAUAGCAUUGUAUAAUGCUGGGGCUAAGAAACUAAACACUAAUAGGGGAAAGAAACUGAUGACUUAGGUUAUAGGAAAGAGUGCUGAUAGUUAACUGAUAGUUAGAAGUUGCUCCUGACAUGUGAGUGGAAUAGUGGCCUGCAGGUGGUGGCAGCAGGCAUGGGCAAAACAAAAAUGUUAAAUUAACUCCAAUGCUACUGCAGAAAUUGUCAAAGGAAACCUAUAAUCACCCCAAUUGUAGUAGUAGUAAUAUCACCACAAAAUGAACUUAACUCAAAAGCCACAAGAGCUAGGAAUAUAUGCAGCCCUGGGAAGACUAUCCUCAGAAUUGGUCCUUCACCAAAAAUCAGCAGAAAUAAACUCAGAAGCAUGAUGUAGAAAUACGCAUUAGCCCUGUUGAAAAUUAAAAGCUGGAUUGCGUGCUUAUCUUACUUGAGGUUUCAGAUCCUUAAAUAUGCUUGUUAGUGUAAAGUCUAGAGAUGCAAGGUGUGAAAACACACACAAACAUACAAGUCUGUUAAACUAGAUUUCUGCCAGUUGCUGAACCUUGCUGGCAAAUAAAAUUACAGUCAUGAAAGGCAAGAUAAUUGUAGGACUAAAACCACAAAUAACAAAAAAUCAAACCCUUGUCCCUGUUAAAUGUCAGCACUGAUGGGUUUCUAAUCUUAGCACAGUUCCCGCUUUCUUUUUUGACUUUCUUCUUUUUUUCAGUUGCUGGAGUGGAUCCGCCGCACCAUACCUUGGCUGGAGAAUCGGGCUCCAGAGAACACCAUGCAGGCCAUGCAGCAGAAACUGGAGGAUUUCCGAGAUUACCGCCGCCUUCACAAGCCUCCCAAAGUCCAAGAGAAGUGCCAACUGGAAAUCAACUUCAAUACGUUGCAGACUAAGCUGCGGCUUAGCAACAGGCCAGCCUUCAUGCCUUCUGAAGGGAAAAUGGUAUCGGUGAGUGUGUUUGGCCGAGUUCUGAGCAAAAUACAAGUUUUCUAGGUACAUGCUCUAUGGCUGCUGACACUUUCAAGUGGCCCAUGUAUCCCAUCCUGGUAUUCAGUGGACUUUCUCAUCACAGCCUGUGGUCCACAGAGAUAACCAUUCAUGAAUGGCAUAGCUCUUGCAAGUUGACAGCAUGUUCUUGUCAUCCACUAUAGAACAUGGAUGCAAAACGAUUAUUAUGGGUGUCCCAGGUUGCUGUUGCUCAGGAUCCACUCACCCCUGCAUCAACACAGAAAUCUUGGGGCAUCAAGGACCCUGAAGGCAGUGGAAAUCCUUCCACUUGAUCAUCUCAGGAAGGGGCCACUCCUUGCAUUGACAUGUUUUGAUAGAGGCAGAAGAGCCCCAGUAGCCUGUGCUUUCUUUCUGCUGUUCCUGAUCAUGUUUCCUUGCUGAUAUUCUCAGAUCCCAAAACUUCUUCAACUCCAUACAUCUUUCACCACUGGUCCCAGAGGCAGUAGGAAGUACACUACUUUGGCAGGAUUGCACAUCUUCAUAUCAUAUUGCACAUCUUCGUAUCAGAGAGCUGGCUUUUUAGCUGGGGACAGGGAGGUAGCGACUAGAAAACAGACCUCUUGCAUCAUCAUCAUCAUCAUUUUUUAUUUGUAUGCCACCUUUCCACAGUUAAAAAACAAUGCUCAAGGCAGCUUACAGCAUAACAAGAUUUACAUAAUUACAAAAGUCAUAAACAAUAAAUAAAGCACAUCAAAAAAAUACACAGCCAAAUGGGAAACAAUUUCCACAUAAAUCUAAAACUAAGAAUACAGCAUUAAUUUCAGUUUAAAAUGACAUAGGUAAAAAAUAACAGCAAUUUAAACAAAAACAAAACAAAAUGGAGCCCUCUCUGCCCAGCAGCAGCAGCAGCAGCAGCAGUCCUUUACAGAGCGCAUCAGGCCCCGCCCUGGGCCAGGUGGUGAGUGGCAGGACUGGGGCCCUCAGGCGCUGAGCAGGGGAGCAUUGCUGCCAUUGGUAGGUGGCAGAUCAGUGCAGCAGCAACUGUCCAGGUCAACUGCUCUCCCCAGAUGUUGCUUAGUUAGCUUAAGCCUUGCCUCUAGUUCCUACUGUCCCUGGUUCUGGUGCUGUCUGCCUAUCAGUUUGCCAUGCUCUGCAGCCCAUCCAUGCCCAGGACUGCUGGUGCUUCAGAGCCUUAGCCCUCCUCAAUGGAUUAGUGGCAGGCUUCUGCAGACACUUGUUUUCUAAAUUGCUUGUGGACCUUCCAGUGGUUUGCAUGGUUUUUCUGUUAAAAUGCCAUUGUGCUCUAGUGUAAUGGCAAGCAGUUGCCAUUCUGUCAAAAUUACUUGCCCACUUGGAACUUCCUUUUCACAUCUCUUUCUGGCGUGAUGCUGACCUUCAGCUAGCACAGGCCAUUCGCCAGCCAGCUUGGGGAAACUAUCUGAGGACGUUUCAGAAUAUUUCCCUUCUUCUGAACUUGCUCAUCCUUCCUUGACCGUGUUUGUGCUUCUGCUUUGAUCGCUACAGGAUAUAAAUAAUGCAUGGGGGUGCCUAGAACAGGCCGAGAAAGGCUAUGAGGAGUGGCUUUUGAACGAAAUCCGAAGAUUGGAACGGCUGGAUCACCUGGCUGAGAAGUUCCGGCAAAAAGCUUGCAUUCAUGAAUCCUGGACAGACGGUAAAACAGAUCCUAAAUGUGUCCUAUUGCCAGGGCUUUGUGUGCACUGUGUAACAAUAAAUUCAUGCAUCGUUAUUAUUAUGAAAUAAGAUGAUGAUCCAUGCCAAGGUAGCCUAAAUUCUCAUCUUUAUUAGUAAAUUAGCAUGCUCUUCAUACUUUUUUUUAGGGGGGGUAGGUAGAAGGGAGAAUUGAUGAUGAAUAGAUCUCUGGGCAGCUCUGAAUUUUAAUUGUUUCUCAAUUGCAAUGAAUAAAGCUUAGAAGAGAAACCAGAAAUGCUUAUGUGUGUGAGAGAGGUAGAACCUGCAAGCUGGAAAUCUGCCUACCCCUGCUUUAGUUAACGCCAAAGAGCAAUACUUCUCACCAGAAGCAGCUUGCUGAGUGGGGGCACAGCCACUGUGUUAGCUUCCCUGCAGGGGAAUCAUUAUCGCUUACCAGGAGGAGGGAGAGGGAAAGGACUGAGGCAGCCAGGAAGUAGGUGUGGUGCAGAUGCAACAGCAGGGCUAACCUGGUGUUUCUGUCAGUGAGUUUGCACUGCAUCAACCUUCCUGCCACCUUGGCCCUCUCCUUCCUGGUAGACAAUAGCAACCCAUCUGCCAGGAAGCUAGUACAGCACCUCUGACCCACCUGGCAAACCACUUCUCCUCCCCACGUGGGUUACUGAUAUUGGGACUCCUGGAGAUCUUGUUUGGCUGAUCUCUAGGCUUCUAAGAUCUACUUGGCGUUUCAAGCCUGUCUUUCUAGUCAUUAGGGAUCUGUUUUUAUUUUUAUUUUUAAAGAAUUAAAACAAAGAUUCUCAGAGAGCUGUAUUUUGUGUCCACUAGCACAUACUGUGUUUCUGUUCUGUGCAUGUGUUAAAUUGUAGGGUUGCAGACAGAUGUUUUUUUUAAAAUAAACAUCCUUGCAAAAAUAUGGAAGCUUACAAUUCUCAGAUAAUUUAUGCAGUCCCAAAAUUGCCUGUUCUUAAUCCAAGGCUUUCCCCAUGGGUCAAAAUAAAGGCAGCCUGCAAGAAAUCUCUGUUAAUGGUAAAAUUUAUUCAUGUUAACUUGAGGAUUGGGCUUGAUUAAAUUGUUAUUAAUUAUUAUUACUUUCUAUUUAUUAAAUUUCCUUGGGAGAGUAUUGCAAAAGUGGGGAGUUACCACAAAAAAUGCCUGUUCUCAUAUUGCCACCCUCUGGACCUCUCAUGGAGAAGGAACACAAAGAUUACAUGCAUUGACUAAUAUAAAUGAUGAGGACAAUUUUGUUGAAAUAUGGCAUCCUUUUAUAAAAUACUUUGCCAAGAACCCUGAAGAAUGGCAAUUACCAAAAUCACAGAUUGGAUUUGGGCAAAUUUAACUAGAUUAGGCAAAUUGGAAUCCCCUCCCCUUUUUGUAAUUGUUAUAUAUUGGAAGUUAAUAAAACUAUUUUGGAAGGAAGGAAGGAAAUGCUGCUUUAUCAAAACUCCUCGAAACUCCUUACCUGUUGGUCUUUUGCUCAUUUUUCCUGUGUUUUGGCACCCCCUUCAGGUAAAGAGGCAAUGUUGCAGCAGAAGGAUUAUGAAACUGCCACCCUCUCAGAGAUCAAGGCCCUGUUAAAGAAGCACGAAGCAUUUGAAAGUGAUCUUGCUGCUCAUCAGGACCGUGUGGAACAGAUUGCUGCUAUUGCACAAGAACUCAAGUACGGCUUUCACCUAGCAAAUGGGCUUCACCUUUUGACACAAAACCAAACAGUGGCCUUUUCAACAGUCAGCAAGCCUGGGGAACCCGUUGAGCUCAAAGGCAAAUCUAGUUCUUUUUAGACACAAGGACUAUAGGGAAGCACUCUUACUUGAAAGAAAACAUUGACAAGGAUGAAAGCACAAAAAGAGGGGUGUAGGCUGGUGAGGGGAGAAAGGGACCUCUUCACUAUGACACCUAACAAAAUGCAAUAGGGGUUUAAACAACUGAUGUGCAUAGAUUUCAUUGAUCCAUAUUUGAAUACCUGCAUCUAUAUGUUCAUUUUGCCUGCAAGCUCAAGGCUUACCUGAGCCGAUAAGAGUUGUCAUCCGUGUGCAGAGGCUAUAUGCCUCCGAAGAUGAGUUGCUAGGUCAAGGUAGGGCGGGGGGGGGGGCAGAGAAACAAGUGUGGGAGACCACUUUUAGAAUCAGAAUACUGAACUAGAUGGACCUUUGAUCUGAUCCAGCCAGGGUUCUAUUCUUCAUCAUUGUAACAGCAUUAGCAGGUUAUUCAGUUUCAACAUGUUUGGGUUUAAAAAAAAAUGAAUAGAUUCCAACUUUUACCAAUGUGUUUGGUAAACCACUUUUUCAACUUUUUUUGCUAGUGAGCUGGAUUAUUACGAUUCCCCAAGUGUCAAUGCCAGGUGCCAGAAAAUAUGUGACCAGUGGGAUAACCUUGGGGCCCUGACCCAGAAACGACGAGAAGCCCUGGAGGUAAAAGGUUCUUCAUAUGUUUCAUAUACAGCUUGUUUCUCCCUCUGUGUCGUAUGAGGGCAGCGUGGGGUGGCAGUUUCACUCAGUGAAGCCGACAUCGCGGUCUGCUCCUCAUACCAGUCCUGGGCGAUAUAUUGAUAUAUCGCCUAGGCCUACUCCCAGCACCAACCUGCCCAGGUUUUGACAUUAGCAGAGGGGGUCCUUCUUGUUGUUCCCAUGGUGAGUGUUGUUUUCUGCAUGAGGAUGCAAGAUAUGGCCUUCUUGGUAGUGGUGCCAGGCUUAUGAUGGACCUGCUUUGUUUUAUGCCUGGCACCACUACCAAGAAGGCCUAGUUUUAGAUUUUGUGAUGUUCUAGUUUUAGAUUUUAUGAUGUUUUACAAUGGUUUAUCCAUUGCUUUUAAAUGCUGUAUCAUAAAUCAAAUGAUAUUUUUUCAUUGAUUUUCCUGUUAUUUUGAUGGUUGGGAACUGCUUUGCGAUCAAUUCUUUAAUUUUUUUUUUUUAAAAAGCCUGAAAUAAAAUCUGUAACUUGAAACUGCUUCCUAACUGUGGUUCUGUGGACUGUGGGAAAAGGGAAGGUAUACUGUUUUAAAUGUCAAUAAUGUUAAGUCCUCUGCUUGGAUUGCUUUGAGAAGAAGGGUGGCAUAUAAAUUAAAUAAAUAUAAACGCAAAUCACAGCUUCUUUUAAAAAAAAAGAAAACUAGGAGAAAGGACUGUGAGGAGUAACAAAAGAGGAAAUGCCAUGUUUGGUGGGUCAUUAGGACAGGGGGAGUGUGGGGAAAAUUCAGAGCACCUAACUUCUUUAUCUGGGGGGAUUUCCUAGAGAACAGAAAAAUUGCUGGAGACAAUUGAUCAGCUGUAUCUAGAAUAUGCCAAACGAGCUGCCCCUUUCAAUAACUGGAUGGAGGGAGCCAUGGAAGAUCUUCAGGACACCUUCAUAGUCCAUACCAUUGAGGAGAUCCAGGUAUGUUCCCUCUCUCACUGGAUAAGCCAUAUUCAUCUUUGGCUCUUGUUCAUAGGGUGCAAAAUAUCAGCUGAUACUAAUGUUUCCUGCCAAACCCUAGCAAUAGAAAUAAAUCACCUUCUCUCAACAGCUCAGGCAGGUAACAGCAACUACCUGUAAACUGGUGGGAAAGACUGGAUGGUUCCCUCUGCCUGUUAGAUAUACAAACUGAAGCAAAUGAAGUGAGGAGAAGAGAAAAGGAAACACAAAAAUCAAAAGUAACAAAGAGUCUUACGGCAUUUUAAAGACUAACAAAUGUAUUAUGGCAAUAAGCUUUCAAGGACCAUAAUAUAUGUGUUAGUUUUUAAGGUGCCACAUGAUUCUUUGAUAUUUUUGCUGCAGUAGCACAACUACGCCUCUGGAAAUGGUUACCAAAAAAAUUAAAAUUUCCCAUACAUUCCCAUUUCCCAGGCCUAUAUCUAUUAUGUGUCUUGUUCCAAAAAUAAACACUUUGUUCUCACCUAACCCUUUUGAUUCAGUGAUCAGGGCUACAUUAAUUCCAGGUCUCAACAACUUAAUCUGUUUUCUGCAGCAUGGCAAAAAUACCUGGCGUAUGUUUAGUAAUGUGCAGCAAAAAGUGCCUCCUGAACACAUAAAAAGUGCUUUUCUCACCUCUGGUUAGUCAUAGCCAUUCCCUGUGCUAAGGAUUGAGGAACUGCCCUGUCGUCCUUCAACAAUUUUAAUAAAUAAUAAAAUAAAAGUAAUAAAAUAACAGGCUUUGAAGAUCAGCUGAUAUACUGCAGGAGUGGGGAGCCUUUGCCCUCCAGGUGUUGUGAGACUCCAGCUCCCAUCAGCCCCAGCCAACAUGGCUAGUGGUCAGGCUUGAUGGGAGUUGUAGUCCAACAACAUCUUGAGAGCCAGAGUUUGCCAUCCCUUUGGGCUUAGGCAUCUUUCUCUUUAGAAAACAAGUAUUCGGAACAGUUAAGUAAGUAAUGCCUGCAGUAAGUAAGCCUGCAGUCUCACACCAACAUAUGGAACAGGAAGCCCAGUUGAAAUCAGCAGGGCUUGCUUCUGAAUAGACAGGUGUAGAUUUGGGCUCUGACUAAGUUUUCCUUUACCUUCUCCUAUGCUAAACCAUCUACUACCAAAGGGGAGCCUUCACCAUCCCUGCCUGCAACCCAGAAAUGCCAGAGCCCAACCCCUAACUGAUGUAAGAAAAUGGCCUCCAAGAAUACUAAAAAGGAAAUGUGCUUUUGGCACUCUUGCCUUAAAAUCUUUCCAGCGUGUCCUUCAGUGGUCAUGCAGUAGGAAGUUUUAUUUGCUGCACAAUUUAAUUUUCCACUGCUCCAGUGCAGUUCCUUGCCUUUAUAAUUCUCAUUUGUAGAAAAGAGAGUCUUUCCCUGACACUGUUUAAAUUAUUCCAAUGUCCUGUUGCACACACAGAUUCUUCCAUCCUGUGCUGGCGUUUUAUAACACAGCAUUAUGGGGAAUGGGCUUGUUCUUUUUAAAAAUUGUUUUUGUGUUUUCUGUUUCCUUCAGGGAUUGACCACAGCCCAUGAACAGUUCAAAGCUACCUUGCCAGAUGCAGACAAGGAGCGACAGGCCAUUCUAGGAAUCCACAACGAAGUGUCAAAAAUCGUUCAGACCUACCAUGUCAACAUGGCAGGAACCAACCCCUACACCACCAUCACCCCACAGGAAAUCAAUGGCAAAUGGGACCACGUGAGUUGCUUUCUAGGCUUCGCAAUUAUUCUUCUAGGUUGGAAACCUGCUUUUAGAAUUCUGGCAAGCAGCUCAAUCACAGACGUUUUUACUUGGGAGUAAAUCCCACUGAAUUCAAUGAACCUCCUCCCAAGUAAGGGUGCAUAGGAUUGCAGCCUUAGUUGAAAUUCUCAUAGAUGUGCAAUGUAAUAUCUUGACUCUUGGUUUGCAGGCAAGUAAUCCACAGUGCAGAUUAUAAAAGGUAAUUCUGAACUCAGUUUUAUUCUUGUGCUGUAGGAAAUAAUUUCCGCCUGCGAAAUAUAUAUUUAUUGAGCAGCCUGGUGACUUAAGUCACCAAUGCUCCCACCAAGUAGAAUUAAUUUAUUUGGAGCACUUACAGAAAUAUUGGCAUUCCAUCUUGACUUUUGGAUGAUUUGCUGACAUUUCCUACGUUGCGUCUCACCUAUAAUAGAUAUGGAGGUGUUAAUUUUCUUUUGUGGACAUUAAUCCACUUAAAUGGAAAUUUUUAUUUUAAUACCUACUUGUUCAGAAGAGGGCUGGAUUUAUCCUUUUGAUUAACAGUGCACAGAACUUGGCUUCUCUGACUUCAGAACGCUUUGUGUUUAUUAAGGCUUAACAGCAGUAAGCUCGAUUUUUCUAAGCUUUUUCAUAUUUGCUGAAGGUGAGACAACUAGUUCCCAGGCGGGACCAGGCUUUGAUGGAAGAACAUGCACGCCAGCAGCAUAAUGAGAGACUUCGCAAGCAGUUUGGGGCUCAGGCCAAUGUCAUCGGGCCCUGGAUCCAAACCAAGAUGGAGGUAAAAACUUGCUAAUACUUAAAACUGCCGUUUUUCUGUUGAAGAGCCUCCUAGUUGGGCAUUGUCUUUUCAUCCUUUUAGUGAAAAGGACUUGUGCUGAGAGAAGUCACCACUCUCUUUGGCCUGGUUUGCACAGCAUGAAAAGCCAAACCAUGACUUACUUACUGGGACUUUGCAAACGUGCUAGCUUCCAGAACAAACCUUGGCUACAGACGGUGGCUAAGAAGGAGAGAGCUUUACCAUGAUCUUGGCUUAGCUGCAGCACUGUGCUGAGCUAAAGGACUGGGGAAGAACAAAGCAGCUGCAAUCUCCCCCUCCUCCCCCCCGAGCCAGUAUAUCUGCGCUAAGCUAUACUUGCAAAGUGGCCUUUCUUUCUCUCUCCUUACUAAUCUUCAUAAAUACACAUGUUCUUUGUUUAAGAUACUCAAUGGCCAGUGGUUACUUCUUAUUUAAAAACCAAUCUUAUACAAGAAAUUAUUGAGGGUGGCUUUCUAUAAUAAAAUGCUAAAUUAAGUAGGUACUAAAUUAACUGAGAUGUGCCUUAGGAAUAGUUUGUGCUUUGCAUUUUUCGUCUGCAUGUGCAUGUUCCAGACUUGCUCCAUCAGAAUUAGCUUCAGAUUGGUUUUAAAACACAUACACCACAACUGACUGUAGCUUCAGACCACAUUGUACGUGCAGCUGUGCAUAUUUGUUUGGCUGUUGUUUUUUAAACUUGCCUACAGUCUGAGUACAUGCAGGGGCAUCUGGUCACAAUCAUAAUACACAUGGUUUUAAAACAAUGUGUAGCUCCAGAUCUGCUAGGCUCAGGUAUAACUGAUCUGUAAUACGUACCCAAUAAAUGAAGCGAAGCCCUAACUUAGGGCUCCUCCUGACUUCCUUUUGAGCCAUGUUUCUAGGCACAGUGGAUGGCUUUGGGCCAGAUCAUCUCCCCUCUUUGAAAUGGAUCCAGUGGAUCUAUCACUGCCUACCCCCCCCCUCGACUCUGCCUCCACCCCACACCUGUAAUGCCUCAUUUCAGAGCCCUAUACUAGUUACCACUGGUGGGAACACCACCAAUGAUAGCUUACCAACAGCCUGUGCUUUAGCCAUAUUGAAGAUUUCUGCAAUGGCCCCUGUCAGCGGAGGGACACCUCCACCUAAACCCACCAGCAGCACUGAGCAAGGGAUUAGGAUAGUUUUGUAACUGUGCUAAAAAGGAAACAAAUUUAUCUUCUGAAAGCCCUUAACACAGCUGGGCAGGUCUUCAGUUGGUGUUAAAUAUUUAACUCAGUAGAGCUGCAGUGAAUUAUUCCAGCGACUCGGUUUUGUUUACCUGUUCUCUGAAAAACCUGCAAGCAAAGCUCUUUUCCCCUUGAGAUGACAAGGCCUGUGGUUAAAGCAUGUUUUAGUCCAUUUAGGGAACAGUUGCAGACAAAUGCUUUACAUGUUGAAACUUGUCACUCAUCUGCUCAUUUCCUUUGGGCUCGUGCAGGAGAUUGGCCGCAUCUCCAUCGAGAUGCACGGGACUCUGGAGGACCAACUCAAUCACCUGCGGCAAUACGAGAAGAGCAUUGUGAAUUACAAACCAAAGAUUGAUCAGCUGGAGGGAGAUCACCAACAGAUUCAAGAGGCGCUCAUCUUUGACAACAAGCACACCAACUACACUAUGGAGGUAAAGGCCAGGGGAAGUCUGUGCUGGUAUAGCCCAGGCAUGCAAGGAGUAAUACCCUGAGCCACCCAACCCUGCUCUUGAUUAAACUGAUGUUGGGGGAAAGGGUGCUAAACUAGUAGCACUGACUAGCCAUGCAGAUGUGUACAGAUAUUGACAUACAACACUUCUGGCUAAAGCCUUCACUUGUGCAAAUGACAGAGAGGGUGACUGAUUUAACGUUCAGUAGCACAGUCUGGGACCCACCGGAUUCACCUUCGCUUAAGGCCCAUAGUUUGCAGCCAUGAUAGACUAUUUUGACUGUGAGGAAUAAGGCCCUCUCAUAAUGGGGACUGGCUGGCACAUAAGGGGUUACAGGUUUGAGGCAACAACCUUAAAAGUGUAGGAACAACACUGCAGACAAGUCUGAGGAGUCCAUGCAAAUGUGAGUGGGCAGUCGCUGGAGCUCGCCAGCUGUUUAAUUGGUAAGAAUUACCUAUUAAAGUAGAUAGCAUGACAAUAUAUUUUUUAUAUUGUGAUUUUUUCUGUGAACUGCCCUGAGACCCUCCGGGUAUAGGACGGUAUAUACCAUAUUUUUCGCUCUAUAAGACACACCAGACCACAAGACGCAUCUAGUUUUUGGAGGAGGAAAACAAGAAAAAAAAUAUUCUGAAUCUCAGAAGCCAGAACAGCAAGAGGGAUCGCUGCGCAGUGAAAGCAGCAAUCCCUCCUGCUGUUCUGGCUUCUGUGAUAGCUGCGCAGCCUGCAUUCGCUCCAUAAGACGCACACACAUUUCCCCUUACUUUUUAGAAGGGAAAAGGUGAGUCUUAUAGAGCAAAAAAUACGGUAAAUUCAAUCAAUCAAUAAGGAAUUCUGUGUUAGAAGCAGUUUCUUAUCAGCAUUGUCUAAAUGUGGGGUUGGAACUGGGGCUAGGGGCUGCAUUGCUCCAGUGGAAAGCUUACCCCUCCCCCAGCUCCUCAACUGAUCAAUACAGAUCAGCUAGGAAGGAUAUUUCCGUACCUACUGCAGUGCCAGGAUGGGAAUGAGAAUCAUUCUUUUUUCACUUCUCAGCUGAUUGGCACAGACCAUCUGAGGAGCAUGGAGGGUCCGAUUUCAUCCCCAUUGCAUCCAGCUGAGUGGGGAGGUUUAAACCUCCAGUGCAUGACGAUAGGGAUGAAAACUGCCUACCACUCCUUGGCUGACCCACACAUCAGCUGUGGGUGAUGGUGGUUCUCUUCUCCAUCACAGGGUGCCAGGCAGUUUAAACCUCUCUACCCAGGAUACCUUGAUCAGGAAGAACAGCUGAUUGGAGUGCUGAGAAGCAAUAGGCAAUUUUCAUUCCCAUGUAGAGGAAAAACCUUCCACCCAAAGUACCAUUCGGUGGAUGAAAAUUAUGCCCUCCCCACUUCUCCAAUGGUCCACGCCAAUGUGCACACACCUGGGGAAGCCAAGGGAGUGCUGUGGAUUGCAUAGGAAGGUCUAGUGGGCUGGAUUAGGCCUACCCUUGUUUUAAAUGAAAACCUAGGUCAGCUUUCCCCAACCUGGAGCCCUCCAGAUGUUCUGGACUACAACUCCCAUUAUCUUCAACCAGCAUCGCCAUGUGCUUCCUCUCCCUACUGAGCAGCACAUUUUCCAAGUCUACAAUCACUUUACUGCAUUUUGACUAGUUUCCAGAUGCUGCUUCUCAACUUAAAAUGUAGGCGGGAAAUCGUUUUUUCUCCUCCAGCACAUCAGAGUGGGUUGGGAGCAGCUCCUCACAACCAUUGCUAGGACUACCAAUGAAGUGGAAAACCAGAUUCUGACUCGGGAUGCCAAAGGAAUCAGCCAGGAGCAGAUGAAUGAAUUCCGCGCCUCCUUCAAUCACUUUGACAGGGUAAGUGGCAUGGGUGGUUGGGAUGGUGGAGAUUAGUAGUGCCUGUAACUUCAGAGAGUUUCUCCAUAGAAGCGAAUGGAAACCAAGGCUCAGAUUCUCCUUGUGAAACGACAGCUCAAGUAAAACUUUUUAAAAAUGUGGCAGAGUCCAUUAACUUUAAAGCGUUUGGGGACUCAAAGGAAAUGCUAACACAAAUGUUUAAAAACCUUAUCUCUUUGAUUUUCAAACCCUUCUCAGAUUUAAUAGAAAUGGCUCACAUUAACCUAAUGAGCCUCCGUGAGAGUAGCUAAUGGUUGUGGGGUUGUUUGUUUGUUGAACUUGAUUACAUGCCACUUCCUAGCAAAGCUCUUGUAUGUUAUCCAUCCAUUAGAAAAUGUACAGUGAUAACUCAUUGCAGUACAAAUAUUCUACAUGUGUAAGCUCACAGGUCAGGUAUUGCUGUCAGUAAGCCUCUUGUUCAGGCCACACUGUCUGUGCUUCACAUUCUUCCUUCUGGAUUGUUCUUACGGUUUUUGCCUCAAAAAGACCGAGGCUAACCUUGCAUGGAACAAUCUUCAGCUCAAGCCACUGAAUCCAGACAAAAUACUGCUAUGUCAGCAACAGCACAAAGGAAGACAUUUGGCUGUACGGAAUGGCUGUAAAAAAUGUAGUCACUUCAUGCGCUAAUAGUGUGUAGCUUUUAGGCGUGCUCUGUCAAGUCUUCUAUCUCACCACAUUUUAAUGUAGCUUAUAUUCACUAUGUGAGUUGUUUCUGUUUGUUUUUUACAAUUUAGAAAAUACAAAGGCAAUUUAAUGUUGCGUCAUAUCUCUGGGUAAACGUCUAAGUUAAAGACAAAGGUCUAGUUUUCAGUGCAGGGAGCAUCAAGCAGGAGACUUGGUCCAAGUUCUGUUGCAAGGAUAAACUUCUGGACUAAAAAUGGCUGCAGAGUUGGGGCCACUCUAAACUACAUGAACUCACAUGUUCUUCUAAAUCCAAGGCUCCUCUAAGUGCAAAGAUGCUUCAGCAACAGGAUAUUCCAAAUGUGUCCAAUGCUUCUCUGCAGUCCAGGUGGCUCAAUAAAUGUUUUGCUUCUAAACUUGUUGAAGAAAAUGUAAUUGUUUCUAAUGAAAAGCAGUCUUCAAAGCAAACAUUUGUCCCUGGCAUGGUCAUGUUUUGUGAGAAAGAAGUGCAAAAGAAAAAAAGAAAAGGCAGCAUUAGCACGAUACAAAAUGUAAGCACAGUAUCUAACCUUGUGCACUUUUUAUUUCUUCCCCUGUUUUAUUUCCUGCAUGCCAUUCUCCCCCCAAUCUCUCCCCACCUGCUGCAUGGUGCACCUCCUCCUCCUCCUCUCCUUGCCCCUUUCUUGUUCUCCUUCUCUUCUUCAUCUUAUACCACCACCCCACUGGCACUGCAUGCCCUGCUGGCUGGCGCACUGCCUAACCAGGACCACUCCGGCACACUUGGCCCCGAGGAAUUCAAAGCCUGCCUCAUCAGCUUGGGUUACGAUAUUGGAAACGAUGCACAGGUACUGAAUGCUAGCAAGGAACUCAGGCAAAUAUCAAACCAUAAGGGAAUAACAUAUUUCUCCCUUCUCUUCUUUUUUGUUUUAAUCCGUCUUGUCAAUGUUCUUCUAUUUUAUUGUGCAUAUUUCUGCAUACUAUUGUAUGUUCUGUCAUAAUUCCAUUCUUUUCUUUAUGCAUUGUCAAAUCAAUUUUUCUCUUCUCGGUUACACAUUCCAUUUGCUUGAUUCCCUAAAACUCUUCUUGCCUUCCUUUCUCUUCUCCAUUUUUUAAAAAAUUAUCUUCCUAUCGGUAACUUUUUCUUCUUGUUGUUGAUCCUUAAACUUUCAUCUGCUCCUUUAUUUUCAAUGGAAUGAAUCCAUCCCUUUGUUUUCUUCAAAUUAUUUUCGUAAUUUCUUUUGUUGUUCAAUAUAUCUCAUCUUCCAUUUUUCCUUCAUGCAAAUCCAUUCUUUUAACACCUUCCGUGAGUUCGUCUCUACUUUCUAUUCCUCUCUUUUCCCUUUCAUUCUACCAUCCCUUUAUGACUGUGUAGAAGAAGACUGGCAUGAUGGAUGCUGAAGAUUUCCGCACCUGCCUUAUCUCCAUUGGUUACAAUAUGGUAAGGUAGAAGCAUCUGCCGCUUAUAUUCACAGUGGUAUAUUUGACCCUUAAAUGAGAAAAGGGCAUACUGCUAGUGAACCCAGGUAAAGCUUUGUCAGUCCCAUGACUUGUGAAUAAAAUCUAUGGCAUCAGUGGCAUAUUUCUUUACAAACCGGAUUGACUUCAUACUUUAUUUUUGGAAGAAGAAUCAGAAUAUAAUCCAAACUGAUUCCUGGUUGACCUCUGAAUAAGUAGAACAAAACAAUGUCUAAGCCUAGUUCUCCCAUGGCCAUUUUGCUUUGUUUUUGCAUUAUAAUUAUGCAUUUGUUGCUAAUUCAUUGUGAGCAGCCCACACAACAACCCUUCACACUUGUCCUUCUGCUGUAAAAAUAGUCCAUUUUCCCACAUUUAAACUGCGAGAUUUGGUUUAUCAAAAAAUGAUUUUUUUCUUCUUCAUUAUGUACAUCCAUUGGGGACGGAAGAAAUUCAAUGACCAGGGCUAGCAUUUUGGCUUGCCAGACAGAAGCCCCCCCCCCCCGCAUUCAGUCGCAGAGGUUCUCUCAACCCCUGCCCCCAGAGCCAAUUUGGGGCGGGGGGAGAAAAGGCAGGGAAAGCCCUAUGACACAUGUGAAAGUCCUUGCUGAAGGCUUCUACUUCUACUAAGGGGAUUUUUUAUUCAAACAUUUUCAAAGCUCCCCUUUGGCCAAAAAUGGUAUUUUGUGUCGGUCUCACAAAUCCACAAAAACAACUGGAUUUAUUCGCAAUAAAAACAAACAGCAAAACCAGCAAUAUAUCAACCAACAGAUGAAAACCAUUUAACUAUGCAGUGUGGGAUGCAACUGCACAAGAGUCUUGGGCACCUUUUCUGUUAAAUACUCUAUGCAUAUUUUCUGUGACUUCAAUGUCGAUGAGCAACACAGCUCUCACUAGGCAUGUCUUUGCCAUUUUGUGAACAGUUCAUAUUUUCACAGUGAAAGGCAAACCAUCUUUACUCAGAAGAAACUCCUACGGUAGUUAGUGGGGUUUAUUCCAAGGAAAGUGUACAAGAACUGCAAUCCCACAGGGCAACUGUAUACUCACAUUUUUCUGGAACUGGAGGUAUGCUGAUAGAAGUCGUUGGAAGGGAAAUUAGUUAUAGCCAUCAACUGAAGGGCUAUAGGAUAUGGUGACGGUCUGUGCCUUCCCAUACUGCCUAUAUUCCACCCAUCAGUCCCAGUGGCCCCAUGGCAGCUAAAAUUAGUAGUACUAAGAAUGCAAUGCUAUUUUCCAAAGAAGUGUAUUUUCCAAAGUUAUCCAUUCUUUCAAUCAACAGAGACAGGAUGCCUCAUAAUAUAAUCUCAUAUCUGGCAGUACUACUAAUUUUAGCUGUCACAGGGCCACUGAGCUUAUCUUCAUCAGACUCUGUGAUCUCAAAUCUUUGGUCUGGAGCUUGCCCCAUCCAUGUAAGUUGCUGCAACUGAAUUCCAUGAAUUUUGCUACCCCACAUCUUACACUGCUCAUGUGCAUAACCCAUUUGCAUGGGCUAGAAAAAAGGAGGGGGAUUCAGCAAUAACAUGCAAAUCGGCCCCUAGGCUUAUUCUUGCCACAAAAUUUAUAAAGAGGGAAAAGGAAGUUGCUAGUGAACACAUUACAGUUCUCAAGCACCCAGUUCUAAGAUGUGAAAUCUGGUGAAUCUUAAUCUCCAGUGAGAUCAGCUUUCGUUAACCAUGUUUCCUAACCAUGAAACUGUCAAGGGUACUUUUAUUGUGUUUCCCUUCCUAUAAAGAGGGUGUUUCUACACAGCAGCUUCUUGUGGACUUGGUGCCAUGCAGUGCCCACACUCAACAGCAGCAGCAUCACAAUAAUAUAGCAUUUGGGCGGUGUUUGGUUGGAGCUUGAGGAAUGUCUCUACCUGAAGCAGUUACGCCAUUGGCUUCCAUUGGUUGCUGUCUUAUCAGACCUGUGAUAAGGGGUAGCAGCCCCAUUCUUUGGGUGUCUUUGCUGAGAAUACUACUCGGUGCCAAACAUUUAUGAGCUUGUCUUCCUUAUAACUUCAAAUCAGUCAAACUACUUCAAUUAAUUCUUCAUGUGCUACAUCCUCAAUGCCUCUGGAACAGCCUUCCCGAACUUAGUGCCCUCCAGAUGGAUUGGACUACAACUCCCAUCAGGCCCAACCAGAGCAGCAAUUGUUAAAGAAAAUUGUUAAAGAAAUUGUUAAAGAAAAAGUCCAAAACAUCACUGGGGGUGGGGUGGCCAGUUUGCGAAAGGCUAUGGUGUGUUUCCAUAACAAAUGCCUAUUUCAUCCUUUCCUGUCACCAGUAGAUUGAGUUGUUGCUAACUCUUGUUUCAUUGUCCAGGGCGAAGCAGAGUUUGCUCGAAUUAUGAGCAUUGUAGAUCCCAACCGCAUCGGAGUAGUGACGUUCCAAGCCUUCAUUGAUUUCAUGUCCCGGGAAACUGCAGAUACUGACACAGCUGACCAAGUUAUGGCUUCUUUCAAGAUCCUGGCUGGAGAUAAAGUGAGUUCAGACUUUUGUGCGCUAUGUGGUUUUAGGAUUGGUGAUGUCAGGAGUGGUGGAAACAGCCUGACCAAGAUGCCCCCCAGGGAGAGUGCAGUGGAAGACAAUUUAGAGCCAGUGUUGGUGUCUUGGUGUUGCAUGACCAAACACACCCCAGAGGAGGAGAGCUGGGAGAUACUGAGUUGAAAACUUGCCAGCUCCUUCUCCCAUUCCCAAAACAAGGCACUUGCUUUAUGUAAUAGAGCAGAAAACUAGGCAGACACAGAGAAGGUCCCUUGGAACUCACUGUAGGCAGAGGGAAGGAUAUGAUACACAGAAAAUAGACUAGCUGGGGAGGAGGAAGACACCCUAAGCAACAGCUUAUGCUGAGGGAGCAUAUGUCAUGAGUCUCCAUGACUCUGAUUCUUAAUGAAACUGCUAGCUGCAAGUUUCCUGUCUGACCUUGUCUCUCUCUGGUCUUCGCUGAACUGUGCUACAUGUCAGCGCUUCCCCGUGACAGCUGAAAUGUAAAAAUAUAACCUGGGUUUUUCAAAUAAAGAUUUUAGGAAUGUGUUGUAAUGAAACAAACCCUUUAUUUCAGGUUGGCUGAAACAUACAUAUAACCUGUUUUUGCUUAUGGUAAUUUGGCCCAAUUUGGCCUGCAAGGCCAUUUCCCUCCAACCCACACAACCACUGGUCAUGAGUGUCGUCAGCUGAUGGGUCAGAAGACAGGCCGUACACCCUGUUCCCAGUAGGGAACAGGAUCAUACUGCCAAGGGAGCAGGCUUUAAUCCCUACUCAUUAGCUGAUGGGUGGAGUUUAAAGCUCUUUCCAGAAGCGCUGUUUGAAGCAGGUCACACUUCUUCUUUUUUUACUCCAGUGGGGUCAUGGCAGCAGGAUAAGGGAGAGGAGUCUCCCCCUCCACCCCACUGAGAUGGCCUGCCCACAAGCUAAAAGGAGGAGCAUUUGCAAACACCGCUUUUCCAAAGGCAGCCUCCAGUAAUAAGCAGUACUCCAUAUGCACAUUGGCUGAUGGCAGGGUGAUCCUGACUGGUCUGGGUGCGUGUGAGAACUCUCUGCAGGGAACUCUCUCACACACACCUGAACCUGUUCAGGUAGGUUUUCCGCAUGGCAGACAGCAAGAUCCUGCUAACAGGAAGAUUUUUUCCUUUGAAAUGAAGCGGGGGGUCUUUCCGUUAGCUACACCUUGCUACCUGCUGCUUUCAGGACUUCAGAACACCAGAUCCCCUGAUGUAAUUUGUGACAUUAGUUGAUGGAUAAGGAUCUGGCCUGUGGAGCCAAAAAGGUUCCUCAUCCCUGUCCUAAUACUACAAAUUAUAAAAUAGGCUGCACCCCAAUUGGGAAGCAACAGAAACUCAGAAAAUGCAUAUCAAAUAAAACCACUAGUCGUACCUUGGAUCCCGAACGCCCUGGAACUCGGACGUUUUGGCUCCUGAACACCACAAACCCGGAAGUGAUUGUUCCGGUUUGCAAACGUUCUUUUGGAACCCGAAUGUCCGACGGGGUUUCCGCAGCUUCUGAAGCUUCAUGCAGCCAAUCAGAAGCCGCAAUUUGGUUUUCGAAUGUUUUGUAAGUCGAAUGGACUUCCGGAACAGAUUCUGUUCAACUUCCAAAAUAUGACUGUAUUUAAUUUAUAUGGAAAUAAGUGCAAUUUACAUUAAUAAAAUUGUGCCUGCCUCAUCUAGUUAAAAUAAAAAAGGACACCCCUCUGUUCUCUUACAGAAUUAUAUCACUGUGGAUGAAUUGCGACGGGAACUGCCUCCUGAUCAAGCUGAAUAUUGCAUUGCUAGAAUGGCACCUUAUACCGGGCUGGAUUCUGUACCUGGUGCCCUGGACUACAUGUCUUUCUCUACAGCUCUCUAUGGCGAAAGUGACCUUUAACUAUUACCUAUCUAUCCACCACACAUCCUUACCCUCUCCCAUCCAGGAGCACUUUUCUUUCUGUUUGCAAAGCGGGCUCUGCUCUGCCUUUUCUCUCCCCUCCCCUCCGCCCUUCCUGUUUCCACUUCAGAUCCCAGAUCCCAUUUGGGGUGGGGGCAGCAGAGGGGGAAAUGUUGAAAUGAAACAGUUUAUCAUGCCCCUAAAAGAUGACGGUUUACAAAAUUAUUUUCUGCAGAAAAAGAAGUUACAUAUCAGCAAACGUAUUUUAUUACAGAAAAAAAGUAUUUUUCUCCAAGACUGAAGCGUAAAUAGAAAAUGUUAAAAGUAUUACACAAAAUGUAUACGGUUUGUUUUUCUUCUUCUUGCCAUUCAGACAUAGGAAAUGGAGUUCAGUGUUCCAUCCUAAGAUUCCCAAGCCCAGCGCCACUCCCCCCCACCUGUCUCUAUUUCCUUAUCACAUUUAUUUUAAGAGGCGGAGGCACACAAGUGCAUGUAUUGCUGGUUCACUUGUUUCAUGAAAAUAUUUUACAAUAAAACUUUUUGAAAUUGCUGUGUUUUUUAGGGAAAAAUAAUGUACACAGCUCAUGUUUUCAUAUUUAAUUAAAAUUGCAAUAUGCCUACUUUGUGUUGUAGCUGAAAGUUGUCCGGUUUCCAAACAUGGCGCUUGAGAGUUGGCAUCUUUGAUAUUGCUUGUCACAGACCAUAUUAAAAAGAAAACUUAUUGUGAUAACAAAUCUAGACUUCAUUCUUUUGUCUAGUUAACUUGUUUCUCUAUAACCAGAAAGGCUUUCCAACACUAUUCAGAAUGCAUUGGUAGCUUGGAGGGUUUUUUGUAUAUUAUUCUGAUGUUCAUGUUUUUACCUGUUUUCUUAAAUGCAAGACACCAAAGUGCUUUCCCCUCCUCCACUCUGCUUUGGAAUUGUAUUGAUGUUUAUGUGGCUUCAAAUGGAGAUAAUCUUAAGAUAACGAAAGAUAAACUUGGACCAAACAUGAAGUGUGCAGAUUGCUGGAACUUGCAGCUUUUUUUCCAGCAAAGAAAUAAUUAGCAGUCAAUUUUCCUGUUUUAAAAAAGGUUUUUAAGUGACUGACAACAGUCUUAUACAUGUCUUACUCAGAAGUCCAUGGAGUUCAAUGGGACUUCCAGCUAAGUGGGUAUAGGACUGCAGUCUUACAGCAUGUUCCUGUGCAAGUUUACUCAACGUUAAGCCACAUUGUACAGUCAUACCUUGGGUUGCGAACACUACGGGUUGUGCAUUUUCGGGUUGUGGACUGAGCCAAACCCAGAAGUACCAGAAUGGGUUACUUCUAGGUUUCAGUGCUUGUGCAUGUGCAGAAGCACCGAAUCGUGUCAUGCGUGUGCGCAGAUGCGGCGCUGCAGGUUGCGAACAUGCCUCCCGCACGGAUCACAACCCAAGGCAUGACUGUGUUCGCAGCCCGAGGUAUGAAUGUAUUCAGUGUGUCUUGCUCUUAGGUAAGUGUGCAUAGGAUUGCAGCCUUAAUUUUAUAAAUACUCUCAUCUUAUUUGAUGAGCCAUUGCAUUAUUUCCAAUCCUAGGCAUUGGAAGAUAUGACAUCCACAUCUUCCCGCCCGCCCCCAAUGUACAAUUGGCUUUAAAGCAAUUGUUUUCGAAACCAAUAAAUUUUGUGUGUUUAGUUUGUCUUGGGAUUUUCUUCCAGCUUUUGUGUAUGUUUUUGUUCUCGUAUCCACAUCUCUGUAGGUGUAUCAACAUAUUCUUAAACACAGGGGUGAGGGGGAAAGGGAAGCUUUGAAGGACGGUGAAUAGAAACCUGAAGAUUUUACAAGAGGAAGUACCACAGGCGGCUACUGUGAAAAGCUGGCAGCACUGUGCUGUAGUGUCUCUUUAAAGACACACACACUCUCUCUCUCAUCUUUGUUAGGAACAAAUGUUUUUCUCCAUUGCCAGUUUUCCCCCAAAGGUAUCUGAGCCUGUGUAAAUGAUUGGGAUUCUUGCUGCAGUACUGUAAUUUAAUUGUUGUUCCAAGAACAAGAUCCCUAUUGAGCAAUAAUCUGCAAAUUCACACGGGACACCUAUAUUUGUCUGUGGUUAUCCAAGUAGCACCAAGGCUGGUUAAUAAGAACUUUGCUUCAGAGUACCCUCACUUUUAAAUUUUGCUGUUAUGGUAUCAGUUUUUUAUUUAACUGGAAGGUCAUUACAAUAUUGUAUACAAAUACAGCAGCAGCAAUAAAAUUAAAAUAUUUUGCUUCU